UUGGAGCAUUCCCAGCCUUGCCUCGGGUGUAGGGAUUGCAAGGUAAAAGCAAAACUACACGGCAAAGACCCUGUGUAGUUUUGUUUUUGGGGAUAUUUCGAGGCUCAACCGUUCUCACCUUGGAUUUCUGGAAACACUUUUGGAUAAGGAGAUUGUUUCGGAAGUUAUAGGCUUCUGGGCAAAGUCCCAUCAGUGACAGGCAUCCUUGUGACACAAGGUGCCUACCAACAUGUCAACACAGGCGCCAACAUUUACACAGCCGCUACAGAGCGUUGUGGCACUUGAGGGUAGUGCCGCAACGUUCGAGGCUCAAGUUAGUGGUAAUCCAGUUCCUGAGGUGAGCUGGUUUCGUGAUGGCCAGGUUCUUUCCGCUGCCGCUCUGCCCGGCGCACAGAUCUCGUUCAGCAAUGGCCGCGCUGUUCUGAUGAUCCCUGCCGUGACAGCCGCACACAGUGGAAGAUUUUCAGUGAGAGCCACCAAUGGCGCUGGACAAGCCACUAGCACUGCUGAACUUCUUGUUACAGCUGAGACCGCGCCACCAAACUUUAUUCAGAGACUUCAAAGUGUGACCGUAAGACAAGGAAGCCAAGUGAGACUGGAUGUUCGCGUGACAGGAAUCCCUACACCUGUGGUUAAGUUCUUCAGAGAGGGAGCUGAGAUUCAGAGCUCCGCAGACUUUCAGAUCGUGCAAGAGGGAGAUCUUUACAGCUUGUUGAUUGCUGAAGCUUUCCCAGAGGAUUCUGGAACUUACUCUGUCAGUGCCUCCAACAGCAGUGGCCGUGCCACCUCAACCGCUGAACUGCUCGUUCAGGGUGAGGAGGUUGCAGUGCCUGCUAAGAAGACCAAGACAGUCGUGUCAACUUCACAGAUCUCGUCCUCCCAGACUCGCCAGACCAGAGUGGAAAAGAGAAUGGAGGCUCACUUUGAGUCGUCCACCAUGCAGAUGCACGUGGAGGGAGGAGAGGUGGUGCAACAGCUGACCCACAAGACCCCUCCACGCGUGCCACCAAAGCCAACCUCUAAGUCGCCUCCAUCAAUGCUGUCCAGAGUGUCAGCCACUCGCCACCAGUCCCCCUCUCCAGUCAGACACGUCAAAGCACCAACACCUACCCCAGUCAGGCCUGCGUCCCCCUCAUCAAGACUCUCUGUGUCCCCGAUCAGACCAGUGAAGUCUCCCGUCACCGCCCGCAGGCAUCUGGUCCAGGGAGCGGACGUGCUCCCCCCCUGGAAGCAGGCAGGCUUCGUGUCCGAGGCCAGCUACACUGCCGUGACCAGCGCAGCACACAGCCACAUCCAGACCAGCUCCAGCACACAGGUGCACAUGGAGCAGCAUUGGGAGGCCUCCUUCGCAGCAGGACAGCAGGUCACCGCCGAGGCUAGUGCUAGUGCUAGUGCUGCUGCUGCUGCUGCUGUCCAAGAGGAUGAGGUUGGGAAACGAGCAGCUGUCGCUAAAGUACUAGCUGCAGUUGAUCAAGCACGUAUUCGAAAGCCUAUGUACUCUGACGAAGGCCUUACUGAGGAAGAGGAAGCCCUAGAACUUGAGUUACAACCAGAAGCCACGUAUAUCACUGAGCAACACUUCAGAACCUCAGCAACCGAGGCUGUGGCAAUGCCCACCGCAGUGCACGUUACUCCCGCCGAACCCGCUUUUCAUGUCUCCCAGAUGCAAAGAGUUUCCACCCAUGUGGACACUGGCCUUGCACCGUCUCCAGUUCCACAGUUCACAGUUUCAAAAGUUACUGUUCCUAAACCAGAGCCUAGCUAUGAGGUCUCAAUUGCAGGGUCGGCAAUUGCUUCUCUCCAGAAAGAGUUGUCGUCUUCUCCCACUCCUCAAACAAUCAUCAGACAUGUCAAGUCACCUUCUCAUAGCAUCGUGGUGGCUCAGCUGACUCCCCAGCCUGUCUCUUCGCCAUUUAAAGACCUUGAUGACAGAUAUCAGACCAGAUUUGAGUCCCAGUUACAAAGAGAGAUAGGCACUUCUCUGACAGGUGGCAUGGAUCAAAAGUACAGCGAAUGGGACACACAGGUUGUUGAGGUGGCAGUGGCAGUUCCUUCACCAGCCGCAGAGCCUACAGUUCCUCCUACACUUGUGGCUGGACUGAGCAAUAUGAAUGUCACUGAGGGAGAAUCUGUGACACUGGAGUGCCAGAUUUCUGGCCACCCAACCCCUGGAAUCAUGUGGUUCAGGGAGGACUACAGAAUUGAGAGUUCCAUUGAUUUCCAAAUCACCUACGAGGGUGGUUAUGCGCGUCUGGUGAUCCGUGAGGCCUUUGCUGAAGACAGCGGCCGCUUCACCUGCACUGCCACCAAUGAGGCUGGAACCAUCAGCACAUCUUGCUACCUGCUCGUGAAAGUGUCUGAAGAGAUUGAAAGCAGAGAGGAGGUUGUUCAGCAGGAGGUGACAGUUGAGAAACAGAUUACUGUAAUGGAGGCAAAAGAAGAGACUAUGUCCGUGGCCAGUGGCUUCUCUGAGACUGUUGAAGCCGCAGCAGCUGUGGCCCCAUUCUUUAUCAAGACACCCACUGUACAGAAACUCGUGGAGGGUGGAAGCGUUGUGUUUGAGUGCCAGAUUGGUGGCAGUCCGAAACCCCACAUUUACUGGAAGAAGAGUGGCGUGCCCCUGACUACUGGAUACAGAUACAGGGUGGCCUACAAUAAGGAGACUGGAGAAUGCAAGCUGGAGAUCUCCAUGACGUUUGCUGAUGAUGCUGGAGAGUACACAAUCAUUGCCAAGAAUCAGCUCGGCGAGGUGUCUGCCUCUGCCCAGCUUUACUCUGAAGAGGAAUAUGAAAUGUACAUGAAGAAAAUGGAAGUGACAACAGUCACCACAGCCGUGGUGCAAGAGCCCCAAGUUGGUGAUGCUGCUGAAUUUGAGAUGAUGAUGCAGAAGAAAACACAGACAAUGACCUUCGUUACUGGACAGGAAUUCCAAAUAUCUGCCUUUGAGCAGAAAAUAAUCCAGGAGAUUGAAGUCCGCAUUUUGAGGAUUACUUAUCAAAUGAUUGUCACUGAAGAUGGUGAAGAGAUGGUUACAAUUGACGAAGCACAGGCUACACAACCAGCAUUUGACACACCCGUGAAAAGCUACAGAAUCAUGGAAGGAAUGGGCGUCACUUUCCAUUGCAAAAUGGCCGGAGCACCCCUCCCCAAGAUUGCCUGGUUCAAAGAUGGAAACCGCAUCAGGCACGGAGGCCGCUAUCAGAUGGAGUUCCUCCAGGAUGGACGUGCCAGCCUGCGUCUGCCCGUGGUGCUGCCCGAGGAUGAGGGCGUCUACACCGCUUAUGCUUGCAACAUGAAGGGCACUGCCCUCAGCUCUGGAAAACUGUACAUUGAGCCCGCUGCCGCUGGCGCUCAGCCAGCGUACCCCACGCCGGCAAUGCAAAGAAUUAGGUCUACAUCACCUCGCUCACUUAGCCGUUCCCCUGCCCGUUCUCCUGGCCGUUCCCCAGCUCGCAGACUUGACGAGACUGACGAGAGCCAGCUUGAGAGACUCUACAAACCUGUGUUUGUCAUGAAGCCAGCACCCUUCAAGUGCUCUGAGGGACAGACAGCAAGAUUUGACCUUAAAGUUGUUGGCAGACCCAUGCCAGAGACAUACUGGUUCCACAAUGGACAACAAGUGGUCAGUGAUUACACCCACAAGAUUGUGGUUAAGGAGGAUGGAAUCCAGUCUUUGAUUGUGGUCCCAGCCAUGCCAGCUGACGCAGGCGAAUGGACUGUGGUUGCCCAGAACAGGGCUGGAAAGACAUCCAUCACCACGACACUUACAGUUGACGCCAAGGAACACCUGAUAAAGCCUCAGUUUAUGGAGAAGCUGAGGAACAUCACUGUCAAGGAGGGCACCUUAGUUCAGCUUGCUGUCAAAGCCAUCGGAAACCCCCUUCCUGAUAUUGUCUGGCUGAAAAACAGUGACAUCAUUUCUCCUCACAAGCAUCCAAACAUUAAGAUCGAGGGCACCAAAGGAGAGUCUCGCUUCCAGAUCCCCGCAGGAGCCGGCGCAGACAGUGCCUGGUACACUGCCACAGCCAUUAACAAAGCUGGCAGAGACACCACCCGUUGCAGAGUCAAUGUUGAGGUUGAGUUUACCGAAGCCCCAGCAGACACAAGAAGGCUUGUUAUUCCAAAGGGAACCUACAAGGCCAAGGAGAUCGCUGCUCCAGAGUUGGAGCCUCUGCAUCUCCGUUAUGGCCAAGAGCAGUGGGAAGAUGGAGACCUUUACGACAAGGAGAAGCAGCAGAAGCCUCACUUCAAGAAGAAGCUGACCUCCGUAAGAAUGAAGCGCGUUGGACCAGUGCACUUUGAGUGCAGACUGACCCCUAUUGGUGACCCAUCCAUGGUAGUUGAGUGGCUACAUGACGGCAAACCUCUUGCUGCUGCCAACAGGCUGCGCAUGGUUAAUGAAUUUGGCUACUGCAGCCUUGACUAUGAGGUCGCCUAUCCGAGAGACAGUGGUGUGAUCACUUGCCGGGCCACCAACAAGUACGGUGUUGACCAGACCUCAGGCACACUCAUUGUCAAGGAAGAGAAGGGCCUUGUUGAGGAGACUCAAUUGCCUGACGGCAGGAGGGGACCCAGAAUGGAUGAGAUGGAACGCAUGGCCCAUGAAGGUGGACCUGCAGGUGUCUCCGGUGACGACUACACUGAGAAGUCAAAACCAGAGAUCGUGCUUCUUCCCGAGCCAGCAAGAGUCCUGGAGGGUGAAACUGCCAGGUUCCGUUGCAGGGUGAUUGGCUACCCCACUCCAAAGGUGAACUGGUACAUCAACAAUCAGCUCAUUCGCAAGAGCAAGAGAUACAGACUUCGUUAUGAUGGUAUCUACUACCUGGAGGUCACAGACAUCAAGUCCUAUGAUGCAGGUGAGGUCAAGGUUGUGGCAGAAAACCCUGAGGGUUCAGCUGAGCACAGUGUGAAGCUGGAGAUAAAGCAGAAGGAGGACUUCAGAACUGUCCUGAGGCGUGCUCCUGAGAUCAAGCCAGCAGCUGCAGCUCCCUCCGCAGAGCAUGGCAGAGUGUCUUUUGACGUUGUUAAGGUUGAGAAGCCAGCUGCAGCCGGAGCAGAGAAAAAGGAGGUUGUGCAACUGAAGAAGGUUGAAAGAGUGGUGCACGAGAAAUCAACAGAGGAGUCCGAUGAGCUGAGAAGCAAGUUCAAGCGUAGGACACAGGAGGGGUACUUUGAAGCCAUCACAGCCGUCGAGCUGAAGGCACGAAGGAAGGAUGAAUCCUAUGAGGGCAUGUUGAGAAAGAGGAAGGAAGAGCUUCUUCAUCAUACCAAGGAAUUAUCAGAAGCUGAGAAGAAGAAGGAAGAGGAAGACAAACUCAAAACCCAAGCUAUCAGACCUGAGAGGAUUGCCCUCUCCCCCAGCAUGGAAGCACCCAAGAUCCAGGAACGCAUCCAGAGCGCGACAGUCGCCCAGGGUGAGGAGGUGCAUUUCCGCCUCAGGGUUGUGGGAAGGCCAGAUCCAGAGUGCCAGUGGUUCAAGAACGGUGUGCUGAUUGAAAAAACCGACAGGGUUUACUGGUACUGGCCUGAAGACCAUUUAUGUGAACUUGUGAUCAAAGAUGUAUGUGCAGAAGACUCUGCUAGCAUCAUGGUCAAAGCCAUCAACAUUGCUGGAGAGGCCUCAAGCCAUGCCUUCCUUUUGGUACAAGGAAAGCAAGUUGUUGAGUUCACUCAAGAGCUUGAAGAUACUUAUGCCAAUGAGAAGGACACCGUUGUGACCUUUGAAUGUGAAACAAAUGAGCCUUUUGUGAAAGUGAAAUGGAUGAAGAACAAUGCCCAGAUUUUUGCAGGCGACAAAUACAGGAUGCACUCCGACAGAAAAGUACACUUCCUGUCUGUCUGUAUGAUCACCAUGAAAGACGAUGAUGAAUAUUCCUGUGUUGUUAUUGACGAUGAACAUGUGAGGACUACUGCAAGACUGAAUGUGGAAGGUGCUGAACUUACGAUGGUGAAACAAUUGGAAAGUACUGAAGUGCCAGAAACAUAUUCUGGAGAGUUUGAGUGUGAGCUGUCCCGUGAAGAUGUUGAGGGAACUUGGUACUUUGAGAACAAGGAGAUCAUUCCCAGCAUGAAAUACGUUGUCUCCUCCCGCCGUGGAAGGCAUUCUUUGUCUGUCAAAGAUGUCAAGAAGGAGGAUCAAGGAAAAUACUACUUCAAAACAGGAGAUUUGAGCACCAGUGCUUCCCUGAAGAUGAAAUUGCGUCCUAUUACAAUGAUGCAAGGUCUCACUGACCUCACCGUUUGUGAUGGUGAUAUUGCCCAGCUGGAGGUGCGCUUCUCCCAAGAGAAUGUUGAGGGAACAUGGAAUAAGAAUGGACAACCUAUUACAGCCUCUGGAAAAAUCCACAUUGUCGUUGACAAGCUUGUUCACAAGCUGCUGAUUGAAGAUGCACACAAAGACGAUGCUGGAAUGUAUUCAUUUGUUGUCCCAGCUCACAACAUUUCUACUUCUGGAAAACUCAACGUUCAAGUCAUUGGAAUUUUGGCUCCGCUUAAGGACGUAAAGGUGGUUGAGGGUACCAAAGCUGUUCUUGAGACCAAGAUUUCUGCUCAGGAUGUCGCCUCCAUGAAGUGGUUCCACAACGAUUCACAGUUGACUCAGUCUGAAAGAGUCCAAAUGGUGGCUAAAGGAACCAAGCAACGUUUGGUGCUCAAUAGGGCACAUGCAUCUGAUGAAGGACACUACAAAUUGUGUAUUGGCAGAGUUGACACCAGCUGCAGCCUGACAGUUGAAAAGGUUUCCAUUGUGAAGCAUAUGGAAGACCGUGUCUGCACGGAGACCCAGAAUGUGACUUUUGAGGUGGAGUUGUCUCACCCUGGUAUUGAUGCCUGGUGGACCCUGAGGAACCAGCCACUCAAGGCCGGUCCUAAAUACAAGGUUGAGUCCAAGGGAAAAAUCUACAGCCUUACAAUCAUCGAUACCAUGAAGGAUGAGGAAGGAGAAUAUUCCUUCGCUGCUGGAUCACAGACGUCCAGUGCAAAGCUUGUUGUGUCAGGUGGCGCCAUCAAGAGGCCCCUCCAAGACAUGACUGUGGCAGAAUCCCAGGGUGCUGAGUUUGAGUGCGAGGUCGCCAACGCCAGCGCUAAAGGCAAAUGGCUGAAGGACGGCCAGGAGGUUGACUUCAGUGACAACGUCCGCAGUGAAGACAUAGGAGCUGUGAGGCGUCUCAUGAUCGUGAUCACCAGGGCACAGGAUGUCGGUGAAUACACCUACCAAGUGGCCAACUCCAAGACAAGUGCACACCUGAAAGUAGAAGCUGUGAAAGUGAAGAAGACGAUGAAGAAUGUGACUGUGACAGAGACCCAAGAAGCAGAGUUCACCCUGGAGCUCACCCAUAAGAAUGUGAGGGGCUCCCAGUGGACCAAGAAUGGUGUGGAAAUUAUUCCCAGUGACAAGUUUGAAAUUACUAUGGACGGCAUGGUGCAUACCCUGAAGAUCAAAAACUGCACCACCCAAGAUGAAUCUGUCUACGCCUUCAAAUUGGGAAAACUUUCUGCGAAUGCUAGACUGAAUGUUGACACAAUCAAGUUUGUGAAGAAGCCCAAAGAUGUGAACUCUCUCUUGGGCGGAACUGCCUCCUUUGAGAUGAGCCUGUCCCACGAUAACAUCCCAGUAAAAUGGAUGUUCAACAACACUGAGAUCACACCCAGUGCCGACUAUCAAAUAUUUGCAGAGAGAAAAUCCCACAAACUGGUAAUACAGAAUGUGUCCAACAAGAAUGCUGGAGAGUACGUUGUUGUAGCUGGAAAAUUGCAGUGCAGUGCAAGCCUCCAAGUUGAAUCUUUGAGGGUGACCAAGCCCAUAAAGAACACGGAGGUUCCUGAGACUCAGGCUGCUACCUUCGAGUGUGAGGUGUCCCACUUCAAUGUCCCAUCCACCUGGCUGAAGAACGGCGUGGAGAUCGAGAUGAGUGAGAAGUUCAGGAUUGUGGUGCAGGGCAAGCUCCAUCAGCUGAAGAUCAUGAACACCAGCAGCGAAGAUGCCGCUGAGUACACGUUCGUCUGUGGAAAUGACAGAGUCUCUGCCACUCUCACUGUCAGCCCCAUUCUUAUCACUACCAUGCUUCAAGAUCUCAACGCUCAGGAGAGGGACACUAUUACUUUUGAGGUCAAUGUCAACUAUGAGGACAUUACUUACAAAUGGUUCAAGAAUGGGGUGGAAAUUCGCUCCACUGACAGAUGCCAGACUCGAAGCAAGCAACUCACCCACAGUCUCACCAUUCGCAAUACGCACUUUGGUGACACUGCAGAAUACAAGUUUGCUGCUGGUUCUGCUCAAACAACUGCAAAACUCUAUGUUGAAGCUCGUGUGAUUGAGUUCACAAAACACAUCAAGGACCUCAAGAUUACAGAGAAGAAGAGGGCUGUCUUUGAAUGUGAAGUGUCUGAGCCAAACGUUCAAGUUGUUUGGAUGAAAGAUGGAAUGGAAGUGGAAAUGUCUGACAGGUUCAGGUCAGCCAGCGAUGUGACCCAGCACUCCCUGACAAUUCAGUCAGUGCGCAUGUCUGAUGCUGGCGAGUACAGUGUGGUUGCUGGCGCAAGCAUGUCAAAGGGACGUCUCAGUGUGGAGGGACGUGAUGUUGAGAUCAAGGAACCCGCUGAGAGAGACGUCACAGUUGUUGAAAAGCACAGAGCCACACUGGAGUUUGAGGUCAAUGAGGAGGAUAUUGAGGGCCGCUGGAUGAGGAGCGGAGUUGAGAUCAAGACGACAGACGAAAGGUUCCACUACGUCGUCAUCAAGAAGACUCAUCGCUUGACAAUCGGUGAAACCUUCAGAACUGACGCUGGGGAGUAUACCUUCAUUGCUGGCAAGAACAGCAGUUAUAUCAAGCUCCAUGUCAUGAUCCCCGAGCCUCCCAAGAUUGUAAGGCAGAUGCACCCCGUGAAUGCGACGGCGGGCAGGAUGGCACGGUUCUCUGUGGAGGUCAAGGGUGUUCCAGACCCCCAGGUGACCUGGUUCAAGGGCUCACAGCAGAUGUACUCAGGGGUUGAGUGCAGCAUUUUCAAAGAUGGCGGAGAACACACACUCAUGCUCAGCCAGGUCUACGCAGAGGACGCAGCUGUCUACAGCUGUGUGGCAAGGAAUGACGCUGGCGAGGUUACCAGCUCUGCUGCUCUUCACGUGGAAGUGCCAGAUGUGAUUACACCUGUGAGCCCUCCCAGACUUGGUUUCCCACUUUCCGACAUGACUGUCAAUGAGGGAGAGAAUGUGAAAUUCAAGUGCAGUUUCACUGGAGACGACCUGAUCAUCAUCUGGCUGUUCAAUGACCAGGAGAUCCAGAGGUCAAACUCCUUCAAAAUGACUCAGUAUGAUGAUUAUUGCCAGCUGGAGAUUGUCAGAGUUUUCCCUGCCGAUGAGGGAGAGUACACGUGCGUGGCUCGUAACUCUGCUGGAAGCUUGACAAGCACUGCUAGGCUGAAGGUGCACGAUGUCAAAACUCUAGAUAGGCAUUAUAUGUCGAGCACUGGAAGCUCUCUUAUGGAACGUCCGGCGGAUGUUCCUGGAUAUCCGACCUUGACUCUGAAAAUGAGAGAUGUCAGAGUAUACGCUGGCAACCUGGCACAGUUCAGCUGUUCCUUUGACGGCCAGCCAUUCUCUGAUAUUGUGUGGGAUCAUAAUGGACGAACGGUCACAGUCACCGAAAGGGUGAACUGUUCCCAGCGUGGAGAUUUGCUGUCUCUUACCAUUCACAAUGUCCAACUCACUGAUGUGGGGAGCUAUCGGUGCUCUGUAAAAAAUAAUAUCGGCGAAAACCGAACGUCAGCACAGCUCAGUGUGCAAGCUAAAGAAGCAAACCCCAAUGCAGAAACUCCCAUCCCUUGUGAUUCUCAAAGUAAGGGACCUAAAAGUGACCUAAGAGUGUCCACAAUACAGACCUCUCAGCAAGGCAAUCAGGAGUCCAUACAGAAUCUUGGACCUCUUCCACCCUUCUCCCAGUGGCAGAUAAAAAGCCAUUAUUUCCCCGAUGUUGUCCCCCAUGAAGAGAGGGGCGUACCUGUGCAUGGUGGCACUCAACCAGAACUCCUUCUAAAGCAUGCCCCUGAAACUCUCGUCAAACAAAAAGAGGAUGUGUCUCUUUAUGUUGUAAAAGCAGCGCCAUCUCCCCUCGUUCUUUGGCUCCACGAUCAGUUAAUUGUCGGAGAGCCUACUACUUCACUUUCUGUGAAACACGAUGGCUCUGUCAGCUGCUUAAAUGUUAAAUGUGGGGGCCUUGCUGAAUGGGGGACAUACACUUGCCAAAUUAUCAAUGCAGCAGGAGACUGUGCGUGCAGCACACCCCUCAGACUGAAGACAGCUGCCCCAGCAGAAGAGUUUGCAGAAGCCAGAGCCUUUUCCAGCACAGCAGUUUCUACGAAAGAAGAAAAACACGACCACAUCACUAGCUUCAGCAUGAAAGAGAAACGCACAACAUUUGAACAUGAGUCAGAGGAAAAACGAUUUACUAGUACACUUUCCCAACAAAUUGAGAAGCCAGUUUUUGUGACAAAGCUGUCGAAUAGAAUUAUUCCUGUUGGGGACACUGCCAAAUUUACUGUCAUUGUAUCUGGUUUCCCAAAACCAAGUGUUGAGUGGCAGCACAAUGGUCAGACAAUUGUGUCUUCAUCUGUUUAUAAAUUUGUCGAAGAGAGAGAUGAGUACACAUUGAUAAUAGCUAAAGUCCAGGAAGAAACUGAAGGAGAGUACUCUUGCGUUCUACGUAAUGAAUAUGGCGAGUCAAAAUGUUCGUCGUACUUACACGUGAGGGUAAAGGACGUGAGGCAGCUGGAGAAACCCAAAGGACAACCCCCCUGCUUUACAAAAGAAAUCGAGUCAGUGCAGUGUAAUGUCGGAAGCCAAGCGUGUUUCCAGUACACCGUAACAGGCACACCAAUGCCUGAAAUUCAGUGGUUUAAAGGUGCAUAUCAAAUUCACCCUAGCAGGGUCUGUGUGAUUAUCAACAACCCAGAUGGCACUGGUUCUAUGAAAAUGACCGGCCUACAGCAGGAAAACACUGGAGUCUACACCUGCAAGGCAGUCAACCCUCAUGGAGAGGCCUCAUGCAGUGCAGAGCUAGCCGUCUUGGGGGAAAUAACCGCAGUAGCACAUUGCCAAGAAAAAGUCGUCACUCAAACGCAAAAGAAAUCAUUCAAGGUUUCAAUGAGCGAACAUAUUACAGAGUCUCGUCAGCACACAGCCAGCAUCUCAGCUGAGCUGAGCAGAGAGAGUCAGCAGGAAAGACGUCAGAUGACCAGCACCACUGUCACUGAAAAGGCACAGCCCACUGAACAGGUGGACACUUUGGCAGAAGUUGAUAUUUCCGCGGCCACCGUUCAUAAAGAGCAAGUGACCCGCCAGGCAGCUUUGUUACAGUCUCAGCAGGUGCAAGAGAGGGUUAAAAUUGGUGCAACUCUCCCUGAAUCAGCUGUUGCUGUUCCUGGUAGACAGUUACACACUGCUGCACUCACCUCCGCUGCCGUUGAGGAAACCCAGGGCUUUGUAGAACAACACUCCGAACGUAUUAAGAGCCCUGAAAUUAUUGAAUUAGAAUAUGAGAGGGAAACACCUUCAAAGAAGUUGGCUGCCACCUCUGAGAACAUUGCAGCAUUUUCCAUUGUGAAAGCUGAAUCUUUUAGUGACAGGAAAGGGGAGCAAACAAAAACAACAGCUGAACCGAAAUACCCUCUGAGUGGUUACCAGGUAGAAACCAAAUUCCCCAUAUUGAAAGAGCAGGUUGAGAGUGCUUCAAUGCCAGAGCAGGAGAAAGGCUUCAGAGUUGCUGAGGGGGUCAAAGUCUUAUACUCUGCUACUUCCUCUGAAAACUUGCAGAUUUCUGAGGGCCAUACAUCUAAGCUGACUGUCUCAGGUGCCACUAAAUGCACACUUGGGAAGGAAAUGAGGAACUCAGCCCUGGCAGGUAUCAGUGAGGUGAAACAUACUUUAGCUAAGGAGGAGGAAUUUGAGGUGCACCGGGCAGAAGAACAGACUGCUUCCCUCUCUAAGGACAAAGUAUGUCUGUCAGCUUUAAUGUCAGAGGAGAAGCUGCAACUUAAAGCUGAGCCUAUUGCCAAAAUACCAGGCAUAGACAGUGCAGAGUCAGUUAACCCACAGAAGGAGAAAGAACAGCUGUUAUGUUUGCAGGUGAUUAGUGAUCAGAAGGCUCUGCCUUUGGAAGGUAGAUUUACCUGUGAGAAACCAACUGAGGAGCUGGCAGAACUUAGGAAGAUUCAUAAUGUACUGCAGGCUGCAUCUACAGAUGAGCAGAGAACAGUCACUUGUGAGGACUCCACACAGUUUUCAUCGGACAACACCACCUUUUCUUUGCAGGCCCAGAAAGAACCUUUCACAACCUUACAUCUUCAGUCUAUUGAAGCAGAGUGUACUUUAACCAAAGAGGUCAUUCUUACACCUGAAAAACCAGAGGAGCACUCUGCAAAACAAAGUCAAGAAAAAGCUUGCACAGUAGCCGCAACCACAGAAGAAAGAAGGGAGGUUACAGCAGAUCAUGUCAAACCAUUUGACGGAUCAUUGCAAGGUAUUGAGUCUAACUACAAAAAGGAACCCAAACCUCAAAAUCUUCUUCAAGUAGUUUCGGAAUCUAUAGAGUUCUCAAAGGAGUCUCCAUUGGUCAGUGAUGUUGAACAGAAGAAAGCUUUAGUCCACAAGGAAGAUCGGUGGAACAUUGUGCAUGUGCCUUCAGUCUCAGAAAGUCGGGUUCUUGAGGAGGGCCAUACAGACAGUGUAAAGGCUGCCGAAAAAUUAACUUGUGAGAUGGGAGUGGAGCCCAAGAUGCCAACGCAGCCCUUGCAUAUAGAAGAAAAGGCUGUUUCCACAGAAAGCAGUGUUGCUCUUGAGUCGGCAGAUCAGGAUUACGCUAUUCAGAUUCAAGAGGGACAAUCAGUUAGGCAGUCAGUGCUGAUGGAGGAGAAACGUGUGAUGAGGGGUGAGAUGUCAGAGAACAUUACUAAGUCCAAGUCAAUGACAGUGCAAUCCACUUUACAGCCUGAGAGACCCAUGUUACUGACCGAGUCCAGAGACAGUAAAACUCUUCCCAAGGAACUGACUUUCAUACUUCCUGCACCUAAGCCUCAGAGCUUGAACAGUCGCCAUCAACUGAAGACCGCUCUUCAGUCUGCCGUGGCUCGGGAUCAACAGCUAAUUUUGGCCGACGUUGUGCAAAGUGUAGAUGUUGUGGAGGUUAAAGAGCCAACAGUACGCAAGGAGCCCAAAUUUACCAUGUUUACAUAUGUCAUCACAACCACAAGCAUACCUAUAGAAAUAUGCAUUGCAUUUGAGGGUCACUACCCACAGACUGCGGAUCUGAAGAGUGAGCUUCAGGCAGCAUUACAUUCAAUAGUUUACAAGGAACAACACAUUCUUACGUCAGAACAGCCUGGAGCUUUGGGAAUCGACAAAGCCCAACGGCUACAGGUCAAGAGCACUUCCAAGAAGGAGAUGCUUACAUCUGUUGUGGACACCGUGCAGACUGCAGAGACCGUGUCUGGUAUCAAGGCGGCAAGAAAGCAGUCAGCUUCUGUGAAGACGGAAGCCAAAACUUCUUUUGAAACUAUCAUUGCUCAGGAAAAACCUUUAGUCCAGGUAGCCACGCAGAUAACUAAACCAGAAAUCAGUUUAAUGACAGUAAAUGGCCGUGAGAGAGAUGCGGGUGCAGCAGAUAUAACUACAACUGUUCCCACUGCAUCUAUGCCCACUGAACAAAGCACAGACAUCUUUGUACACAGAGAGUUGAGAGAGGAAUUUCUCUCUGAGGAAAUUACAAUAACCAAGAAAGAAAGUAGACAAGUAGAAGAACACAUUAAAAAUUACCCUGUCAUUGAGAAACCAUUGACUGACACCUGUGUAGAGGAUGGCAGCAAAGUUACAUUUUCUGUGAAUAUAAAAUGUGUUAAGAAUGUUAAUUGGCUUAUUAAUGGAAACAUCAUUAAAUCUGGCUCAGAGUUCAAAUGUUCAAAAUCUCGAGACACAUACACAUUAGUGAUUGACAAAGUUAAGAGGGACAAGCACCAAGGAGAAUAUGUCUGUGAGGCAGAGAAUGAAGCUGGCAAGACAUCAACAUCCUCAAGGCUCACAAUUAAAUCAAGAGUGCCACCAGUAUUUAGGUACAAGAUCCAGCCUUUGGAAAUCAACGUUGGGGAGCCUGCCAAGUUUGAGUGUGAGAUUGAAGAAGAUGCACAGAACGUCAACUUCAAGUGGUUCAAGUCUGGCACAGAGAUCCGUCAGAGUGAGAAGUACAGGAUCAUCAGCCACCACCACAGCUCAUCGAUGGAGGUCAUGAACACUGGCAGUGGAGACAGCGCUGAAUUCUCCUGCAAGGCCACCAAUCAACACGGCAGUGAGAAAUGCUCCGCCUACCUCACCGUGUCUCAAUCCUUCGCACCCACUUUUGUCACUAAGCCCAAUCCUAUGACUGCUUUCGUUGGGAAACAAGCGAGAAUUCAACUCUUGGUUAAAGGAUCCACCCCAAUGGAUGUUGUCUGGCUAAAAAACAACACAGCUAUUUCAGACAACACUAACUACAAAGCAUCUUAUGAAAAGAACAAGAUCACUCUUCAAAUCUUAAAGCUCAAGCCAACUGAUAGUGGUGUAUACGUGUGCAAAGCUUCAAAUACUAAUGGCACAUCCAUGUGCACCACAGAAGUUACAGUUAUUGACAAACCGAACUUCGUGAGACAUUCUGACACCGUUUAUGUAGCACUGGGUAACCCACUACACCUUGAGAGUCAAGUGGAUGAAGACACUGAUGUGACUGUCAAUUGGACAAAAGACGGAAAGAAGCUUCACAACACUGUGGACUGUAAACUUUCUUUUGAAGACAAGAUGGCCAGUCUUAAUAUUAUGAAGGCAAACCAUAAAGACUCUGGGAAAUAUCUUUGCACAGCAACUAAUGAAGCUGGAAGUUCAGAAUACUCUUGCGUGGUUCUAGUCCAAGAGCCACCACGAUUCACAAUGAAAAUGCCAAGCUCACAAUUCGUUAAGCCCCAUGACUCACUGCGUCUUGAGUGCAGAGUUACCCACACACCUUCCUUAACAGUGAACUGGUAUAAAUAUGACAACAAAAUCACUGCCUCUGGACAAUACAACAUAUCUUUCGUGGACUCUGUAGCAGUCCUCGAAUUUAAGAAGCCCAGACUUGAAGAUGGCGGCAUCUUUACUUGUGAAGCACUCAAUGAUGCAGGAAGUGACAGCUGCAGCUGCACCGUAGUCGUUAAAGAACCUCCAUCUAUUCUUCACGCACCUAAACCAGUUGAAGGAAUUGAAGGCAAAGAUGCCCGGUUUCAGUGUGAAUUCAAUGGCACAGGACCAUUGGAAAUUAGCUGGUUUAAGGGAAAUAAAAAGCUCUCAGAAAGUAAACGGUAUAUAAUGGCCACUGAGGAGAAGUCAGCCACUCUCUUCAUUCUCGGACUUGAGAAAUCUGAUUGUGGUGAAUAUACAUGUAAAGCAGUCAAUCAAGUAGGAACUGUGACGUGCAAUGCCUUGGUUACUCUGAGAGAGCCUCCAGUCUUUGUUAAGAAACUGGCAGAUGUUACAGCCAAACAUGGUGAAGAAGUCACUUUGAAAGCCAGCGUUAGAGGUGCAGAGCCAAUGUCCUUGUCUUGGGUUAAAGAUAAAGCUCCCAUUGUUAACAAUGACAUUAUCAAGAUAUCAUUUGAGAACAAUCAGGCCACCCUCAAAAUCCUAAAGGCCCAUCCGUCCACAUCUGGGAAAUACUGUUGCCUUCUCAAAAAUGAUGCUGGUUCUGCAGAAAAUUUUGCCACAGUUACUGUGCUGGAACCAGCGACCAUUGUGGACAAACCAGAGCCAUUCAGUGUAACUGCUGGUGAGACAGCAACACUAGAAUGCACCGUAUCCGGAACACCAGAAUUAACAGCAAAGUGGUUCAAAAAUGGAGGAGAGCUGUCUUCUGGCAAGAAGUACAAGAUAACAUUUUCUAAUAUGACCUCAAGUCUUAAAGUUCUAUCGACAAAUAUGAGUGACAGUGGAGAAUACACAUUUGAAGUUAAAAACAGUGUUGGAAAAGCAGUGAGCAAAGCUCAGCUGACUGUUCAGGACAAAAUGGUUGCACCUACCUUUACGCGGAAGCUGAGAGACUCACAUGCCAUUGUGGGUAAAUCCAUGGAGAUGAACCUUAAAGUCACCGGAACUUCACCCAUUAAAAUAUCUUGGUAUCACAAUGGAAAAGAAAUUACAGCUGGACAAAACUACGAGAUUCAACAAGCUGACAACACUUGCACACUGAAAAUCUUGAAGCUCAGCUUGUCAGAUAGUGGCACAUAUAAAUGCCGUGCUGUUAACUCAGCUGGAACCAGUGAAACCAGUGCCUCUUUAGUUAUAAAAGAAUCUCCAACAUUUGUGGUGAAACCACAUCAGCAGGAAGCACUACCUGGCUCAAAUGUCACAUUUACAGCCACUGUUAAGGGAAGCCCACCACUUAGAUUGAAGUGGUUCAAGGAAUCUAGAGAGCUCCUACCUGGAAAGAGCUGUGAAAUAUCCUUACGAGAAAACGCAGCAACAUUAAAAUUACUCAACGUUGAUAAAUCCCAUGCUGGGGAAUACUUAUGCCAGAUCAGUAAUGAUGCUGGUGAGGAGAGUUGCCAGGUCAACUUGAUGGUGAAAGGUCAGUGUGCAUGUCCUUGUAUGCAGUGUGGCAUACAGAAUUUCCAAAGUUUCACUGUCGGCCAAGAAAUCAUUCUUGACCCUUCUCUCUUUUCUUCCUCCUUCUUAGAACCAGCUCGUUUUGUGAAAAGAUUAAAGGACAUUUCUAUUGAAAAGGGAAAGCAUUUAAUACUUGAUUGUACCUUUGUGGGAAGCCCAGAGAUGGUUGUGACAUGGAAGAAGGAUGGCGUGCCAAUACAUGCUUCUAAUAGAUAUAAUACAAAAGUGAUUGGGAAUUCAUGUAUCUUGGAGUGCCUCUUUGAAAGCAACUACGAGACAUCUGGAAAUUACUCUUGCGAAAUUAGCAAUGGUGCCGCGACUGACACCUGUCACGCUCAGAUCACUAUUCUAGCACCACCAUAUUUUAUUCAACCACUGGCUUCAAUGGAUGUCAAAGAAGGAGAUGCCGUUUCCCUCAGUUGUCACAUCGGAGGAACAAAGGAAAUGAAAGUAUCCUGGUUUAAAGGAGACAGCAAAGUACAUCCCUCUGCCUUGUGCAAAACAGAGUACACCAAUGGCAUUGCUUAUUUGAAAAUAUCAAAAGCAACAAAAUCAAACUCUGGUGAAUAUACAUGCACUGCUGAAAACCACAUUGGAUCUGCCUCUUGUAGCUGCGACUUAAAUGUGAAAGAACCGCCACACUUUGUGACAAAAAUGAAGGACCUUUGCAUCCCAGAGGGAAAGAAAUUGAGACUUGAAUGUACAUUCACUGGCACUCCAAAGAUAUCUGCCACAUGGUAUAAAGAUAGUAGACCACUCCCUUCUUCUGACAAAUACAGUAUGAAGGUCACCCCGAGCAUGUGUGUCUUGGAAAGUCUUCAAGAAAGCAACAAAGAAACAACUGGACAAUAUUCUUGUGAAAUCCGUAGUUCCUGUGGAACAGACAUUUGUUACGCAGACGUCACAGUCUUGGAAGUUCAGCGUGAAAAAGCUAAACAGAUUCCACAUGAUCGCUCUUUAGAUGCACGUGGUGAUGGUAGAGAUGAUAAUCGUCAAGCAACCCACCACAAGCAAGUCACCUUUUCCACCACUACAACCACUUAUCAUAGAGAGCCUGUUUCUGGAAAGCCUGCCCGUUUGGUGAUGAAGAUGGGAGACGUGUCCAUUCCAAUGCGCAAUAAGCUGAGACUGGAAUGCCGAUUCACUGGAUCUCCUAAACAGUUUGUCACUUGGUACAAGGAUGGCAAACAGCUCUACGCUUCCUACAGAUACAACACUAAGGUCACUCAUAAUGCCUGCAUCCUGGAGGCUCUUUAUGAAUGCAACAAAGACACUCCUGGAAAGUACUCCUGUGAAGUUAGCAAUGCCUGGGGCACGGACGUUUGCCACGCUAAAGUCAGUGUAGUGACAGAACCUGCCCGUUUCGUGACCAAGCUGAAGAACAUCUCCAUUCCCAUGAGGCAGAAAUUGCACCUUCAGUGCACCUUUAAGGGAGCACCCAAAAUGUUUGUCACUUGGUACAAAGAUGGAAAGCAGCUGUAUGCCUCAUACAGAUAUAACACAAAAGUCACAGGAAACACUUGCAGCAUUGACUGUCUUUAUGAGUGCAACAAAGACACUCCUGGAGUGUAUGCCUGUGAAGUCAGCAAUGCUUACGGAACAGAGAUCUGCUAUGCAAAUGUCUCGGUGAUAACAGAACCUGCUCGCUUUGUGAAGAAGCUGAAGGACUGUUCCUUUGCUUUGGGAAAGAAAUUGAGGCUUGAGUGUGAAUUUAAGGGAGCACCUAAGAUGUUUGUAACUUGGUACAAAAAUGGCAAACAGCUGUACGCCUCUUACAGAUACAACACAAAGGUCACAGGCAAUAAGUGCAUCUUGGAAGGUCUUUAUGAGAUCAAGCCAGAUGCCGCAGGGAGAUACUCAUGUGAAGUCAGCAAUUCAUCUGGAACUGAUAUUUGCCAUGCUGAGAUUGCUGUAGCAACAGACCCAGCUCGUUUUGUCACAAAACUUAAGGAUCAAACUAUCUCUAUGAGUAAGAAGUUGGUGCUGGAGUGCACGUUUACCGGAGCUCCAAAAUUGUUCAUCACUUGGUACAAGAAUGGAAAGCAGCUGUAUGCUUCAUACAGAUACAACACAAAAGUCACCAAGACCUCGUGCAUCCUAGAGGCUCUUCAUCCCUGCACCGAAGAAACCACUGCUAUGUACUCUUGUGAAGUCAGCAAUGCAUAUGGAACAGACAUUUGCCAUGCACAUGUUAUUGCCAUAACAGAACCUCCUCUGUUUGUAACAAAGAUUAAGGAUAUGACUAUUCCACUGAACAAGAAGUUGAGACUUGAUUGUACCUUCAAGGGCGCUCAAAAAAUGACUGUCAUGUGGUAUAAGGAUGGCAAACAAUUGUCUACUUCCGAUAAAACAUACAGUCAAAAGGCCACUAUGAGCACAUGUGUUCUAGAGGGUCUCCAUGAGUGCAACGCACAAACCACUGGAAGAUAUGCCUGUGAAAUCACCAACAAAUAUGGCAAAGAUAUUUGCUAUGCUCAAAUCACUGCAGUGGAAGGUCAGUAUCAGGAAAUAACUUUGCACACAGAGUACCCAGUCUUAAUUAAAGGACUGUACCAGCAAUAUGUUAUUAAUUAUAAUGCCCAUCCUCUCUCAGACCCAGCACGUUUUGUGAAGAAGAUGAAGGACGUCUCCAUUUCAACGAGCGAGAAACUGAAACUUGAAUGCACUUUCACUGGGGCCCCUGACAUAUCUGUCACUUGGUACAAGAAUGACAGGCAGCUGCACGCUUCACAUAGUUUCAGCACUAACGUGGUUGGAAACACCUGUCUCUUGGAGUGUUUGCAGACCAGCAGCAAAGAUACUGCUGGAACGUACUCCUGUCAGGUCUCAAACAAGUAUGGAGCUGAGAAAUGUCAGGCUCAGGUCACAGUUGUGGCAGAUGCCCCAUGCUUUGUGAAGAAGCUGCACAACUUCCAGGUCUAUGUUGGAGAAAAAAUGACCAUGCAGUGCACAUUCACUGGAGCCCCCCAAAUGUUUGUAACUUGGUAUAAGAACGGAAAGCAGCUCUAUGCCUCUUACCGCUACAACACAAAGCUCGUUGGCAACACAUGUAUCUUGGAGUGCCUUUAUGGAAGCAAGGCAGAAACCGCUGGAAGAUACUCAUGUGAAAUAAGCAAUUCUCAAGGAUCAGCUAUCUGCCAUGCAGACAUCACUGUGGGAACAGACGCUCCACACUUCUGGAAGAAGUUGCAACCAAUGAGUAUUUCACUGAGCAAAAAGUUGAGACUGGAAUGUGGCUUUACGGGAGCCCAGAAGUUGUCUGUCACUUGGUACAAGGAUGGCAAACAAUUAACCUCUGAUAAAUACAACAUGAAAGCUUCCACCAACUCGUGUGUGUUGGAAUGUUUGCAUAGAGCCAGUAAAGAAACAACUGGACUCUAUUCCUGUGAACUCAGCAACACCUAUGGAAAAGCUAUCUGUCAUGCUCAAAUCACAGCCGAAUCAGAGCCUCCUGUCUUUGUCAAGAAGCUUGAGAAUAUCUCAAUUCCAAUGAGCCACAAACUUAGACUCGAGUGCAAAUUCCAGGGAGCCCCCAAGCUCUUUAUCACUUGGUACAAGGAUGGCAAACAGCUGUAUGCAUCAUACAAAUACAACACAAAGGUCACGGAGCACUCAUGCGUCCUUGAGGCUCUUCAUUCUUGCAAUAAGGAGACAGCUGGAAGGUACUCUUGUGAAAUUUCCAAUUCCUUUGGAACAGAGAUCUGUCACGCUCAAGUCAUUCCAGUAACAGAACCGGCUCGCUUUGUCAAGAAGUUGAAGGAUGUGAGCUUCCCUCUGAGUAAGAAACUCAGACUGGAGUGCACAUUCAAGGGAGCGCCAAAGUUGUUUGUCACAUGGUAUAAGGACGGAAAGCAGCUCUACGCCAACUACAAAUACAACACAAAGGUCAUUGGAAACACCUGUGUUGUGGAGUGUCUUCGUGAAUGUAGCAAGGACACACCUGGAAGGUACUCCUGUGAAGUAUCCAACUCUUUCGGAAGUGACAUCUGUCAUGCCCAGAUUACUACAGUGGCAGAACCUGCUCGGUUUGUCACAAGACUGGAGGACCAAACCAUUCCAAUGAGCAAAAAAUUGAGACUCCAGUGUACAUUCACUGGACCCCCUAAAAUGUUUGUCACUUGGUAUAAGGAUGGCAAGCAACUUUAUGCUUCAUACAGAUACAAUACAAAAAUGAUUGGAAACACCUGUGUUCUUGAGUGCUUACACCAGUGCAACAAGGAUACUCCUGGAAAGUACUCUUGUGAGGUUUCCAACAAAUAUGGAAGUGAUAUCUGCCACGCGCAAAUUAAAACAGUUACCGAACCUGCUCGAUUUGUGACAAAGUUGAAAAACCUCUCCGUCCCCAUGACUGACAAGCUGAAGCUACACUGCACAUUCACCGGAGCUCCAAAGUUGUUUGUCACUUGGUAUAAGGAUGGCAAGCAGCUCUACGCUUCUUACAGAUACAACACUAAAGUCACCAAAACCACUUGCCUCUUGGAAGGACUUUAUGAGUGUAGCAAAGAGACCACCGGAAGAUAUUCUUGUGAAGUCAGCAAUUCCUAUGGCUCAGAUAUUUGCCAUGCCGAGAUUACUGCAGUGACAGAACCUGCUCGCUUUGUGAAGAAAAUGCAGGACGUCGCUGUCGCCAUGAGUGAAAAGUUGAGACUUGAGUGCACUUUCACUGGCGCUCCCAAGAUGUUUGUGACUUGGUACAAGGACGGAAAGCAGCUCUAUGCUUCGUACAGGCACAACACAAAGGUCAUUGGGAAUAAGUGCAUCUUGGAGGCCCUACACCAUUGCAACAAGGACACUGCUGGAAUUUACUCUUGUGAAGUUAGCAAUUCUUAUGGAAAUUCUAUCUGCCAUGCAGUGGUCAAAACAGCAUCAGAUUCCCCUAGAUUUGUCAAGAGCCUAACCAGCCGCAGUGUGAAACUGGGAGAGAAGCUGCGUUUUGAGUGCACAUUCACAGGGGCAGAAAAGAUGUUUGUCACCUGGUACAAGGAUGGCAUGCAGCUCUAUGCCUCUUACAGAUACAACACAAAACUUGUCGGUAACUCCUGCAUCUUGGAGGGUCUGUACGGAAGUGACUCGAAUACCACCGGAAGGUACUCCUGUGAAAUUAGCAAUUCCCACGGACAUGAUAUCUGCCAUGCGGACAUCGGCUGUGGCACAGCUGUGAAGAAAGCACCAGUAAAAACAGAUGUGAGGAGAGCACCAGUAGUAGAAGACAAGGUGUCCAGAACACAAGUAUCAGCAGUGGCUGCAGAGCGCAAAAUCCCACCAAGCUUCACCAAGAAGCCUGCGUCUGACAUUAGUGACACAGAAGGUAAGGUGGUGAAGCUUGAGGCCCGUCUGGCCGGUUCGGCACCCAUUACCAUCCACUGGCGCAAGGACAACAAGGAGGUCUUCAGCAAUGGCACAUACGACAUCACCUUCAAGAACAACGUGGCCGUGCUGACCAUCAAGUCCUCCAGCGGCUCUGACUCUGGCAACUACACCUGCGAGGCCAUCAACGAGGCAGGCAGGGCCAGCUGCCAGGUGUCUGUCAGCAUCACAGCUGAAAAGACUCCUCCAGUCUUCAACGUGCCCCUGAAGUCAGUGUCUAUCAACGAGGGCGACAGCCUGUCCCUGAGCUGCCGUGUCCAUGGCACCGCUCCAAUUAAGGUCCAGUGGAUGAAGGACAGACGUGACCUUGCAUCCUCAGCCAGCACAAAGAUCAGCUUUUCAGAUGGAACAGCCCAGCUGCAGAUCCUCCGCACAGCCAAGAACGAUGGAGGCGACUACCUGUGCAAGGCCACCAAUGACGCUGGCAGUGAAUUCACCAAGUGCAAAGUAACCAUAAGGGACAAAACACCCUCUCCUAAACCUGAAGCUGCUCCAGCUGCUCCCGCUCCUGCUCAUGUCCCGCCAAAGAAAUUGGAUAACUUGUUCUUCAUCGAAGAACCAAGGAGUGCCCAAAUAGUUGAGAAGGGCACUGCAACCUUCAUCGCUAAAGUUGGCGGUGAUCCCAUCCCCAACGUGAAAUGGAUGAAGGGCAAGUGGAGGCAGAUCACCAGCGGUGGUCGCAUCACCAUUGAGCAGAAGGGCCAAGAGGCCAAGCUCGAAAUCAAAGACACCACUAAGUCCGACUCCGGACAGUACAGAUGUGUUGCAUCAAACACGCACGGAGAGAUUGAGUGCAGCACUGACCUCAACGUUCAAGAGAGGAAGGACAGUGGUCCUGAGACCGUGAAACUGAAGAAGACACCAUCAAAGCAGAAGAGUCCAAAGGAAGGCCAAGUGAUUGAUAUUGUUGAGCUGCUGAGGAACGUCAACCCCAAGGAGUACGAGAAGUACGCUCGCAUGUAUGGAAUCACAGACUACCGUGGUAUCCUUCAGGCCAUUGAGCAGUUGAAGAGAGAAAGAGAAGCUGCCGGUGAAGUUGUCUCCGACGAGGACUAUGGCGACUUCAUGUCUGACCUUCAGAGCAAAGCGGAUGAGGAGCCUGUCACCCUGGUGUCAGAUAUUUCAGAUAAAACCACACAGGCAAGUAAGGAAGCUACAUUUGAAUGUGUGAUCAAGAUCAACUACCCAGAGAUUUCCCUCACGUGGUACAAAGACACAAAGAAGCUGUCCACCGACAGCAAGUAUGAAGUUAAAGUGUCAGGCGAUCAUCACACUCUGAAGAUCAAAGACUGCCAGUCCUCAGACCAGGGAAAUUACCGCGUAGUGUGUGGACCUCACAUUUCGAGUGCAAAGUUGACCGUCACAGACUCAAAAGAUCAGAUGCCAUAUUCGGCUGAUCAAAUUCAGUUCACCAAACGCAUCCAGAAUAUUGUGGUGAAAGAACGCCAGUCUGCAACCUUUGAAUGUGAACUAUCCUUCGACAACGCCAUCGUUACCUGGUACAAAGACUCAUGGGAACUCAAAGAGAGUCCAAAGUAUACCUUCAGGUGUGAGGGAAGGCGCCAUUUUAUGAUCAUCCGCAAUGUAACCGCUGAAGACGAAGGAGUGUACUCAGUGAUUGCACGAUUGGAACCUGUUGGCGAAACUAAGAGCACAGCUGAGCUUUAUCUGUCAGGCAAAGAAGUUAAAUUAGGAAGGGUUCCGCAAGAUGUUCCUGAUACAUCAAUUCAAGUUCCUGAAGUAUCCUCAGUAAUUAGUUUCAAAGAAGAAACAUCAGAGUUCUAUCACUAUGAACAAAAGACAGAAAUAAAAGCUGUUGAAAGUUGGACUGUCGAAGAAGAAAUCGUGUUUGAGCGCUCUUCAGUGACCCAAGACACAAGAAAACCAGUAGAUGAAACUGUUGGCAAAACAGCAAUGGGGAUGAGAGAAGAAGCGCCUAAGAAAGUUCCUGAGAAGAGAGGAGAAGAACAGAAACCUAAAACAGGAAUUUCAGACGAAGCUGCAAAGGCAGGCAAAGUACCCGAAGGAAGCAGGAGGCCUGUGGACGAAACAGUGACUGCUGUAAAAACACCUGAUCAAAAAGAGAAACCAUCAACCAAAGCCACGGAAUAUAAACCACCACAUGAGCCAGGUGUACAGUACAAAGAAGAACCUGCAGCUGAGCCCAAGGCAGAGCAAAAAGCUGCUCCAAAGACUGAACCUAAGGGAGAGCAAAAGGUUUCUCCAAAGACUGAACCCUGGGCUGAGCAGACAGCUGCCCCCAAGGGGGCGGCACCUAGAGCCGAGCCCACGGCAUCCCCUAAAGGUGCACCCAUGACUGCACCUAAAGUCGAACCUAUGGCUCCAAUCGCUAAAACUGCUGAGGCGCCCUCUGCCAAAGUACCUGAAGCACCCAAGAGAGAAGAAGCUCCCAGACAGCCAUCUAUAGAUACUAAAAGAGAGGCAGUUUCCCCUCCGAAAAGAGAAGCGGUUGCCCCUCCCACAAGAGAGCCGGUUGCUCCUCCCACAAGAGAGCCGGUUGCCCCUCCCACAAGAGAGCCGGUUUCCCCUCCCACAAGAGAGCCGGUUCAGGUUCCCACAAGAGAGCCGGUUGCCCCUCCCACAAGAGAGCCGGUUGCCACUCCCACAAGAGAGCCGGUUGCCCCUCCCACAAGAGAGCCGGUUUCCCCUCCCACAAAAGAUAUUCCUUCUACUCAAGUUGCAACGGAUGUGAAGGGCGUCAAGACACCAAAACAAAAAGAGGUUUUCCCCACCCCAGUUGAAACAGCACAUACUCCUGAAUUGGUGGAGAAGCCAAAAUCAGUGGCUGAAAAACCCAAGAUGGAACCAGCAAAACCAGCCACUACAUCUCCUGUUGAAACAAAGAGGGUAGAGCCUGUUCCUCCUCCGGUUGAAAAAGCAAAGGUGGAACCAGGAAAAUCGGAACCAUCUAAACCCCAUACCCCUGUUGCCACCAAAAAGGCAGAACCAGUGACCCAAGAACAACCAAAGGUGGAACCACCAAAAGCAGUGGUUCCUGAAUCUGUUCAGAAACAAGCUGAACCAAUUAAACAACAAGACAUUCCUCAUGUUCCUAGUAAGAAAGUAGAACCAACACAACGUGUGAUGCCUUCUCCUCCUGAAAAGGAAGAAAUGGCAAAGGGAAGGCCAGAGGAACUUAAAGUAGAACCAAAAACAGAGAAACCAAAAACACCUAAAACGGUUUCUCCAAAAGAGGUUUCCAAGCCAACAGCUGUUGACGUUAAAAAGCCAGAAGCACCGCCUGAGAAAAUAGCUGUAACUAAACCUAAAAAGGACGAGGAGUUUACUCCCACCACAGUAAUGACAACUUAUACAAGGACAGAAGACGUCCCUAAGACUGUGACACAGUCGGUCAGGGCUGAGAAGAUGGAACUAAGAGAAUCAUAUGAAGAUGUACCAUUUGGCAGAACAGUAGUGUCUGCUUCAAAAGAAAUGUCAGUAACCCAAGUGGCUUUCAAACAAGAAGUUGUCCAUGAAGCUCAAAAGACAGUUUUAGAGCCAGAAACCUUUUACCAAACAGUACAGCAAAAGACAGAGUACAGGACUGAACCUAAGUCAGAACAAGGUAUGUAUGAGGUGAAGCCUAGGGAAGCCAUCUUAGAUAGACCUCAGUACCCCAGAGAGCAUCAAGGCCCCAUGCUUGAGUCAGAAAUGAAGUCAAAAUCUAUGGCUCAAGAAAUAGUCUUUAAACAUGAGGUCAGUCAAGAAACAGUACAAUACCCCAAGCAAUACCAUGAGGUUGAAAUGAAAGCAGAAGUUAAGGGUGAUGACAAAGUGCAAAGAAGUGUUUUAGAGCCAGGAGAUGUCCACAAAGUGAUAGGACAACAAGCCGAGUACACACCAGAACCUAGGGAAGAAAGAUAUGGAAUCAAGGCGCAAGAAAUGGUCUUAGAGAAAAGGGAGAUACCCAAGGCAGAAUAUAAAGUUGAGACCAAGGUUGAGGCGAAGACAGAAUAUAAAGUCGAGGAUAGGGCUCAAAAAACUAUCACAAAGCAAGAAGCUGUCUUUGAAACAGAUUCUCCAAAACCCCAGGAAUACAUUAAAGACAAAGAGUACACACAACAACAUAAAAAGGCUGAGCUGAAGACAGAAAUAAAAUCUGAGACUGUGGCUCAAGUAAGGCAGGCAGGGAGACAGGAGACAUUGCAGCACCCAGAGCAGUUCUACAAGGAUGAACCUAAGGCAACAGUUAGAGUUGAUUCCAAACCAGAACCACCUAAGCAGGGAGUAGUUCAGCAAGAAUUUACUCAGAAAACAAGAGAAUACCAAACAGAAUACAAGGCUGAGCCCAGAGAAGAGUCCAGAUAUGAAGUCAAGUCUCAAGAAAUAGUACAAGAGAAAAGGGAGGUACGGAGACAGCCUCAAGAAGCUACGCAUGAAACAGUAGAGUAUCCAAAAGAAACAGUUGAAGCGCCUGAAAAGGGGAGGUUUGAUGGCGGUGAACAGACAGCAAAAAUAGAUAAACACGCACCUAUUGAAAAACAGAGGGAACAGACAGUACCUAAAAAGACAAUAUCAGACAGUGACUACCAGAAAAGACAUGUCCAAGCCAAAGAGUCACCCAAGAAGAAAGAAGACAAAGAAACAAAGAAAAAAGUUUCUCCAAAAGAGCAUGUUGCCUAUAAACCAGAGCCACCUGUCUCUGGAAAAGAAGAAGUAGAAAGGGAAACUCCUGAGGCUCGGCCCACCCCUUCAGAAGUUGCCCGUAAGGGUGAGUCUCCCAAAGAUAAAGCUCUUCCAAAAGCUCCACAUGAUGAGAUAGGGAGCGUCAAAGGGAGAGCAGAAGUUGAAGAGACUAAAAUAACUCAAGAACAAACUGCUCCUAUGAAAGACCACCGUGCACCUGCUGAAGAAACUCCAGUUUCUGACACAGUUGAACAAGUGACUCCUAUGGAGAAGAAACUUUCCCCUAAGAAAACACCAUCUCCCGUGCAAGAGAAGUUUUCCCCUUCAGAAGGAGAGGGAGUACAGGCCCCUGGACCCGCUAGGAAAGACAAAGCAAAACAAAAGCGUACAGUUCGCAUUGAGGAGGAGGAGACAUUCACACUCCCAACAUUAAAGAAAGUUACUAAAGUCCUGUCCAAGGACCAAGAGGAGCAUGAGGUCAUUAAACUCCGAAAAAUGAUCAAGCCUCCGAAGGAUGAGGAGCCCCAACAGGUUGGAAUACUGCUAAGGACAGUCGGAAUAACUGAUACCGCUGAACAAAAGAUAACAGUUUACUCUAAGACCUCAUCCGAAGUCACAGAGACAAGUCGGCAUGAAUAUGAGAGGAGUAUUCUGCCAUUUGAGGAAGGAAGAACUGAGAUUAGAACAGAUGUUCAGGAAAACAAAACUGAACAAGUACAAGCGAAAAAACCUGCAGAACAUAUACGUAAGACUGACACUGAUGAAUUUACUGACAUGGUGACUAAAACUCCAACUAAAGAUGAGGAGGGUGAGAGGAAACCCGAGAUCAAGAAAGUCCCGAAGAAGACUGUCAAGCAAGACCAGCCUGAACCUGCAGCCCCAAUCUUAACGAAAAAGAAAGUGACUAAACUACCUCAGAAAGACCAAGAACAGGAGACAGUUAAGCUAAAACCAUUUGAAAAACCUACUAAGCCAGAGAGAGAUGAGAUUGCAAAGACAACAAGAGAUGAAGAUAGAGAACCUUACACUUUCCAAAGAGGUGAUAAAACUUUAACAGAUAGGCCAGCCACAGAAAUAUCUGACCAGUUUACAGCAAAAGAAAAAGACGUAGAGAUUGAAAGUAGCACAAAAGAGCCUGUCGUCCCUGAAGAUGAAAAGGUUCCAGAAAAGGGAGGUAUAAAGACAGACAAGACACCAAAAGAUGAAGAAACCAAAGCUCCUGGUUUAGUUAAGAAAAAAAUAUCAAGGCUACCAUCAGACGAGAAAGAACAGGAGAGUGUUAAGUUAAAGCCAUUUGAGAAGCCUACUAAAGAAAUGGAGAAACCUGUUAAAGAUAGUGCAGUUGAUGACAGGGAGAGAAAGCCAACUACUUUCCCAAAAUCUGACAGGCCAUCAAAGGAUGAGGGUUUCAAAGAAGCUGUCACUGAACCAUCAAAAUUACAGAAAGAUGAUACAAUUGAAAAACCUUCCAUUGCUGAAAAACAUGAAAAGGUUGAUGAAAAGACAGGCCCCAAGAAGACAAGGACACCAAAGGAUGAAGAACCCAAAGCUCCAUCAGUAGGUAAAAAGAAAAUAUCAAGGUUACCUUCAGAUGAGAAAGAACAGGAGACUGUUAAGUUGAAACCCUUUGAGAAGCCUACUAAAGAAGCUGAAAAACCUUUAAAAGAUGUGGAACACACAGAGAGAAAGCCAAAUACUUUCCCAGAAUCUGAUAGGCCAACAAAGGAUGAGAGCUUUAAAGAGCCUGUCUCUGAACCAUCAAUGUCACCCAAAGAGGAUGUUACUGAAAAACUUCCAGUAGCCAAACAACAUGAAAAGGCUGAGGACAAGACAGAUGCCAAGAAAACAAAGACCUCAAAAGAUGAAGAACCCAAGGCCCCUGCUUUAGCUAAGAAAAAAGUAUCAAGAUUGCCAUCAGAUGAAAAAGAACAGGAGACUGUUAAAUUAAAGCCAUUUGAAAAACCCAAGACUGAUAAAGAAAGUGAAAAGCCAGUAAAAGACAGAUUAGCCGAUAGCAGAGAGAAAUCAGAGAUUACUAUCCCGGAGCGGGCAGAACGACCAUUACAAGAUGGAACUCAUAAAGAUAUUGUGUCUGAACCAUCACAAUUACCCAAAGCGGAUGUUCCUGAUACACCGUCAGUUACUGAGCAGCUGGAAACAGCAGUCGAAAAGCCAGAUAUGAAAAAGAUAAAAGAACCAGAACAUAAAAUAAAGACACCAAAAGAUGAGGAAAUUCAACCUCCUGGUUUAGCGAAAAAGAAAGUGUCAAAGCUGCCAUCAGGAGAGAAAGAAAAAGAUGUUGUAAAAUUUAAGCCAUUUGAAAAACCUAUUAAACAGGAAGAUGAAAAAGAAAGAAAAGAUAGUAUUAAAGAUUCUAAACAAAAAGAACCUACGUCCUUAAAGGCGAUCGAAAGACCAUCAAAAGAUGAGAGACCGAAAAAACACGAUAGCCCUAAAGAAUCUGUGUCUGACCAAAUGCAAUCAGAGACACCUAAAGAUGAAGUCCCUGAAACGGCAGAUAAAGUGCAUGAUGACAGGGAAGUAAACGAAAAGACGCCAAUUAAAAAGGGUGAAAUAACAAAAGAUGAAGGGCCUGAGGUCUCUGGAUUAGCACCAAAGAAAAUCUCAAAAUUACCAUCAAUUGAAAAAGAGCAGGAGAUGGUUAAAUUACGGGCAACUGAUAAGCCUGGCAAACCAGAGGCUGGUGAAUUGCCACCAGAAAAGAAAGAUGUAGAAAAGGGUCGUGAGCAGAUUACUUUCCAGAAGGGUGACCGACCUGCGAAAGAUGACACAUUGAGAAAGUCUGAAGAGGAACCUAUAAAAGUUAAGAAACAUGCAACGCCAGACAAAGAGCCUAAGGUUACCGCAAAGGAAGAAGCUCCAUAUGAAGAUGAGCAGAAACCAAGUCCCAAAAAGCUCAGCCCUAUCAAGAAAACAGAACCUAGUCCAAAAGCAGAAGACAAGCCUGCAGUGCAGAAAAAGAUUGGGCAGAAGCCAGAGGACCAAAAGGAUAAAGACAUUACUCUCAAGCCAGUUGAGCUCACCAAGAGCAUUGAGAUGAAAAAGACACCUACACCCAAGGCAGUUGAGCUCACCAAAGGCAUUGAAAUGAAAAAGACACCUUCACCUACACCCAAGGCAGUCGAGAUAACCAAGAGCAUUGAGAUGAAAAAGACACCCUCACCACAGGUUGAGAAACUAAAACCUAAAGCUGGUGAAUCAACGAUUUCUAUGGAGAGGAAACCAAGUACUGAUGUCAAAAGACUACCUAAAAAGGUUUCACCCAAGGACUCAGUUGAGUCUGUCACUCUGAAAAAAGUAACAAAACCCUCACCACCUGAAAAACCAGGGCCAGAAGAAGCAAAGCACACCACGAAAGAUAAGCUGUCUGCUUCGAAAGUGGUAUCACCUCAAGUUGUCCAAAUGAGGAAAAUUUCUACUCAGUUUGAAGAAGAGGUGGAAGAGUUACAGACUGAGGUGCUGGAGGGAGAAGAAGACUCCUGGGGAUGGGAACUUGUUCCUGAUGAGGACUGGGAAGGUGAACCUGAGGAGGGAGCAGUUGAGACUCCAGGAGGAUUUGGUCCUAGACGAGAGGGAACACCAAAAGAUGAAGCAGGAGGUGCAGGCAGAGGCAGAGGACUUAAAGCGAAACAAACACCUUCCCCUGGUGAAGCUGGCAGAGGCAGGGGCAAGGCUGGAGGCAAGCCACCUGGAGAGGAGCCACCAUUUGCUGGCUUCAAACUGAAGGCUGUGCCUCUGAAGUUUACCAAACCUCUGAAGGACAUCACAAUACAGGAGGCUGAGUCAGAUGUUGGUGCCUCUGCUCUGUUUGAGUGUGAAAUCACACCUUCCACGGCUGUGACCACCUGGAUGAAAGACGGCAGCAACUUGAGGGAGGGCCCCAAGCACAAGUUCACGUCUGACGGCAAGGAUCGCAAGUUGAUGAUCAUUGAUGUCCAGCUUUCUGAUGCUGGUGAAUACACUUGUGUUGCCAAGAAUGCAGGCAAGGAGGCAACAUCAGUUGCCAAGCUAAUUGUUGAAGAGUUGCCAGUGAAAUUCACCAAGCCUCUUGAUGAGGAGACAUCUGCCAUGAAGGGUCAACAUUUGUACCUGACUUGUGAGUUGAACAAAGAGAGGGAUGUCGUCUGGAAGAGGGAUGGCCAAGUACUGAAGAGUAUUCCUGGAAAGCUGAACAUCAAUGUAAUUGGAAUGCAACACGCAAUAACCAUUCAGAACAGUGAUGAGAGUGAUGCUGGUCUUUACACUUGUGAAGUGGCGACCGCAUCUGGCGACAUCAUCGACACCAAGUCCACAGUCAAAGUAAUUGAAAUCAUCAAGGAUUGGAUUGUGAAGCCUCUGAGGGAUCAGCACGUCAAACCCAAGACGGCCGCAACUUUCAAGUGUGAGCUCUACAAGGACACUCCCAACUUCAAGUGGUUCAAGGGUGACGAUGAAAUUCCAGUUGAACCCACAGACAAAACUGAGAUCAAGAAGGAUGGCAAAGAGCUUGCGUUGACCGUCAAGAAUGCGGCUCCUGACGAUGUUGGGGAGUAUUCCAUUGAAGUGGAAGGACGUAGAUACGCAGCCAAGCUUACACUUGGAGAACGUGAGGCUGAGGUCUUGAAGCCUCUCGCAAGUGUGGAAAUCGUUGAGAAAGAUGAGGCUUCCUUUGAGACUGAAAUCUCUGAGGAUGAUAUUCCUGGAGAAUGGAAGCUUGGGGGACAAGUUCUUACUAGAUCACCGACUUGUGAUAUCAAAAUGGAGGGAGCAAAGAGAUUCCUCACUCUGAAAAAUGUCCAGCUUGACCAAGCUGGUGAAGUGUCUUACCAGGCUCUCAAUGCCAUUACAAGCGCAAUGCUUAAUGUUAAAGAGCUGGAAAUCGACUUCGAAGUGCCUCUGACCAACGUGUCUGUGCAUGAAAAGAAACAGGCAAAGUUUGAAUGUGUCAUCAAUAAGGAAGUGACUAAGGUCAUGUGGUUUAGAAGCUCGGAAAUCAUAACUUCUUCCACUAAAUUUGAAAUAAUUGAUGAUGGAUAUAAACAUAUGUUGGUUGUAAACCAGUGUGAGUUUGAGGAUGAGGACACAUAUACAAUUGAGGUGAUGGGCAAAAGGUCAACUGCCACUCUGGUCGUAGAGGGCAUGCGGCUCAAGUUCAUCUCGCCAUUGUCGGAUCAAACUGUGAAAGAAACUGAAACUGCUCGGUUUGAGCUUGAACUAUCUCAUGAGAAUGUACCCAUUACGUGGUACAAGAAUGAAAUAAAAUUGCAUCCGACCCGAACGGUGUUAAUCCGUGUCGAUGGAAACAAACACAGUUUAGAAAUAAAGGAGGUCACUCUAGAUGAUACCUGCCAAAUUACGGCAGAGGCCAAAGAGGCUAAAGGACUCUCCUCAACUGCAAACCUGAAGGUUUUAGAGGGCUCUGCCAAGUUCUGUGUCAAACUUCAAGAUUACACCGCCACUGAGAAGGACGAGGUCACCCUUGACUGUGAGUUGACCAAAGACGUCCCAGUGAGAUGGUACUUCAAAGCGACCGAGCUGAAGGCCUCCAAGAUGGUUCAGAUGAAAUCUGACGGCAAACGAAGGAUUCUGGUUAUUAAGAAAGUGGAAGAAAAAGAUAAGGGAGAGUACACUUGUGACUGUGAAACAGAUAGGACAAGUUGCAACAUAAACAUUGAAGCACGUGAUAUCAAAGUGGUCAAGCCCAUGUAUGGUGUGGAGCUCUUCGCUGGAGAGACAGCCAAGUUUGAGGUUGAAGUCUCAGAUACUGAGGUCCAUGCCCAAUGGAAACUGAAGGGAGUAGCCCUCUCCCCUUCUGCUGACGUGGAAAUUAUUGAGGAGGGUACAAAACACACUCUGACACUGUAUAACUGUAUGGUCGACCAAACCGGAGAGGUUAGCUUCCAGGGAGCCAACGCCAAGUGUGCUGCCAACUUGAAAGUUAAAGAACUUCCCAUUACUUUCAUUACUCCUCUGAGUGAUGUGAAUGUGUAUGAGAAAGAUGAAGCAAGGUUCGAAAUCGAGGUGUCCAGGGUACCCAAAACUUUCCGCUGGGUCAAGGGCUCCCAAGAACUGCAGGCUGACGAUAAGUUCGAGAUGAUCCAGGAGGGCAAGGUUUACACUCUGGUGGUGAAGGGUGCAGCUUAUGAAGACGAGGCCAAGUACAUCUUUGAGGCUGAGGACAAAAGAACCACCGGAAAACUCAUCAUCCAAGGCAUUCGUCUUGAGUUUGUCAAGCCCAUCAAGGAUGUGACCGUGAAGGAGCGUGAGACAGCACAGUUCAAGAUUGAACUUUCCCAUGACAAGAUUCAGGUGGCCUGGUACAAGAACGACAAGCGCCUGCACCCUAGCAAGCUGGUUCACAUGUCCGAGGCGGGCAAGGUGCACACCCUGUCCUUCAAGGAAGUGUCUGUUGAUGACACUGCCAUGAUCAAAGUAGAGGCCCUCGGCAAGACCUCGGAGGCCAUGCUCACAGUUCUCGAGGGAGAUAUUUACUUCACCACCAAGCUGCAAGAUUACACUGCAGUUGAGAAGGAUGAAGUCAUCCUUCAGUGUGAAGUUAGCAAGUCAUCUGCCGACGUUAAAUGGUUCAAGGACGGCCAAGAGCUUGUGCCCUCAAAGAGUAUCCUCAUCAAAUCUGACGGAAAGAAGAGAAUGCUUACAAUCAGGAAAGCUGAGAAGGCCAACAUUGGUGAAUACACCUGUGACUGUGGAUCAGACAAAACCACAGCCAGGCUGAACAUUGAAGAGCGUGACAUCAAGGUUGUACGCCCCCUGUACAGCGUUGAGGUAACAGAGACAGAGACUGCCCGCUUUGAGACUGAGAUCUCUGAGGCAGAUGUUCACGGUAACUGGAAGCUGAAGGGAGAAGUUCUUCAUCAGUCUGCUGAUGUUGAAAAGAAGGAGGAGGGCACAAAGCACAUGCUCAUUCUCUACAAUGUGCGCAUGGACAUGGCUGGUGCAGUAGAUUUCUCCGCUGCUAAUGCCAAGUCCAGCGCACAGCUGAGAGUCAAAGCACGUGUGAUCAGCGUUACAAGACCAAUGAAGGAUGUUACAGUCACUGCUGGGGAGACCGCAACCUUUGAUUGUGAUCUCUCCUUUGAGGGAAUUGCUGUGGAAUGGUUCCUUGCUGGACAGAAACUUGAGGCUAGCGACAGAGUUGUCAUGAGGUCAGAGGGCAAACUGCACACACUCAAACUGAGAGAUGUGAAACUGUCUGAGGCCGGAGAGGUAACACUGACCGCGAAGGAUUUCAAGACCAAAGCCAAGCUUACAGUGAAUGAACCAGCAGUUGAGUUCACCAAACCCCUGGAAGACCAGACGGUUGAGGAAGAGGCCAGUGCCACAUUUGAGUGCGAAGUCUCCAGGGACAACGCAGAGGUCAAAUGGCUCAGGGAGGGCCAGGAGAUCCGCAAAACCAAGAAGUAUGACAUGGAGGCUCAUGGACGCAUCAGGAGACUCAUCAUCAAGGAUUGUACUCCUGAUGAUGCCAAGACAUUCACAUGUGACGCCAAGGAAUUCAAGACUUCCGCCUCCCUCUACGUUGAGCCACCCCAUGUUGAGUUCGGCAUGCCUCUUCAUGAUGUGGAGGUCAAAGAGAAGGAAUCCGCCAAGUUUGAGUGUGAAGUCUCUCGUGAGAACGCUAAGGUGCGCUGGUUCAAGGACGGCAAUGAGAUCAGAAAGAGCAAGAAAUAUGAAAUAAUUGCCAAGGGUGUAAAGCGCACUCUUAUUAUCCACAAGUCUGUGUUUGAUGAUGAAGCUGAAUAUGAAUGUGACGCAAGAACCUCCAAGUCAUCUGGAAUGCUGACUGUUAUCGAGGAGGAGGCUAGAUUCACAAAGAAUCUCAGCAACGUUGAAGGAUCUGAGACAGACAGCGUGAAAUUGAUUUGCGAAGUGUCCAAGGCCAGCGCCGAGGUCUCCUGGUAUAAGGGUGACGACGAGGUGCCAGAAGGUGGCAGAUACGAGCAGGUCGUGGACGGCCGCAAGAGGAUCCUCAUUAUUCAAGAUCUGCGCAUGGAUGACGGCGGAGAGUACAACUGCAGACUUCCCAAUGCCAAAACAUCAGCCAACCUGAAGCUUGUUGAACUGGCUGCUGAGUUUAUCUCCAAGCCACAGCCCAAGGAAGUGGUUGAAGGUGAGAAGGCAGAGUUUGUAUGCUCCGUCUCCAAGGACACAUAUGAGGUGAAAUGGUUCAGAGGUGACCAGGAACUUCACAGUGGUGACAAGUACAGCUUUGUCACCGAUGGCAAGAGAAGGAAGCUCAUCAUCAUGAACUGUGAUCGUCAGGAUGAGGGAGCCUACAAAGUUAUGAUUGGAACUGUCAAGGCAUCAGCUGACCUGACUGUGCUUGAAAAACUCAGAAUCAUCACACCUCUCAGGGACACCCCAAUGAAGGAGGGAAUGGAGAUCUCUCUCAACUGUGAGGUCAACUCUGAGGGUGCCAAGGCAAAAUGGCUGCGCAAUAACGAGACCAUCUUUGAGAGCGGCAAGUACAUCAUGGGUUCCAGGGACACAGUUUUCUCCCUGAGAAUCAAGGAUGCUGAGAAGGCCGAUGAAGCUGAGUACACAGUUAUGCUGUCCAACAAUCGUGGCGAGCAUGCCGAGAGCAAAUGCAAAGUCUCCGUAGAAGAGGAGCAACUCAAAAUCAUUGAGCCUCUUGAGGACUACGAGACACAGGAGAAGAAGCCUGUCACCUUCAGCUGCAAGGUGAACAAGCCAAAUGUGACCGUGAAAUGGAUGAAGGCUGGUCAGGAGAUCACCUUCAGCAAGCGUAUCCAGUACAGGGUGGACAGCAGGAAGCACACGCUCACCAUCAAGGAGUGCAUCAUGGACGAUGAGGGUGAAUACACAGUCGUGGCUGGAAAUGAUAAGUCAACAGCCGAACUGAUCAUCAGCGAGGCACCCACUGACUUCACCGGACCGCUCAAGGACCAGACUGUCACUGAGUUCGAGGAGGCCAUGUUCGUGUGCAAGUUGUCCAAAGAGAAGGCAAACGUCAAGUGGUACAGAGAUGGCAGAGAGAUCCGUCAAGGAAAAAGGUAUAAAUUUGAGAGGGAAGGAAGAACCUGCACUCUUUACAUCAAGAACUGCAGACCCGAUGAUGAAUGUGAAUACGCCUGUGGUGUGGAGGACAGAAGAACCAGGGCAAGACUCUUUGUUGAAGAGACCCCUGUGGAGAUCGUCAAGCCACCUCAGGAUGUGUUCGAGCCUCCUGGCUCUGAUAUUGUGUUUGAGGCCGAACUGAACAAGGACAGGGUCGAGGUGAAAUGGAUGAGGAACAACAUGAUCAUCGUCCAGGGCGACAAAUACCAGAUGCUGAGCGAGGGCAAAGUUCACAGACUCCAGGUCUGCGAGAUCAGGCCUCGUGACCAGGGAGAGUACAGGGUUGUCGCCAAAGACAAGGAUGCCAGAGCCAAGCUUGAGCUGGCAGCUGUGCCAAAAAUCAAGACUACUGAUCAGAACCUGGUGACUGACGCUGGAAAGCCUUUCGUCAUGUCUGUCCCCUACACUGCCUAUCCCCGUGCUGAGGCUGAAUGGGUCUUCGAUGGCUCCAGCUUGCCAUUCCAGAAUGUUGACACCUCUGCAGAGAGAACUGAUUACAGACUGAAGGAUCCCAGGAAGGCAGACCAGGGUCGUUACAAGAUCACAAUUAAGAACAAACAUGGAAAGGGAGAGGCUUUCAUCAAUUUGGAUGUCAUUGAUGUCCCUGGACCUGUUAAGAACCUGCAUGUGGUUGACACCUCUGAUGGUGAGGUCAGCCUUGCUUGGGAUGAGCCUGAGAAUGAUGGUGGCAGCAAGAUCAUUGCCUAUGUUGUGGAGAGACGUGAUGUGAAGCGCAAGACUUGGACGGUGGCCACCGACCGCGCAGACUCUCUCGAGUAUUGCGUUGGUGGACUGAACAGGGACAACUUCUAUCUCUUCCGUGUCUGUGCUCGCAACAGAGUUGGACCUGGAGAGACUGUUGCUACAGACAAAGCAGUUCAGGCAAAGAACAUGUUUGAUGUUCCCGAUGCACCCCAGAACGUUGCCGUUGGAAAUGUUAACAGGUAUGGGGCCACCGUAUCCUGGGAACCUCCUCUCUCUGAUGGAGGAUCUGAGAUCACCAACUACGUCAUUGAGCAACGCGACAGGACAUCUGUGAAGUGGGAAGCAGCCAUGGUGACCAAGGCUUCUGACCGCAGUGCAACGCUUACUGAUGUUGUGGAGUACAAGGAAUACAUCUUCCGCGUCAGAGCAGAGAACAAGGCUGGUGUUGGCCAGCCAAGUGGUGCCACCGAUCCAGUGAAGAUCAUGGACCCCAUUGAGAGGCCAAGUCCACCACAGAACUUCAACUACAGUCAUCAAAUGAAGAACUCAGUUCAGUUGGAAUGGGAAACCCCCUUAUCCAACGGAGGUAGCAUGAUCACCGGCUACAUCGUUGAAAAGUCUGAGGAGGGUUCAGACAAAUGGCUGAGAUGCAACGCCAGACUCUGCCAGGACCUUUGCUACAAGGUUUCUGGACUGAAGUUUGGACAGAAGUAUCUCUACAGAGUAUUUGCAGAGAAUGCCGCCGGUGUUUCUGACCCUGCUAACACCUUGGGACCUCUCAUGGCAGAUGACCCACACAUUGGACCAACCAUGGAUCUCAGUGGCUUCAGAGAUGGCCUCGAGGUUAUGGUUCCUCACCCUCUCACCAUCCGCGUGCCCAUCACUGGCUACCCUACACCCAAACCAAAAUGGCACUUUGGUGAUAAGGAGCUGAAGCACGGAGAUGAUCGUGUUACCAUGACAACUAAGCAGAACUACACUGAACUGGUCGUCACUCCAAGCGUUCGCCCAGACAAAGGAACAUACACUUUGCACCUUGAGAAUGAUGUCACUUCCGUGUCAGGAGAGAUUGACGUCAAUGUCAUUGCAUCUCCAAGUGCCCCAAGAGACUUCAAGGUCCCUGAGGUCACCAGACAUCAUGUGCACCUCUCAUGGGAGGCUCCUGAACAUGAUGGAGGCAGCCCUGUCAUUGGCUACCAGAUUGAGAAACGUGAAACAUCCAGAAAGACCUGGGUUAAGGUCAUCUCUGGAGUGCAGGAUCUGGAGUACACUGUGACUGAUGUCAUUGAGGGCAAAGAGUACUUGUUCAGCGUCACUGCUAUCAACAAGUGUGGACCUGGAGAACCAGCCUACAUUGAUGAUCCAGUCAAUGUUUCCUCACCAGCCACUGUUCCUGAUCCACCUGAGCACCUGAAAUGGAGAGACAAGAGUGCCAAGGGCAUUUUCCUCACCUGGGAGCCACCAAGAUACGACGGUGGUGCCCCACUCAAGGGCUACAUUGUGGACAAGUGCCAGCGUGGAACUGACAAGUGGGAAGCCUGCGUCCCUGAACCCAUCGCUGAGCUGAAGUAUCAAGUAACCGGCCUUAUUGAAGGACAGUGGUAUGCUUACCGUGUGAGAGCUGUGAACAAGCUGGGAGCCAGCAGACCUUGCCGUGCCACAGAUGAAAUCCAGGCUGUUGAUCCAAAAGAACCACCUGAGAUUCAGCUGGAUGUUAAGCUUCUGGCUGGUCUGACGGCAAAGGCAGGAACCAAGAUUGAGCUUCCUGCUGAUGUGCUUGGCAAGCCAGACCCUAAGGUCAAAUGGACCAAGGCUGACCUUGUCCUGAAAGCUGAUGACAGGAUUACAAUUGAUACCAAGCCUGGACAUUCCACACUGGGUAUUGCCAAGACAACCAGAACUGACACCGCCACCUACAUCAUCGAGGCAGUGAACGCCUGCGGUCGUGCCACUGCAACAAUUGAUGUUAACAUUCUUGACAAACCUGGCCCACCAGCUGCUUUUGACAUCUCCGACAUCACCAACCACUCUUGCGCCCUGGCCUGGAAUCCACCUAGGGACGAUGGUGGCUCUCCAAUCACUAACUACAUUGUGGAGCUGAGACCCACAGACAAAGAGGAGUGGAAGAAACUGUCCGCCACCAUCAAAGCAACCACUUUCAACGCAAUGAAACUUACCGCUAUGAAGGAGUACGUCUUCAGGGUGUCUGCUGAGAACCAGUAUGGCAUUGGACCCCCAGCUGAACAUGUGCCCAUUGUGGCCAAAUAUGCAUUUGAUUCUCCUGGUGCACCAACUAGGGUGACACCCUCUGAUAUUGCAAGAGAUGCUGUGACUCUGACAUGGUUUGAGCCUGAUGAGGAUGGCGGUAGCCCCAUCACUGGUUACUGGGUGGAGAAGUUUGACCCAGAGACUGACAAAUGGAUUAGAUGCAACAAGUUGCCAAUCAAGGACACCACAUUCAGGGUUAAGGGACUGCCAACCAAGAAGAAGUACAAGUUCCGUGUCCUGGCUGAAAAUCUUGCUGGACCAGGAAAGCCAAGCACUGAGACAGAUCCAAUCCUGAUUAAGGAUCCCAUUGAUGCACCAUGGGCUCCUGGCAAGCCAGUUAUGAAAGAUAUUGGUAAGACCAAUGUCACCCUUCACUGGACAAGGCCUGAACAUGAUGGAGGUGCUAAGAUCGAGGGUUACAUCAUUGAAUUCAAAAAGACAGGAACCGAGGACUGGAUUCAAGGAGCCGAGGACGUGCCCACCACAGAGUUCUGUCUGAGGGGACUCAUGGCGAAUCAGGAGUAUCAAUUCAGAGUAAAGGCUGUUAAUGUCGCUGGCCAGAGUGAACCUAGUGAGCCAAGCGAUCCAAUUGUCAUCAAGGAGAGACUUUUCCCUCCAUCACCUCCACGCUGGAUUGAGGUCACCAACAUCACUAAGCUCUCAGCUGACCUGAAGUGGAUGGAACCAGACUCUGACGGUGGCUCUCCAAUCACCAACUACGUUGUUGAGAAGAGAGAUGUCAGGCGCAAGACCUGGCAAACUGUGGACACCACUGUGAAGGAAUGCACAUACACUGUCACUCCUCUGAAUGAAGGCUCAUUGUAUGUGUUCCGUGUGGCAGCUGAGAACGCUAUAGGCCAGAGUGACUUCUGUGAGCUUGAGGAUUCUGUGCUGGCAAAGGACACCUUUACUACUCCUGGACCUCCUUACGCUCUGACUGUGGUUGAGGUGUCAAAGAGACACGUUGACUUGAAGUGGGAGCCUCCCAAGAGUGAUGGUGGUAGACCAAUUACAAAGUAUGUCAUUGAAAAGAAAGAAAAGUUGGGAUCACGCUGGGUUAAAGUUGGAAAGACUGCUGGAGCCGAGUGCAAGUACAAGGCUACUGAUGUCGAUGAGGGAAGUGAGGUGCAGUUCCAAGUCCGUGCUGAGAAUGAGGCUGGUGUUGGCAGCCCAUGUGAACCAACUCAGUUCAUGACGAUUGAAGACCCAACAAGCCCACCUUCACCUCCGAUUGAGGUCAAAAUUCUUGACGCAAGCAGAGAGCAUAUCAAUAUCGAGUGGAAGCCACCACUGAAGGAUGGAGGAAGUCGUGUCACUGGUUACCAUGUUGAGAUUGCAGAGGCUGGCACUGAGAAGUGGUUGAGAAUCAACACUCGUCCAAUCAAGGAGCUGCAAUACAAGGCAGAGGACGGCAUUAUUCCAGAAAAGCAAUACGUGCUCAGAGUUCGUGCCAUCAAUGUCCAUGGUGUCAGUGAUCCUUCUGAAAUUUCUGACAAGGUCUUUGCCAAGGAUCCCGAUUGUGCACCAACAAUGGAGGUUGAGGCUGAAGAAUUGGUUCUUGUUGAGGGUGAGAAAAUGCACCUUAAGCUUCCAUACAGAGCAAUCCCCAAGCCAACUAUGGUUUGGAAGAAGGAUGAGACUGAGCUGAAGACCGAUGACAGGAUGACCUUGACCUGUGAGAUGAAAAGUGUGUAUUUGGAGCUUGUUCCCAAAGUUGUGCACGCCGAUGCUGGAGUCUACACUGUCAAACUGGAAAACCCUCUCGGCUCUAUCACUGGCACCGUCAAAGUUAAAGUGAUUGGCCUGCCCGGACAGUGCAAGAACAUUGAUUCCUGUGAAGUCACCAAGAACUCCUGCAAGAUCACAUGGGAGCCUCCAGAGAAUGACGGUGGCUCUCCCAUCGUCCACUACGUCCUGGAGAGAAGAGAGGCAUCAAAGAAGACAUUCAUGCCUGUGAUGUUCGGCGAGAAUGUUGUUGAAUUCAAAGUCAAGGAUCUUUUCGUGAACGCAGAAUACUACUUCCGUGUCAAGGCGGUCAACAAGGUCGGCGCUGGAGAGUACAUUGAACUUCGCAACCCAGUUUGCACCCAGGACCAGAAGCAGCGCCCAGACCCACCAUUCAAUGUCCAGGCUGUCAAUCCAACUUCUCAGUCCAUCACUGUCACUUGGAACGCACCAGAAAACGAUGGUGGUCUGCCGAUUAAGGGCUACAUUGUGGAGAAGAUGGAGAAGGACGGUAGUAAGUACGAGCCAUGCUCUGAUACUCUGGAGCCAGGCCUCACCUACACUGUCAAGGGUCUGACGGAGGGCAUGGAAUAUAUGUUCCGCGUGCGUGCUGAAAAUGCAGCUGGCCAGAGCGAUCCAUCUCGCAGUACUCCCAUGACUAAGGCAGCGGACCCUGUUGAUCCACCCAAAGUCACUCUGCAUCCUCGUGUCGUCGCUGGUCUUGCUCUCAAGAAGGGUGAGGAGUUCAGAAUAGAUGCCUUCAUCUCGGGUUCCCCUUACCCAACUGUGACAUGGCUGAGAAAUGAUGAGAAUGUGAAGCAAAUUCCUGUCAAGAAGCAACCUCUUAUUCCUGUCAUAAAGAAGAAGAAGAAGAAGGGCAAGCAGGAGCAAGAGCCCGAGCCUGAAGACUUCGGACCUCCUCUGACCGAGCGUCUGUCUUUCGACCAGAGCAAGAGAGGUGAAAAUGCACUGAUGGUGCGUGACUCAGUUCGUAAGGACUAUGGAAAGUACACCAUUGUGGUUGAGAAUCCUCAUGGCGUCGCCAAAGCAUCUUGUGAUGUCAAUGUCCAAGAUAAACCCGGUAGAAUCGUUAACCUUGAAUUUGAAGAGAUCAGGAGCAACUCUGUGGGACUCAAGUGGGAGCCUCCUCUGGAUGAUGGUGGCAGUGAGAUUCUGAAUUACAUUGUGGAGAAGAAAGACAACAAGAAUGAGGAGAUUGGAUGGGUUACCGUCACAUCAACCCUGAAGGGACUCAGUUGCCCAGUGACAAAACUCAUUGAAGGGAAAGAAUACAUUUUCCGUAUAACUGCAGAGAACAAGUUUGGAUGUGGACCUCCAUAUAUCACAGAGCCACUCAUUGCUAAGAACCAGUUUGAUCCACCUGAUGCACCAAAUGUGCCAAGAAUUUUGGAAGUUACUGCAAGCACCGUUGCUCUCUCAUGGCAUGAGCCUAAAGAUAAUGGCAGCCCCAUCCUGGGCUACUGGGUGGAGAGACGAGAAAUCAAUGGCAAAUACUGGAACAGGGUGAACCAUGUUCUCCUUAACUCUCUGUCCACCAAGGCACAGGGACUCAUGGAAGGCCUAACAUACAUUUUCAGAGUUUGUGCUGAGAAUCUCGCUGGUCCUGGCGAGUUCAGUCCACCGACUGAUCCUACAAUUGCAAUGGACGCAAUCCUGUUGCCUGGACCUCCUGUUCCAAGAAUCGUUGACACCACCAACACAACUGUUGACAUAGUCUGGAAACCUCCACUGUACAACGGUGGUGGCGACAUCCUUGGCUACCAUGUUGAACGCUGUGUGGUUGGCGAGAAGGACUGGGUCCGCUGCACAGAGUUCAGGUGCAAGGAGUGCAAGUACACCCUAACUGGACUGACAGAGGGCACUGAUAUUAUCAUCCGUGUCUUCGCGGUCAAUGACGCUGGCAAUGGACCACCUGGAGUGACAGAGCAGGUCCUGGUGAAGGAACCUGAAGUGGCUCCAGUGGUUGACUUCGAUAUUGCUGUGAGGAAUGGCGUCAUCAUCAAGGCUGGUGAGAGCCUGAGGCUGCCAGCAACUGUUAAGGGUAGACCUCAGCCAGAGAUCACAUGGACCAAGGAUGACAAGGAACCCGAUAAGGAACGCGUUGUCAUUGAGACUGAGGGAAAGAAUAUCCUGAGCAGUGUUGUUUUCAUCAAGCAUGCUGUGAGAACGGACUAUGGCACCUACCAGAUCACUGGAAAGAACGCUAGCGGAUCCAAGUCUGCAUCUCUUAAAGUGGAUGUUAUGGAUGUACCUGGACCUGUUGUUGAUCUUAAGACAACUCAAGUUAACAAGAGGGUUAUUUCCUUGGCAUGGUCCGAUCCAAUCGACAACGGCGGUAGCGAUAUCAUGGGAUACGUUGUGGAGAGAAAGGAUGCCAACAUGCACAUAUAUAGACAGCCCUUGGAGGUAGCUGCUUGCAAAUGUGACAUUGUUGGUCUUCUCUCUGGAGACGAAUACAAGUUCCAAGUUACAGCAAGAAACAAGUAUGGCCUUGGAGCACCAGUUGAACUGGGUCCUAUUCUUGCUGCUGAUCCACUGGGUGUACCCUCUGCCCCAGAGAAACUGCACUUUACUGAGAGAAGCAAGACAACCAUUACUCUGGCCUGGGAGCCUCCUCGCACUGAUGGAGGUAGUCCCCUCCUGGGCUACCUUGUUGAGAAGAUGAGGUCUGACUCUGAUGAAUUCGACCCUGCCCAUCGUUCAAUCUGCAAGGACUGCACCAUUACCCUAGAGAAUCUGAAUGAGAAUGCCACAUUCCAGUUCCGUGUCAAGGCUGUAAAUGAGGUUGGAGAGGGUGAGCCCUCAAGGCCCAUCACUGCCGCCAUCAAGGACGAUGAGGUUGCCCCAACUGUCACAUGGCUCAAGUAUUUCAAGAGAGAUUCCAUCACUGUCAGGGUGGGAGCAGCAAUUGAGAUCCCAGCUGAAAUUGUGGGUCUGCCACUGCCAACCUUUGAAUGGUCCAAGGAUGGAGUCGUUUUCCCUGCGAAGGACAAGCUCCCAGAAGAAAUUACAAUUGAAGAUGAAGAAGUUAACAGAACAACAAUCCGCACCAAAAUUAGCAUCCCUAAGACUGUCAGAGCAGAUCAUGGUGCGUUCACAUUGACAGCAAGAAACUGCCACGGAAAAGCUGAACCCAAAAUCAAAGUGGAGGUCUUGGAUCGCCCUGCACCACCAAGGGAUAUUGUUAUUUCUGACAUUAAAUCUGAAUCCUGCUACCUCACCUGGAGUGCUCCAGAUGACAAUGGUGGAAGUGAUAUCGUGAACUACAUAAUUGAAAGGAGAGAUGCCAGUAAGAAGAAGACUGAGUGGGAGCAGCUGACUUCCUGCGUUGUUGACAGGAGAUUCGGAGUGUACAAGAUGAAUCCCUAUGGUACCUACCAAUUUAGAAUCAUGGCUGAGAACAAAUUUGGAAUCAGUGAUGGCUGUGAAUCUGACAAGGUCGAGCUUAAGGAUCCAUUCGGCCUUCCUGGACCUCCUAGGAACCCCAAGAUUAUUGCAGCCACUGCUACAACCAUGACCCUUACCUGGAAUCCUCCUACAGAUAAUGGUGGAUCUACCAUUCAGGGCUACUGGCUAGAGAAGAGAGAGAGGGGCGCUGUGUACUGGGGUCGUGUGAACAGAGCUCCCGUCACAAAGCCAGCUGUUAAGGGACUGCAGCACACUAUCCUCAAACUUAAUGAAGGUUCAGAGUACCAGUUCCGUGUGAUGGCUGUCAAUGCUGCUGGUGUUGGACCCCCCAGUGAGGCAUCUGACAGCAGAAUCGCCCAAGAUGCUAAGCAGCCCCCUGGUCCACCUGGUGCACCAGAGGUCGAGGACAAGACAAAGAACAGCGUUACUCUCACCUGGAACCCACCAGACAAAGAUGGCGGAAGUCCCGUCAAGGGAUACAUUGUUGAAUACCAGGAGGAGGGUGACCUGGAGUGGAAGAGAGCCAAUCAGCCAGACAAGCUGAUUCCACUGCCUAGGUUCACAGUUCCAGAUCUGAAGGAGAAUAGGAAGUGUCGCUUCAGAGUCAUUGCAGUGAAUGGUGCAGGCGAAUCAGAGCCAAGUCAAAGAAGCGCUGAAACCAUGGUGCAGGAUAUCCUGUUGGAGCCUACUAUUACAGUGAAUGUCGACGUACAAGAGCUUGUGUCCCUCCGUGCUGGUGAAACCGGCAUCAAAAUUCCAGCCACUAUCAAUGGACGCCCCCAGCCUAAGUGGACAUGGACAUAUGAGGGUGCUUCUGAGACUGAGCAGAAGAAUGCACAUACACUUCCAGUGGAUGCAGAGGCUUAUGAUGGUGAAAACACAUCAGUCAUAAUUAUCCCAGAGAGUAAACAGGUACAUACAGGACGGUACAUCAUCUCCGCUGAAAAUGCUGCUGGACAUAAGAAUGUGAAGGUCCGCGUGGCUGUCCUCGAUCUGCCAGGCAUAAUCAGAGAUCUUAAGAUAACUGAUAUCACCCGUGGGACAUGCAAGCUGUCCUGGAAACCACCAGAGAAUGACGGAGGAGACAGAAUCAAGAGCUACUGGAUUGAGAGGAAAACCGUGGAUGGCAAAGCCUGGACCAAGGUCAACACAGCAUGUACCAGCCAGUCUUGUGUUGUUCAAGAUCUCAGCAAUAGACAAGACUACCUGUUCAGAAUUAAGGCAGAGAACCGUAUUGGUUUCGGACCAUUCUAUGAGACCCCUGAAAGCACCAAAGCCAGGGAUCCAAUUCAUCCUCCUGAUCCUCCCACAAGGGUUAAAAUAAGAGAGGUGCACAAAGGCACAGUCCUACUGACCUGGAAGCCACCCAGAAACGAUGGAGGUGCACCUGUCACUCACUACAGUGUCGAAAAGCUCUGGUGGGAUACAUGUGAUACGGACCCGUCAGGAGCCUGGAGACAAGUCAACAGGCGUGACAUUGAAGAACUUACAUUCAGAGUUGAAGAUCUUGUGGAUGGCGGAGAGUAUGAGUUCCGUAUCAAGGCUUGGAACGAAGUUGGAGCUAGCAGACCAUCCUCCACUGCAGGGCCCAUCAUUGUUAAAGACCAGACAAAGGCACCAUCCAUUAUCCUUGAAGAAUUUCUUGAGGUUGAACAAGGAAAUGACGUUAGCAUUGUGGCUAAAAUCAGAGGGUGUCCUUUCCCCACCCUUACUUGGUUCAAGGCUCCAGCUCACAAAUCCGAUGCUAAGGUUGAGGUGGAGUAUGAUGAGCACGUCAACAAGAUUGUGACAGACGAAAGCUGUACCCUUCUUAUCCAGAAAGGCAAGAGGGAAGACACUGGACUGUACACCAUUGUAGCCACUAACAGUAUGGGCAAGGCCUCCAAAGAGAUGAGACUCAAUGUCCUUGGACGUCCCGGGGUCCCAUCUGCACCCAUCAAAUUUGAGGAUGUCAAGGCUGAACAGAUCACCCUGUCUUGGCUGCCUCCAAAAGAUGAUGGUGGCUCAAAGAUCACCAACUAUGUGAUUGAGAGGCGCGUAUCAAAUCGCCAGACGUGGAUCCCUGUCACCAGUGAGCCCAAGGAGCGCAUCUGGACUGUGGAGGGGCUAAUGGAGGGACAUGAAUACAUUUUCCGUGUCCGGGCACAGAACAAAUAUGGAGUUGGUGACCCACUGGACAGUGAACCAGAAAAAGCAAGAAAUAUUUCCUUGCCCCCUGGGCAGUGUGAGAAGCCAACCCUAUCAAGUGUUGGAAUGGACUCAAUGACAGUGAACUGGGAGGAGCCAGAGUCUGAUGGAGGCUCCCCUAUCACAGGCUACUGGCUUGAGCGCAAGGAGACCACCUCUAAGCGCUGGGUCAGAGUCACUCGUGAUCCCAUCAAACCGAUGCCUCUUGGUAUUUCGCACACUGUGACUGAUCUCAUUGAGGGAUCUGAGUACCUCUUCCGUGUGACAGCCAUUAAUGCGGCUGGAAUGGGACCAGCAAGUGUUCCUACUGACCCGACCUUUGCUCGUGAUCCUGUUGCUCCUCCUGGUCCUCCAACCCCCAAGGUUGUUGACUGGACCAAAUCUACUGUGGACUUGGAAUGGAUUCCACCUCUGAAGGAUGGUGGAUCAAAGAUCCUGGGUUACUGGGUUGAGUACAAAGAGGAUGGAACUGAGGCAUGGGUGAAGGCCAAAGAAAAGGAAGUGAGAGGAACUAGAUUUGUUAUCACUGGACUGAAGGAAGCCACUUACAAAUUCAGAGUUGUGGCAUUUAACAUUGCCGGACUUGGAGAGCCUGGCGAGAUUCCUGAGGCCCUGGCUCUUAAGGACAGGACAAUUGCUCCUGGACUCGAACUUGACUUAUCAGUGAAGGAGAGAAUGGUUGUUCAUGCGGGAGGUGUCAUCCGUAUCUUGGCCUAUGUCACUGGUCAGCCUCCACCCACAGUAACAUGGAACAGGAAUGAUGGUGCUCUGCCAGUGGAAGCCGUUGUUGAGACCACUUCCAUCAGCUCCUCCCUGGUAAUCAAACCAUGUGAAAGGAAGCACCAGGGCACCUACUCCAUCACGGUGCAAAAUGAAGGUGGUGAGGUGAAGAGAGCCAUCCUGGUUGAUGUUCUGGAUGUCCCUGGCCUGGUUGGUAUUCCAUUCACAGCUGAUAAUCUCACAGCUGACUCAUGCAAGCUGAACUGGGGAUUCCCAGAGAAUGAUGGUGGCUCUGCCAUCACCAACUAUGUGAUUGAGAAACGUGAAGCUGAGCGCAAGGCUUGGACCAGCGUCUCUUAUUCCCUUGCCAGACACAGUGCUGUGGCUAAUAACCUGAUCUGCGGAAAGGCCUACUUCUUCCGAGUUGCUGCUGAAAAUGCUAUUGGAGUUGGUCCAUUUGCUGAAACUACUAGUGAAAUAAUUGUCAAGGAACCAAUAACUGUUCCAGACCGCCCAGAGGACCUUCAAGUGACAGCCGUCACCAAAGAUCACAUCAGUGUCACUUGGUGUCCACCACAGAAUGACGGUGGUUCUGAAGUUAUUUCCUACAUCUUGGAGGUCCGAAUGAUUGGCAAAGACAAGUUCGUCAGACUAACCAAAGAGAAACUAUUGGACCGAAGGUACACAUAUGAUGGCCUACGGGAGGGUGACACAUAUGAAUUCCGUGUCAGCGCAGUGAAUGAAGUUGGUGCUGGCAAACCAUCAUUCAGCUCUAAAGCAGUCACAUGCAAGGAUGAACUUGAGCCCCCAACCAUUGAGCUUGAUUUCCGCGAUAAGAUUAUCAUCCGCGUUGGUGAGAGCUUUGCUCUUCAGGGUCGUUACACUGGAAAGCCUGCUCCAUCUGUCACCUGGACGAGAGAUGACGAGGAGCUGAAGGCUGAUGAUCAUGUCAAAUUUAAGAAUACUCUGACCACCAUGUGCCUUGGUCUCAUGAAGGCUAAGCGUGAACACAGUGGCAGGUACUGUGUGACUGUGGAGAACUGCACCGGAGCCCGUAAAGGCGUUUGCAAUGUCACCGUUGUUGACCGCCCAUUGCCUCCAGUGGGUCCAGUCAUCUUUGAUGAGGUUCACAGGGACCAUAUGGUCAUCUCAUGGAAGCCUCCUCUUGAUGAUGGUGGCUCUGAAAUUUCCAACUAUGUUGUUGAGAAGAGAGACACCAACAGAGACAUGUGGACUACAGUUACAUCUGCCACAACAAAGACCUUCUGCAAAAUCCCCAAACUGGAGGAGGGACGUGAAUACAUCCUGAGAAUCUCUGCUGAAAACAUGUACGGCAUCAGUGACCCACUUGAGUCUGAGGAGAUGAGAGCCAAAGACCGUUACAGAGUGCCUGAGGCACCUGACGUACCCAUUUUAAGGGAAGUGUACCAUGACUCAGUCCUGGUACUUUGGUCCAGGCCACGUGAUGGUGGAAAACCUAUUACCAGGUACAUCCUUGAGAAGAAGGAGCCAUCUGCAAAGAGAUGGAGUCGUGCCACAAAGGAGCUUAUCUAUCCAAACACCCAGUUCAGGAUAAUGGAUCUUAUUGAGGGCUGCCAGUAUGAAUUCCGUGUCACAGCUGAGAAUGAGAUUGGCAUCGGUGACCCAAGUCCACCAACCCAGCCAAUUCUGGCUAAAGAUCCAGUUGUCCUUCCAAGUCCUCCAGUCCUGCCAGAGGCUAUUGACAAGACCAAGGAUACAGUGAGUCUGAGAUGGCGUGUGCCUCGUCAUGAUGGCAAAGGCAAACUCCUUGGUUACCUUGUGGAAUAUCAGAAGCCUGGUGCUGUUGAAUGGGUAAAGGCCAACGAGAAACCUGAAGACUGCCCGGACACAAACUAUGUUGUGCAAAAUCUUGUUGAUGGAGAAGAAUACAGAUUCAGGAUCAUGUCUGUGAAUGUAGCUGGAGCCUCCGAGCCUGCACUCAUCAAACAAGAUGUUAAAGUCCACGACAGACUUGAGGAACCAGAGUUGUAUCUGGAUGGCAACAUGUCUCGUGACCAUCUUGCCAUGGUGGGCACUGACAUCUUGCUCAGUGCUGUAGUCAAGGGCAUGCCUGUUCCAACCAUUACAUGGAAGAAGAAUGGCGAGGAUCUCCCAGCCAAGUGCAUUGUUGGAACCACAGAAAGUGGAACCAAGUGUGAAAUCCCCAAGUGUGUCCGUGCUGACAGUGGUGACUACAGCAUCACUGUGGAAAAUGCAGCCGGCAAGAAGACUGCCACUUGCACUGUCCUCACUCUGAAAAUACCUGAUCCUCCUACCAACCUGACAAUUUCUGAGGUCACAAGCGAGUCUGCCUAUCUUCAGUGGAAGGCUCCAGAGGACACUGGUGGAGCAGUGAUCGCUCACUAUGUCGUCCAAAAGAAGGAUGUUGCAUCUGACUCAUGGGUCCCUGUCAAUGCCUCCUGCAAGAAACUUAGCCUCAUGGCCUUGUAUCUGAUGGAGGGCAUUCAGUAUUUGUUCAGGGUCGCUGCUGAGAACCAGUUUGGCAGAAGUGCAUUUGUUGAAACCAAGCAACCUAUCAAGGCUCUUGAUCCUCUGUAUCCACCUGGUCCACCCAAGAACUUGCAUCAUACUGAUGUUGACAAGACUGAGGUUUGGCUUCAGUGGGAGUGGCCUGAGCGCACUGGUGGAAGCGAGGUCACAGGUUUUAUUGUUGAACACCAAGAGGACGGCAAGACUGACUGGGUUCCCUUCAAGACAGUUAGUGAUGCAAAGAGCCACGUGACUGGUUUGGAAGAGGGCAAGACCUACAGAUUCAGAGUCAUGGCAAAGAAUGCCAUUGGCAUUAGCCAACCAGACACCAGUGUUCCGGUAACCUGUCAAGAAAAACUUGUGCCACCUGCAAUUGAAAUUGAUGUGAAGCUUAUUGAGGGUCUCGUGGUCAAAGCAGGCAGCACACUUGUCUUCCCAGCAGUCAUGAAAGGAAUCCCAACUCCCACCGCCAAGUGGACAAGUGAUGGAAAUGAACUGAAGACUGAGGGAAAAUACAUAGUUGACACUGCGUUAGCAACAACUGUUCUUAGCAUUACUGACACUGUCCGUACAGAUAGUGGAGAGUACAUUCUCAAUGUAUCAAAUCCAGCAGGAAGUAAAUCAGUUGCUGUGCAUGCAACCGUACUUGACGUUCCUGGUCCACCCAUAGGCCCAAUUUCAAUCCUUGAGGUUACUCCUGACCAUAUGGUCAUCAGUUGGCGUGCACCAAAAGACGAUGGAGGAACUCCUUUGACGAGCUACGUCGUUGAGAAGAAGGAUGUCAAGAAGCCAUGGGAACCAUGGUCAGUUGUCAGCUCUGGAAGCAUGGCCCUGAAAGCCAAGGUUCCUCGCCUUGAGAAGGGCCGCGAGUACAUUGUGCGCAUUCGUGCAGAGAACAGGAUUGGCAUUGGUGCUGGACUGGAAAGCCCACCAACAAUAGCCAAACACAUGUUUGACCCUCCGAGUGCUCCAGGCCAACCAACUUGCUCUGACAUCACUGAGAAUGCUGUGACAUUGACCUGGGAAGCACCUGACUCUGAUGGCGGCAGCCCAAUCAGUGGCUACGUUGUUGAGCGCAGGGAACUCACAGGUAAAUGGAUCAGAGUCAACAAGACCCCUGUUCUGGAUCUGAGGUACAGAACAUCUGGCCUCUUUGAAGGCAACAGCUAUGAGUUCAGAGUCUUUGCUGAGAACGUUGCUGGGGUGAGCGGGCCUUCCCUCCCAUCUGAUACCAUGAAGGCUAAAAGACCUCUCGGUCGCCCUGGCCCUCCCACAAACCCCAAACUCAAAGAUUGGAGCAAGUCAUAUGCUGACCUCGUCUGGACCAAACCCUCAAGAGAUGGUGGCAGCCCAGUCCUGGGAUACAUUGUUGAGAUUCAGAAAACAAGCAGUGCUCAGUGGGACAGAGUCAACAAAGACUUGAUUCCCAUAUGCGCAUUCAGAUGCCCAGGUCUUGCUGAGGGCAUGGAGUACAAGUUCCGCAUCAGAGCAGCGAACAAGAUUGGAGAAGGUGAACCAAGAGAGCUUUCUCAGGCGUUGAUUGCCAAGGAUAUCCUUGUGCCUCCUGAGGUUGUUGUUGAUGUGUCUUGCCGUGACAAUUUGACUGUCAGAGCUGGACAGAUUAUCAGCCUGGUUACCCGUGUUAAGGGUAGACCUGACCCAGACAUAAUCUGGACAAGGGAUGCAAAGGUAAUUGGCAUUGGAGAGAAGCGCAUUGACAUUAACACCAGCCUACCCUUGGCAGAGUUAGUCAUUACAGAUGCUGUCAGAGGAGAUUAUGGCAAAUAUGCCAUCCAAGCUAAGAACAGCAGUGGCAAUGCACAGGCCACUAUUAUCGUCAAUGUGCUAGACGCUCCUACAGCAUGUCAGAACAUUAAAGUCGCAUACAUCACUAGAACUUCCUGUAUGGUGUCUUGGGAGAACCCAGAAGACAAUGGAGGCACUGAAAUCACACAUUACAUAAUUGAGUCUCGCCAGCCUUCCCAGAGAAACUGGGGCUUGGUCUCAAAUGACUGCACAAAACGUCUUAUGAAGGCUCCUCUCACAGAAGGCUGCGAGUACUUCUUCAGAGUCAGAGCUGUAAAUAAGAUCGGUGCUGGACCACCAACUGAGACUAAAAAUCCAGUCCUUGCCAAAGAUCCUGUUGACAGGCCAGGUCCACCAGAAAACCUGCAGGUUGCAGAAGUUGGUAAAACAUUUGCGUUCCUCAAAUGGAAGAAGCCAGAUAAUGAUGGUGGCAGCAAAAACCUUGGAUACCAUGUGGAAAAGAAGCCCAAAGAUUCAGAUGCUUGGGACAGAGCGCACAGAGGUGCCAUCAAGGACACAUUCUUCAUGGCUGAUAGGUGCGUUGAAAAUAUCAUAUAUGAAUUCAGAGUUCAAACUAAGAACGAGGCAGGUGAGAGUGACUGGGUGUAUACUCCAGAAACACUCAUCAAAGAAAUUAUUGUUGAACCAAGCGUGAAGCUGAAGGUCGAUGGUGCCCUCAGUGUUAAAGCCGGUGACUCUAUUGCUAUUGAGGCUGAAGUCAAGGGAACGCCAGCCCCUGACAGCAGGUGGACCAAGGAGGACUCCACUAUUGAUUUGCACAGGAGCCCCAGGAUUCAAAUUGAAGGCGGAGCUAACUUCUCCAAUUUCCUUCUUACAAACUCAAGACGUACUGACACUGGAAAGUUUGUCAUCACUGCUACUAAUUCGGGUGGCUCUGCAAGUGCCACUGCAGUAUUGAAUGUUCUUGACAAGCCUGGCGAGGUCAGAGACCUCAAGGUGUCUGGAAUUUCUGUGGAUAGAUGCACAUUGACUUGGGAUGUUCCAGAGGAUGACGGUGGUUGUGAGAUUUACAAUUACAUUGUUGAGAAGUGUGAUACACAGAGGACCGUUUGGUCUGUCUAUUCAUCCGCUGUUAUCACCAACUCUGCUAAAGUCACUCGUCUCAAUGAAGGAAGUGAGUACAUUUUCAGAGUGCGUGCAGAAAACAAAAUGGGAGCAGGUCCUGCAGUUGCAACUGAUCCCAUUAUUGCAAGGACACAGUUCAACAGGCCUGGCGCACCAGAUGCACCAGAGGUGAGCAAAAUAACGAAGAAUGAGAUGACAGUUACGUGGUGCGCUCCAAAGGAUGAUGGCGGCAAACCAAUCACGGGAUACAUCCUGGAGAGGAGGGAACAACAUACCGUGCGAUGGGUACCAGUUGCAAAAGAUACAACUGCAUUGUCAGUGACUGCUGGCAACCUGUUGCCCCUCCACGAGUACCAGUUCAGAGUCAAGGCCAUAAAUGAAAUUGGAGUUGGCAAUGCAAGCAAACCAUCCAGAUCUCUUGUUGCAAGGGAUGCUCUUGGUCCCCCUGGCCCUGUUGGUAACUUGAAGGUGACAGACAGCACACAAUCAUCCAUUUCACUUGGAUGGUCCAAGCCCACUGAUGAUGGUGGAGCACCCAUUAUUGGCUAUGUAGUUGAAACGAGAGUGAGGGGUGCCAAGAAGGAUGAAGGCUGGAGGAGGUGCAAUGUUGCUGCCCAGUUGAUUGUGACUGAAUUCACAGUGUCGAGCCUGGAUGCCAGGCUUCAAUAUGAAUUCCGUGUCUCCUGCCAGAACCAGAUUGGUUUGGGUCCAGCUACCAAUCUUGAGGGAGCGGUUGUCCCCAAGGAAAUUCUUGAAACUCCCGAGAUUGACUUGGAUGCUGAUCUGAAGAAGGGCCUGACUAUCAGAGCUGGAUGCCCGAUCAGACUUGUGGCCACAGUCAGAGGCAGACCUCCGCCUACAGUCUUGUGGAGGAGGAUGGGUAUUGACAAUGUUGCCAGAAAAGGUCGCGUGGAUAUCAUUGACUCCAUGACAUUCCUUGUUAUCUCUGAAACUAAUAGAGAUGACACAGGAAAGUACUCACUGAAAGUAAGCAGUGCUGCUGGAGAGAAGGCUUUGUUCGUGAAUGUCAAAGUCCUGGAUACCCCUGGACCUGUUUUGGAUAUUGAGGGCACAGAUGUCACAAUUAAUUCUGUUAAGCUUAAAUGGGAUCCUCCCGAAAAUGAUGGCGGCAGUGAAGUGUUGCAUUACAUUGUGGAGAAGCGUCCUAUUGAUAAGAAGACCUGGGCUAUGGUUAACAGCAAUGUGGACAGAGAGAAGGCAAGCCUGAAGGUUGGCAACCUCUCACCAGGCACAGAGUAUUACUUCAGAGUGACAGCUGUCAAUGAGUAUGGACCUGGUGUCCCAAAAAUAUCUGCACAGUCCUACCUGGCAUCCAAUCCAGUCAGCAAGCCAGACCCACCAGAGAAGAUUGACGUUCUGGAAGUUACCAAAAACAGUGCAACUAUUGGUUGGGUGAAGCCAAUGUGCGAUGGAGGGGCAAAGAUCGACGGGUAUGUGAUUGAGUACCUGGAGGUUAAACCACCAAGAAAGCCUAAACCGGCUGAGGGCGAAGCCCCUGCUGCCCCUGAAGGUGAAGCUGAAGCUAAAGAUCAAGCAGAGGGAGCACCAGCUGAGGGUGAGGCAGCUCCAGCCCCUGAGCCAGCACCGGAGGCUGCACCAUCUGCAUCAGAACCGGAGGCUGAAGAAGAGGAAGAAGAUGAGGACGGCAAGCCAAAGGAGUUGCCUUGGAUGGCGUACACCACUGUCAAGACCCUCAGCAUCAAUGUGUCUGGGCUUAAGCUGGGCAAGUUCUACAGGUUCCGUGUUGCUGCCAGAAACAUCAUGGGUUGCAGUCUCCCAACAGAGACAAGAGAGGCAUAUGAGGUCAAGGAACUAAAGAUGGAGCCCAAGAUUGUCAUGGCUGACAAACUUACUGCCAAGGCUGGAGCCAAACUGAGAGUUGAAGCUGUCGUCUCUGGCAAGCCAGCACCAGAAUACAAAUGGAGACGUGGGGAGGAGGCCGUUGUGUCAUCUAGCCGUCUUGCUGUCCACAAAUCUCAGAACGUUUGUGUGCUGAUCAUCAAGGAUGUCUCCCGAACAGACAGUGGAGAGUACACCCUUGUUGCAGAAAACAGCUGUGCCAAAGUGGAACAAACCGUCAAAAUAGUCAUCUUGGAUAUUCCUGGACCACCUGAGCCUCCAUUUGAGGUCAGUGACAUUGAUGCUGAUGCCUGUACAUUGGCCUGGAAUGCACCUCUAGAGGAUGGUGGAAGCAAAAUCACAAACUAUGUGGUUGAGAAGUGUGACCUCAGCAGAGGUGACUGGGUUACAGCAGAUUCUGGCGUCAACAAGACUGGCUGCAGACUUGGCAAGCUUAUCCCUGGCAGGGAGUAUGUUUUCCGUGCCCGUGCUGAAAAUCGCUUCGGUGUCUCUGAUCCUCUUACAUCAGACAGAGUGAUUGCCAAGUUCCCCUUCAGUGUGCCUAGUGAACCUCUGAACUGCCGUAUCACCAAAAUCAACAAGGAUUGUAUGUUUGUGGCUUGGGAUGUACCAGAGACUGAUGGUGGCAGCCCAAUUACUGGCUACUACAUUGAACGCAAAGAGAGGAACAGCCUGCUUUGGGUUAAGGCUAAUGACUCUGUUGUUCGCACAACAGAGUACCCCUGUGCUGGUCUCAUUGAAGGCCUAGAAUAUAACUUCAGGGUGUCUGCUAUGAAUCGUGCUGGACAAGGCAAACCAAGCAAAAAGUCUGACUUUGUCACGGCCAGAACACCUGUUGAUUCACCAGGCAAACCAGAACCUCUUGAUAUCACCAAGAAUACUGUUACAUUGGUCUGGACCAAGCCAAAGCAUGAUGGUGGAAGCAAGAUUAUUGGCUACUAUGUUGAAGCCAUGAGAUUGCCUGGAAAGACCUGGGUGCGCUGCAACACCAGCAGCCAACAGGCACCAAGAGAGGAGUACAGGGUUACAGGACUGGAUGAGGAUGUCACAUACCACUUCAGGGUUACUGCAAAAACAGCUGUGAAUAUAAGCAGACCAUCAGAGAUGUCUGAACCCAUCCUUGUAUCUACUGAGAAUGUACCUCCAAGAAUAGAGCUCCAAAUUCAGAUGAAAAAGAUGCAGCCAGUUAAGGCUGGAAGAAAUGUCCGUCUUGAAGCCGAAGUCUUUGGUAAACCGCUACCAAAGGUUUCAUGGACUAAGGAUGGUGAAGCCUUGAAACCAAGCUUGGAUCUGAAGCUUACACAGGCACGCAAUCUUUUUGGUGUGGAAAUGACUUCAGUGAGUAAACUGCAAACGGGAGUGUACGCCAUCCUUGCUGAAAAUGCAAGUGGUACCAAGACAGAGGAAAUCACAGUUACUGUCCUUGACGUUCCUGGACCACCAGUUUCCGUGAAGUAUGACACAGUGGGUGCAGAAAGCAUCAAACUGAGCUGGGAACCUCCCAAGGCAGAUGGUGGGGCACCUAUCACUAACUACAUUGUUGAUAAGCGUGAAACCAGCAGAGCUGAAUGGGCCCAGGUCUCAUCUAAAAUAGCUGCAACAGUCACUGAAUGCACAGCACUGAAACUGAUUGAGGGACGUGAGUAUCAGUUCCGUGUCCGUGCUGCAAACAGAUUUGGGGCUGGAGAUCCUAUUAUCUCAGAUCCGGUGGUUGCCAGAUAUCCAUACACUGCUCCAGGACCUUGCGAUCCUCCAGUGAUCACUAACGUAACAAAAGAAAAGAUGACUGUGAGCUGGAAAGAACCUGAAGAUGAUGGAAGAUCUCCUAUCACUGGGUUCUUGGUUGAGAGAAAAGAAACCAAACAGAUGAACUGGUCGAAACUUAACAGAAAGCCAAUCACAGAGCGCACCCUCGAGGUUGGUGGUAUCACUGAGGGAGUUGAAUAUGAGUACAGAGUCAUAGCUGUCAACAUAGCUGGUCCCGGCAAACCCAGUGAAGCAUCUGUUGGUGUCUUGGCAGUAGAUCCUAUCUUCCCCCCUGGUCCUCCUGUUUCACCAGUGGCAACAGACACAACACAGAGCACUAUUAGCCUGUCCUGGACAGUCCCAGCAACCGAUGGCGGGGCACCAAUCUUAGGUUACCUUGUAGAGUGCAAGAGAACAGACAUAAAAGACUGGAUUAGAUGCAAUGUCCCCAAGAAUCUCCAGGACACCCAUUAUGUUAUCAGCGGACUCUUGACCGGUUCACAGUACCAAGUGCGUGUGACAGCUGUUAACAAAGUCGGUUUCAGUGAGCCAGCAGAGCUCGCAGACAAGCCUAUUGUGAAAGAUAUUUUGGUUGCUCCCGAAGCAGUGCUUGAUGCAGAGCUGAAGGAGGUACUGGUGCUGAAGGCCGGUUCUGUCAUGAAACUUCAUGCCACAAUCAAGGGCCGCCCCGCUCCUAAAGUUAUUUGGGCUAAGAUGAACACCAACAUAAAGGACAGAGCAGGAAUCGUAAUCAAGUCAACAGAGACUGACACCAUGGUGGUUGUUGAAAAAGUGAACAGAUAUGAUGCAGGCAAAUACAUUCUGAACCUUGAAAGCACCAGUGGAAUGAAGAUGUACACAGUUGUUGUGAAGGUUCUAGACACCCCAGGACCACCUCUUAAUCUUAUGGUCAAGGAGACCACAAAAGAUAGUGCAUCCAUUCUCUGGGACGAGCCCCUAAUUGAUGGUGGAAGCCCUGUAUUAAGUUACAUUAUUGAAAAACGUGAUGCAGAAAGAAAGGCCUGGUCACUGGUUGCAAGUGAGGUCGACAAGACAUCAUUCAAAGUGGAUGGUUUAGAGGCAGGCAGAUCAUAUAGCUUCAGAGUCAAGGCAGUGAAUGAAUUGGGUGUUGGAGAAGCAUGUGAGACUGCUGAUGCUGUGAGAGCCUCUGAACAACCUGGAGCAGUUCUGGACUUUAAGACUAUUUUAGUAACAAGAGAUUCAUGCACUCUUACUUGGAAGAAGCCAAUGAGUGAUGGAGGCAGUCGCAUUAUUGCAUACGUUGUUGAGGUUCUCAAUGGUGAGGACAAAUGGAAGGAGCUCAUGAGGUCAAAGAAUAUGCAGUACAGUGGCAAAGACCUUAUUGAGGGCAAAGAGUACAAGUUCAGAGUUAAGGCUACAAAUGAUUCCGGAGAUGGCCCAGAAAAGGAACUGGAAUUUGUGGCAAAGGACACUAUUGUUCCACCUACCUGUGACUUGCGCGAGCUGCCCAACCUAUGCUAUAUUGCUAAGGAGGGAAGCAUGGUCCGUCUGAAGAUCCCCAUUAUUGGCAAACCUCCCCCAACAGUAAAAUGGGUAAAGGGUGAGGAUGAAGCUAUCACUGACACAGGAAGGGUCAGUGCUGAAUCCACAUUAGUGAAUACCACGCUGCUCAUCCGUGACUGUCAGAGAAGUGAUGCCUCCAAGUACACUAUCACUCUGAGAAACAGCUUUGGAUCAAAAGAGUCAACCAUUUUCAUCAGAGUGGUAGGCAAACCAGGGGUUCCAGGUGGACCUAUUAAGUUCAAAGAGGUCACAGCUGAUGGUGCGACUUUGAAGUGGAUUGCACCCAAGGAUGAUGGUGGCUCUCCAAUCACUAACUACAUCCUGGAAAAGAGAGAUUCUGUCACAAACAUGUGGGUUACUGUUGCCUCAAAUAUUGACGAGCCCAUGUUCAGAGUGACUGGACUUCAUGAGGGAACUGAAUACAUCUUCAGAGUGAGCGCAGAAAACAAGCUUGGAGUUAGUGAGGGUCUUAAGUCGGACCCAUUAGUGGCCAAGCAUCCAUUCAAUGUUCCUGAUGCACCACCUCCUCCUCAGGUCAUGGCUAUGCGUCAUGAUUGUGCUUACCUGGCUUGGUCUGAUCCUAGAAAGACUGGUGGCUCUCCCAUCACUGGCUACCAUAUUGAAUUCAAGGAGAGAAACAGCAUGUUAUGGAAGAGAGCCAACCAAUCCGAGAUAAAAAUGAGAGAUUUCAAGGUGACCGGCUUCACAGAGGGUCUGGAGUAUGAAUUCCGCGUAAUGGCCUGUAAUCUGGCUGGAACUGGCCGACCUAGUGCACCAACCGAACCAAUGGUUGCCUUGGAUCCAAUCGAUCCUCCUGGUAAACCUGACGUCAUCAGCAUUUCUAGGAGUACUGUUACACUUCAGUGGACUGAGCCAGAGUCCGAUGGUGGACACAGACUCACUGGGUACAUUGUUGAGAGACGGGACCUGCCUUCCAAAGUGUGGGUGAAGGCCAAUACUAUGAAUGUAGUUGACACUGCAUACACUGUUAAAGAGUUGCAAGAGGGAUGCAAGUAUGAAUUCAGAAUACGCGCAAAGAACUCUGCAGGAGCAAUCAGCCCACCAUCUGAGCAAACAGACACCAUCGUGUGUUCAGAUGAAUAUGCUUCACCAACCAUCAUCAUUGACUCUACUAUGUUGGAAGGGCUUACUGUGAAGGCUGGUGACACCAUUGUAAUAACUGCCACAAGUAUCCAGGGCAAACCCACUCCAACCUCUUCUUGGUCUAAAGGAGGAAAGGUCUUCAAGCUGUCUGAUAUAUGCCAGAUUGAGUCUACUAAAACAUCAUCUACUCUCUCCCUUAAAUAUGCAAGCAGAAGUGACUCUGGGGAGUACACCAUAGCUGCAAGCAAUGCAUUUGGUGUUAAGGAGGAGAAUGUUAAGGUAACGGUAUUGGAUGUUCCUGGACCCCCUGGACCUGUCAAAGACAGUGGAGUUUCCUCAGAGAAAGUCACCUUAACCUGGACUGCACCAACAGAAGAUGGUGGAUCUGCAAUUAAGUAUUACAACAUAGAAAAGAGGGAAACAAGCCGUCUCCUCUGGACCAUUCUGGCAGAAAAUGUCCUUGAAACUCAUUAUGUUGCCACAAAACUCGUCCAAGGCAAUGAAUACAUCUUCCGUGUCAAAGCUGUGAAUCAAACCGGUGCUGGAGACCCCUCACACUCUGGGCCUGUUAAGAUCGUUGAUGCCUUUGGUCCUCCUGGUCCACCUUUGAAGCCAGAAAUUGAAAGUGUGAGUGGAACUGAUGUAACAAUUAACUGGAAGAGACCAGCUAAUGAUGGCGGAAGUGAUAUCAUAGGCUACCUUGUGGAGAAGAAAGAAAAGAAGGGUGCUCGUUGGAUCAGGGCAACUAAGGCUAAGACUGUAACUGACCUUACUCUUGAAAUUCAAGGCCUGGCCGAGGAAGUUGAAUAUGAAUUCCGUGUCACAGCUGAGAAUCAGGCCGGCCUUGGAGAGCCAAGUGAACCCUCUGUACCUGUUAUGACCAAGGGUGUUUGUGAUGUUCCAGGGCCACCUGUGAAUCCAAGAGUCAGUGACACCACAAAGACCACUGCUGAAUUGCGCUGGGGCAAACCACUUGAUGAUGGUGGACGUGACAUAAUUGGAUACAUAGUUGAGCAUAGAAAAGAGGGAGCAGAAGAAUGGGUAAAGGCCACAACUGAAGGUGUCCUCAGGAUUUCAGAAUUUGUUGUUCCAAACCUGGAAGCUGGUGCAAAGUAUCACUUCAGAGUGAGUGCAACAAAUGUCGUCGGGGUAGGAGAGCCCACACAAAUUGAAGAACUCAUUGAAGUUCUCGAGCGCCAAGAAAUUCCAGACCUGGAGCUUGAUGUAGAACUGAGAAGAACACUUGUUCGGAGGGCUGGAACGUCUAUCCGCAUAUUUGUUCCAAUUAAAGGCAGACCGACCCCUACAGUUACUUGGACAAAAGAUGAAGCCUCCGUUAAACACAGAGCCAUCAUUGAUGUCACAGACUCUUACACACUUCUGGUAAUCCCUGACUGCAAUCGGCGUGAUGCUGGAAGAUAUGAAUUGACUUUGGAGAAUGAGGCUGGAAAGAAGACAGCUCAUGUGAAUGUUAGGGUCUUAGAUUCACCAGGGCCUCCUAUUAACCUGACACCUACAGCCAUUGACAAAGAAAGCAUUACACUUAAAUGGGAAAUGCCUCUAAUUGAUGGAGGUUCCAAAAUCACAAAUUAUGUAAUUGAGAAACGAGAGUCUACUCGCAAAGCAUACGCAACCGCAGUUGCAAAUUGUGAGGAAUGCACUGUCAAAAUCUCAGACCUGGGAGAAGGAUGUGAAUAUUACUUCAGAGUCUCUGCUGAGAAUGAAUAUGGCAUUGGUGAAGCUGUUGAGACUCUUGAUCCAGUCAGAGCAUCCCAGGCACCCUCCCCUCCACAAACGGUUGCGGUCACAGAUGUCACAAAGAGUUCUGUGACUUUGGCAUGGACCAAACCAAAGCACGAUGGAGGAAGCAGGAUAACAGGAUAUGUUAUUGAAGCGCAGAAGAAAGGAGGUGAUCAAUGGGCACAUGUGACAGCAGUAAAGACCUUUGAUUACACAGUGAAAAAUCUGAAUGAAAAUGAAGAAUAUGUAUUCCGUGUCAUGGCAGCAAACAGCUCUGGUCGCAGUAAACCGCGCCAAAGUAAACCUGUUGUUGUUAAGGAACAGACUUCAGGACCAGAAUUUGAUCUGCGUGGCAUCUGUCAGAAGUUGAUUGUCGCCAAGGCUGGAGAUGACAUUAAAGUGGAGAUACCAAUCUUCGGACGUCCCAAACCUACAGUUUCAUGGCAGAAAGAUGAUCAAGCCCUAAAGCAGACUCAGAGAUUAAAUGUUGAAAAUACAGCUGUAUCUACUAUCUUGAGCGUCAAUGAAUGUGUCAGAGGGGACAGUGGACCAUACACUGUUACAGGAAAGAACAUAGCUGGUGUUGUGUCAGAGACCUUUAGAAUCAAGGUCGAAGAUAUUCCAGGGCCGCCAAAGGGACCAAUCAAGUUGGAAAAGAUUUCCCUCACAUUCAUUGAAUUUUCUUGGGAUUCACCAGAAGAUGAUGGUGGAGUACCAAUUAAUAAUUAUAUUGUGGAAAUCAGGGACACAACACAACAGACUUGGGAAGAGUUGUCCAAUUCAAUCAUCAGAACAACAUUCAAAGCCGCCCGUUUGAAAACCGGCACAGAAUAUCAGUUCCGUGUCAAAGCCAAAAACAGAUAUGGUGUUGGACCCCCAAUUACAUCAGAGGCAGUUGUGGCAGCAUAUCCAUUCAAGGUGCCUGGACCACCAGGAACUCCUAAGGUUGUUGCGUUUACCAAAGACACAAUGACAAUUGGAUGGAAUGAACCUGUCAAUGAUGGAGGAAGUGAAGUCCUUGGGUACCAUGUUGAAAGGAAGUCAAGAAGUGGUAUUGUGUGGCACAAAAUAAGCAAAGCUUUGGUUAAAGGAAACUUGUUCAAAUCAAGUGGAUUGGAAGAUGGCACUGCAUAUGAAUUCCGUGUAAUGGCUGAAAAUUUGGCCGGUAUCGGAAAGCCAAGCCACGCCUCCGAAGCCAUGCUGGCACUUGACCCUGUGGACCCACCAGGUCAGCCAGUUCCAAUCUAUAUAUCCAAGAAUGUUAUUACAAUUCAGUGGACAAAGCCCGAGUAUGAUGGUGGAUUCAAGAUAGUAGGAUACACAGUGGAAAAGAGAGACCUACCAAAUGGCCGCUGGAUGAGAGCUAAUUUCACAAAUAUCAUUGAAACAACCUUCACUGUCAGUGGACUGACACAGGAUGCCUCUUAUGAAUUCCGUGUAUCUGCAAGAAAUGCAGCUGGUGCUGUCAGUGAGCCUUCUGAAAUAUCAGAUCCCAUUGUCUGCACAGAUGAUGUAGAGGAACCGAGAAUCAUGACUGAUGCUAUCUUCAAGAGCCUUCUUUGCGUGAGAGCUGGAGAAAACUUCAAACUGGAUGCCGAUGUUUCAGGUCAGCCAUUACCAUCCAUGAGAUGGACUAAAGAUGAGAAAGACAUUGAAAGAUCUUCCAAACUGGACAUUAGAAUGACUGACCUCACAACAGCACUGAUAAACAAAGACUCUGUCAGAACAGAUGGUGGCGAGUUUGUUCUGACUGCCAGCAAUGUUGGUGGAUUUGCCACGCACAUUUUCAAAGUUAAAGUUCUGGAUAGGCCAGGUCCACCUGGAGGACCCCUUGCUGUUUCGGAUGUGACAGCUGACAACUGUGUCGUAACGUGGACUCCACCCACAGAUGACGGAGGAGCUGAUAUUGACCAUUAUGUUGUCGAGAAACGCGAGUCAAGCAGGCUUGCUUGGACACAUGCUGCUUCUGACUUAAAGGAAACCACAUUCAAAGUAACCAAAUUAUUGAAAGGAAAUGAAUACAUUUUCAGGGUCAUGGCAGUGAACAAGUAUGGAGUUGGAGAACCUCUUGACUCUGCUCCAGUCAUUGCAGACAACCCAUAUGUUCCACCAGAUGCUCCAGGAACUCCUGAAAUAUCAGUAAUUACCAAAGAUUCAAUGGUACUGUUCUGGGCUGCACCAAAGAGCGAUGGAGGCAGUCCAAUAACAAGCUACAGCGUUGAAAGAAGAGAUAAAAUCGGUCUGCGGUGGGUCAAAUGCAACAAGCGACCUGUGACUGAGUUACAGUUCAGGGUUACAGGACUUGUCAACACACACGAGUAUGAGUUCAGAAUCUUUGCUACAAAUGCUGCAGGCAUUAGUCUACCUAGUGCCUCAAGUCCAUUCAAUAAGGCCACUGAUACUCUGUAUGAGCCUGGACCUCCUGGAAACCCAAGGGUUUUGGACACAACAAAGUCCUCUAUUACAAUUGCUUGGAAUAAGCCAGUUUAUGAUGGUGGUUCUGCAAUCACUGGAUAUCUAAUAGAAACAUGCCCUGCCAGUCUAGAGGAAGAAGAGUGGGCUGUUGUAUCUCCCCCAGAUGGACUUGUGGGAACAUCCUUCACGUUAACAAACUUGAAAGAAAAUGAAGAGUUAAAGAUUAAUAUUUCUGCAAUGAAUAGUGAAGGAAUUGGAGAAGCUGCCGCUGUCCCCGGCCCCCCCAAAGCAGAAGACAGGUUAAUUCCACCUGAGUGUGAUUUAGAUGCUGAGCUUCGCACAACCGUCACUCUUAGAGCCUGCUGCACACUUAGACUCUUUGUGCCCAUCAGAGGACGGCCAGCACCUACAGCUACAUGGACAAGAGACAAUGAAGAGUCUCUUGAAAGAGCCACAAUUGAGAGCACUGAGUCUUUCACCUCUCUAAUUGUUGGAAAUGUCAACCGAUUCGAUAGUGGUAAUUACAAUUUAACUGUUGAAAAUGGUUCAGGGUCAAAAACAGUCACAGUGAAAGUCAAGAUUCUUGAUACACCAGGAGCACCAUCAAAUCUUAAAAUUGCCAAUGUGACAAAGGAAUCUGUGACACUUGAAUGGGAACCUCCACUCAAUGAUGGUGGUACAAAGGUCAAGAAUUAUGUUGUUGAAAAACGUGAAGCAACAAGAAAGGCAUAUGCUACUGUUAAUGCUAACUGUCACAAAACAUCAUGGACCCUAGACCAACUGCAAGAGGGAUGUAACUACUAUUUCAGAGUCUUGGCAGAAAAUGAAUAUGGCAUUGGUCUGCCAGUUGAGACUCCAGAAUCAAUUAAAGUGUCUGAAAAGCCACUUCCACCUGGAAAGAUCACACUUGUGGAUGUAACAAAGACUACUGUUACUCUGUCAUGGGAAAAGCCUGAACAUGAUGGUGGAAGCAGAGUGGGUGCUUAUAUUGUUGAGAUGCAAUGCAAAGGUAAUGACAAAUGGGGACAAAUAGCAGUUGCUCAAACCUGUGAGGCUGUCAUUAAAAACCUUAACCCUGGUGAUGAAUACAUGUUCCGUGUGUCAGCAAAGAAUGAGAAAGGAUGUAGCGACCCUCGUGUUAUUGGUGUACCAGUUAUUGCUAAAGACCUUGUGAUCGCUCCAUCUGCAAAACUGCAAUUUACUACAUUCAGUGUUCUCGCGGGAGAAGACUUGACCAUUGAUGUGCCAUAUAUUGCUCGUCCUAAGGCAGCAAUUUCAUGGAUUAAGGAUGGAGUUCCUAUGAAACGAACCAGCAGGGUGAACUACUCUGCCACCGAAACAAUGCUGAACCUCUCAAUUACAGAGGCUUGCCGUGAGGAUGUUGGCCAGUACAAUAUCAAACUUACAAACACAGCUGGUGAGACAACAGCAGACAUUGGAGUAGUUGUUCUUGACAGACCUGGCCCACCAUCUGGCCCAGUGAAAAUCCAGGAUGUUACCUCUGAUAGUGUAACAAUCUCCUGGGGUGUUCCAGAAUAUGAUGGUGGUUGCACUGUCAAUAACUAUAUGGUUGAGAAAAGAGAAACAGCCACACAAAACUGGCUUGUUGUUGCAAUGAACCUGGCAAGAUUAAAGGUCAAAGCUGCAAGGUUAAAGACGGGAACAGAAUACCAGUUCAGAGUAACUGCUGAGAACAGAUAUGGAAAGAGUGCCCCACUCCUCUCCGAAUGUGUUGUUGCUCAGUAUCCAUACAAAGCUCCAGGAAACCCUGGUACACCAUCUGUUCAGGCAGCAACUAGAGAUACUAUGGUUGUUGUUUGGAAUGAACCUGUCAAUGAUGGCGGCAGCUCAGUUAUUGGAUAUCACCUUGAAAGAAAGGAAAGAAAUAGUAUUCUCUGGAUUAAGCUCAACAAGUCCAUCAUCACGGACACAUCAUACAAGACAACUGGCCUUGAAGCAGGCAUGGAAUAUGAAUACAGAGUUUAUGCAGAGAACAUUGUUGGCAUUGGAAAGGUCAGCAAGGUUUCAGAGGGUUGCAUUGCCAGAGACCCAUGUGAUCCCCCUGGUCAGCCAGAGGCAGUUAAAAUUACAAAAGAGACUGUGAAAAUCGUCUGGACUAAACCAGAAUAUGAUGGCGGCAGCAAGGUUACUGGUUACAUUGUUGAGAAGAAAGAAUUGCCAGAAGGACGUUGGUUGAAGGCUAACUUUACGAAUGUUAUUGAAACUGAAUAUGUUAACACUGGACUGGUGGAGGAUCAACAAUAUGAGUUCCGUGUUAUUGCACGAAAUGCUGCUGGAGUUUUCAGUCCUCCUUCAUACAGCACUGGACCCAUCACUGCAAAGGAUGAAAUUGAGCCACCACGCCUCAGCAUAGACCCAGAGUACACCCAGACUGUUGUGGUAAAGGCAGGUGAUUCCUUUAAAAUUGAUGCAGAUGUCCAUGGUAAACCAUCACCAUCUAUUCACUGGAUGAGGGGAGAGGUAGAACUUGGAAAUACCAUAUACAGGGAAAUUAAGAACACAGAAACUAAAGCUUUCAUUUCUGUAAAGGAUGCCAAGCUUUCUGAUGGAGGCCAAUACACCCUCUUGCUUCGAAAUGCAGGUGGUGAGAAAUCAUUUAAUAUUAAUGUCUCUGUGCUGGACAAACCCGGUCCUGCGGAAGGCCCAAUUGUUGUCUCAGGUGUCAUGUGUGACCGUUGUUGCCUCACAUGGAAAGCACCACUUGUAGAUGGUGGAAGUGCAAUCUCACACUAUGUUGUUGAGAGAAGAGAAACAAGCCGACUUAUUUGGACUGUUGUUGAAGCUAAGGCAACAGACACUUCCCUGAAAAUUACAAAACUACUUGAAGGAAACGAGUAUGUUUUCAGAGUGAUGUCAGUUAACUCAUUUGGUGUGAGUGAGCCUCUUCUUUCAAGUGCUGUAAUAAUCAGAGAUCCAUAUUUAACUCCUGAUGCACCAAGUAGAAUUGAAAUUUCAAAUAUCAAGAAGGACUCUAUGGUAAUAACCUGGGAAGCACCAGGAAGUGAUGGUGGUUCUCCUCUCAAGGGAUACAUAAUUGAGAAACAUGACAAAGAAGGAGUUAGAUGGACUAGAUGCAACCGUUCAACUGUUACAGAUCUUACCUUCCGUGUCACUGGACUUCUUGAAAGUCACAGCUAUGAAUUCAGAGUUGCUGCCGAAAAUGGUGUUGGUGUUGGUGAGCCAAGCGCUCCUUCUGUGUUCUUUAAGGCAGUGGACCCUAUUUUCAAACCUGGUCCUCCAAGUAAUCCUAGAGUAACUGAUAUGACCAGUUCCUCUGUCAAUCUUGCAUGGAGCCAGCCUAUCUAUGAUGGUGGUUGUGAAAUUCAGGGUUACAUUGUAGAGGCAUGUGAAGUCACAGUGGAGCCCGAAACAACCGAAGAAGUUGUCGAGGAAGUUGUCGAGAAAUCUCCUGAGAAACCUGCCGAAGGCGAAGAGACACCUGCUGAAAAGGCUGAAGAAAAGCCAGUAGAGUGGAUCAUGUGCACACCUCCAAUUGGAGUGAAGGGUAGAAAAUUCACUGUUGUAAAUCUGAAAGAAAAACAAGCAUACAGAUUCCGAAUUUGUGCAAUCAAUAAGGUUGGUGUUGGUGAACAAGCAGAUGUUCCUGAGCCAAUAGUACCUGAAGACAAGACAGAAGAACCAGAUCUUGAUAUUGAUGCAGAGUAUAGAAAGAUUAUGAACAUCAAAGCUGGAACAUCACUCAGAUUGUUCAUUCCAAUCAAAGGACGCCCCACUCCAGCUGUUACAUGGCAGAAAGAUGAGGCUCCAUUGAAAGAAACAGCUCAGGUGGAAAUCGCAAGCACAUACACUUCCCUUGUAAUUGACAAAGUUAACAGAUCUGACAGUGGAAAGUACAGUGUCACUGCUGAGAAUUCUAUUGGCACAAGCUCUGCUAUUAUUCUUGUGAGAGUACUGGAUACCCCUGGGGCACCGGCAAAUAUGAAGAUCAAGAAAAUUACAAAGGAAUCCAUAACUCUUGCAUGGGAUCCCCCACUUUUGGAUGGUGGUGUGAAAAUUAAAAACUAUGUCAUUGAGAAGCGUGAAAGUACAAGAAAAACUUAUGCGGCUGUUGCCACAAACUGCCACCAACUGUCCUAUAAAAUUGAGCCUCUCCAAGAAGGAUGUUGCUACUACUUCAGAGUUAUGGCUGAAAAUGAACAUGGUGUCGGUGUACCUGUUGAAACUCUAGACCCUCUGAAGAUUUCAGAAGUUCCACAAAUGCCUGGUAAAAUUAAUGUUGUUGAUGUGACCAAGACAAGUGUCUCACUUGGAUGGGACAGACCAGUGCAUGACGGUGGCAGCAGAGUUACACAAUAUGUAGUUGAAAUGGCACUUAAAGCAAAUCCAGACAAGUGGUCUGGUUGUGCUAAUGUGAAGGCCUUGGAGGCUACUGUCAAAAAUCUGAAUCCAGGAGAUGAAUACCUAUUCAGAGUCGUGGCUUGCAAUGAAAAAGGAAAGAGUGACCCACGAACACUUGCUGUUGCUGUUCAAGCUGAGGACCUUGUAUUUGAACCUGAUGUCAAGCCUGUAUUCAAUAGCUAUAAAGUUCUGGUUGGCAAAGACCUGAAUGUUGAUAUUCCUAUUUCUGGACGACCUAAUCCAAAAGUAUCUUGGACAAAGGAUGGCGAGAGCAUGAAAGUAACCUCAAGAGUAAACAUCAUCAACACAGCAGGCUGCACAACUCUUAGCAUUAAGGAAGCAGCAAGAGAGGAUGGUGGCAUGUACACUAUUAAAGUCUCCAACACUGCUGGACAAAAAGAAGCAACUCUUGAAGUAAUUGCUCUUGACAAACCGGGUCCACCAACAGGACCUGUUAGGUUUGAUGAAGUAACCACACAAAGUGUAACACUAUCUUGGGAUCCACCCAAGUUCACUGGAGGUUGCUCUGUUUCAAACUAUAUUGUGCAAAAGAGAGACACAACCACAGCCACAUGGGACAAUGUUGCUGUAUCAGUUGCGAGGACAUCUAUUAAAGUACCUAGGCUCAAAACUGGAUCUGAAUAUCAGUUCAGGAUUAUUGCUCAGAAUCGUUAUGGCAAGAGUUAUGCUUUGGAAUCAAAGGCAGUGGUAGCUCAGUAUCCUUACAAAGAACCAGGUCCACCUGGUACGCCAUUUGUCUCACAUUUGUCAAAGGACCACAUGAUUGUUGAGUGGAAUAUGCCUGUAUCUGAUGGAGGUAGUGCUGUUCUUGGUUAUCACAUUGAACGCAAAGAAAGAAACAGCAUUCUCUGGACCAAAGUCAAUAAAACACUCAUUCAAGACACUUCAUUUAAAACAAGUCCACUGGAAGAAGGUAUUGAGUAUGAGUUCAGAGUCUAUGCUGAAAACAUUGUUGGCAUUGGUAGAUGCAGCAAGCUCUCUGAGGGAUAUGUGGCCCGUGAUCAGUGUGACCCACCUGGCAUGCCAGAGGCAACCCGUAUUAGCAAUAACACAAUAUCAAUUGCAUGGACAAAGCCUGAAUAUGAUGGAGGCAGUGUGAUAACUGGUUACGUUGUUGAAAAGCGUGAUCUCCCAGAUGGACGCUGGGUAAAAGUUAACUUUACAAACAUUAUUGAAACUAACUUUACAAUCACUGGGUUAACUGAGGGAGAGAAAUAUGACUUCAGAGUAAUAGCAAAGAAUGCAGUUGGUACGUUCAGCAAACCAUCGUACAACAGUGGAGCCAUUACUGCCCUGGAUGAAGUUGAACCACCUAAAUUCUCAAUUGAUCCUCAGUUCACUAAAACUCUUGUGGUUGAUGCUGGAGAAACGUUUAAACUUGAUGCUGAUGUUCAUGGAAAGCCAGCUCCCACCAUUCAGUGGCUUAGGGGUGAGAAAACAGUGGAAAAUACCAUAAGAUGUGAUGUGAAGAAUACAGAAACCACAGCAAUGAUAGUUGUGAAAGACGCUGCCAGACAGGAUAGUGGAGAAUACAUUCUUCAGCUGACAAAUCCAGGUGGUUCUCAAACCGUUACAUUCACAGUGAAGGUACUGGACAAACCAGGACAAUGUGAAGGGCCUCUUCAUAUCACAGGUCUUGCAUCUGAUCGACUGACUCUAGCUUGGAAGGCACCAGCUCAUGAUGGUGGAAACCCAAUAACUCAUUACAUCAUUGAGAGACGAGAAACUAGCCGCCUUGCUUGGACAGUUGUCUCAACUGACUGUACAACAACUGUAUACAAAAUUACUAAGCUUCUUGAAAACAAUGAGUACAUGUUCCGUGUCAAAGCAGUCAACUGUUACGGUUCAGGUGAACCACUUAAUUCAGCAUCUGUGAUCAUGAAAGAUCCAUUUGUGCCCCCUGGUACACCUCAUAUUGUGGAUGUAACUAACAUAGCAAAGGAUGGCAUGACUCUUUCCUGGACUGCUCCAGAAAGUGAUGGUGGAAGUGAAAUUACCAGCUACAUCAUUGAGAAGAAAGAUAGAUUAGGUGUCAAAUGGACAAAGUGUAACAGGUGUAAGGUGACAGAUCUGUGCUUCAGAGUGACAGGACUCACUGAUGAUCACGAGUAUGAAUUCAGAUUGGCAGCAGAAAAUGCAGCUGGAGUAGGAGAGCCAAGUCUGCCAACUUCAUACUACAAGGCUUGUGAUCCAAAGUAUAAACCUGGCCCACCAACACAUGCUCAUGUCAUUGACUCAACGAGCAGUUCACUCACUAUUGCUUGGGGAAAACCACUCACUGAUGGGGGCGCUGCAAUUCAGGGCUACAUUGUUGAGAUAUGCAAAGCUGAGGCUGAAGCUGUUACUGUGGCUGAAGCUGUGGCUGAACCUGAGGCUGAAGCUAAGACUGAACCCGAGGCUGAAGCUAAGGCUGAACCCGAGGCUGAAGCUAAGGAAGAGGAAUGGACAAUGGUCACACCACCACAUGGAUUGAGAGUCAACAAAUUUGUAAUCACCAAGCUUGUUGACCAAGAAUAUAAGAUAAGAGUAUGUGCAAUCAACAAACUGGGUGUUGGUGAAGCUGCUGAAGUUCCUGGGGCUGUCAGACCUCAUGAAAGACUCGAAGCUCCUGAAAUCCUACUUGAUUCUGAGCUAAGAAAGGGAAUUGUUGUCCGUGCUGGUGGAUCGGUGAAAAUCAAUGUACCUUUCAAGGGAAGGCCGACACCAGAAAUUAAGUGGACUAAAGAUGAAGAAGACCUAAGUGAGAGGGCAGUUGUAGAGAAAGGUCUGAACCACACCCAGGUCACAGUUGAUUCUUGUGACAGAAGAGACUCUGGAAAAUAUACACUGACACUUACAAAUAGUAGUGGCACUGUGUCUGAGUUUGUUACUGUAAAGGUCCUGGACAUCCCAAGUGCUCCUCAGAACCUCCAAGUCUCUGAAAUCAAGAGGGAAUCAGUUGUACUGAGCUGGGAACCUCCACUUGUUGAUGGCGGUGCAAGGAUUAAACAUUAUGUCGUUGAAAAGCGGGAAUCUACUCGUAAAGCAUAUGCAGGUGUUUCAGCAAAAUGCACCAAAACAACCUUCAAAGUGGAAAAUCUUACAGAGGGUGCAAUGUAUUACUUCAGAGUUAUGGCUGAAAAUGAAUAUGGAAUUGGUGUACCUGUGGAGACAAAGACUGCUUCAAAGGCCUCUGAGGUGCCGUGGGCAGUUGGAAAGGUCUUCUUGACCGAUGUCACCAAAGUUAGUGCCUCUUUGGCAUGGGGGAAACCAGAGCAUGACGGUGGAAGCAGAAUCACUGGGUACAUAAUUGAAAUGCUACCGAAAGGCACAGAAAAAUGGGGAGUUGCAACGACAAUCAAAGGAGGUGCCUGUGAAGGAACUGUCCAGGGACUCUCAACAGGUCAGGAAUAUAAUUUCAGGGUUUUGGCCUACAACGAGAAGGGCAAAGGCGAGCCAACACCACUUACAACUUCAGUGACUGCUAAUGAUAUGAAUAUUGAGCCAAGUUUGAAGUCCAUGUUUAACACUUACAAUGUGAAAGCUGGUACAGACUUUAAAUUGGUAGUUGCAGUAUUUGGUCGUCCUAAACCAAGGGUAAGCUGGGCAAAGGAUGGACAAGGUGUGAAAAUAUCUAGCAGACUGAGCAUUGAAAACACACUUACAUCAACUACACUUUCAAUUACUGAGGCCUGCAAAGAGGACCUAGGAAAGUAUGCUGUAACAGCCACAAAUACAGCUGGUAAAGCAACAGAGGAAAUUGGACUCGUAAUACUUGACAAGCCUGGAAGCCCUGGAGGACCUGUGAAAGUGGCUGAGGUGACUAACAGCUCCCUCAUACUUUCAUGGGAGCCCCCCGAGUAUACAGGCGGUUGCCAGAUCAAGCAUUACAUUAUUGAGAAGAGAGACACAACCACAACUACCUGGCAAGGUGUUUCAAACAAUAUGGCAAGAACCACAAUGAAGGUAACUAAGCUGAAAAAGGGUGCUGAGUAUCAGUUUAGGAUUUGUGCUGAAAACAGAUAUGGAAAGGGAUCUCCUCUGGACUCUAAAGCCAUAGUUGUACAGUAUCCUUACAAAGUCCCUGGACCACCUGGUACUCCUUCUGUGAAAUCUGCCACUAAAGAGCAGAUGAUCAUUGAAUGGAAUGAGCCAGUCAAUGAUGGUGGAAGCCCGGUUGUAGGUUACCACCUUGAAAGUAAAGAAAGAAGUAGCAUUAUGUGGAAUAAACUGAAUAAGACACUCAUUAAAGACCAAGAGUUCAAGAUCACAAAUCUAGAAGAGGGCAUCGGGUAUGAAUACAGGGUGUUUGCUGAAAAUAUUAUUGGUAUUGGUAGAUCGAGCAAAGUCUCUGAGAGCUUUGUUGCCCGUGACCCAUGCGAUCCUCCAGGUACUCCAGAGGCCAUUGCGAUCUCAAAGGAUCAUAUAACCAUUCAGUGGACAAAACCACUGUAUGAUGGUGGCAGCAAGGUUACUGGAUAUGUUGUGGAAAAGAGAGAAUUGCCUGAAGGACACUGGAUGAGAGUGAACUUCACCAAUAUUAUUGAGACUGAAUUUAACAUUACUGGCUUGACACAGGACAACCAAUAUGAAUUCAGAGUAAUUGCAAGAAAUGCAGCUGGAGUUGUCAGUAUGGCAUCUGACAGCAGUGGUGCAAUCACAGCAACCGAUGAAAUUGAGCCCCCAUCUGUCUCAAUGGAUCCAAAAUACAAGGAUGUCAUUGUUGUUGAUGCUGGAGAAAAUUUGGUCCUUGAUGCAGACAUUCAUGGCAAACCAGUGCCAACUGUUAAUUGGUUGAAAGAAGGAAAAGAGAUGGAAGUGGCACUCAGAAUUGAAAGGAAAACUACAGAGAAAUCUGCAUCCAUAACAAUCAAGGACUGCACAAAACUUGAUAGUGGACACUAUGAUCUCACGCUCACAAACAAGGGUGGAACUAAAGUAAUACCAAUUACUGUAAAGGUUCUUGACAAUCCUAGUGCACCUGCUGGGCCACUGCGUAUCACUGGAAUAAUGCAUAAUUCAUGCAAACUGUUCUGGGCAGAGCCUGCUCUUGAUGGUGGAUCAAAUAUAUCUCAUUAUAUUGUAGAAAAGAGAGAAACUAGCAGAUUAUCUUGGAGCUUGGUAGAGGAACAUGUCGAAGGUGUCAGUUACCAUGUGACCAAGCUUCUACCAGGUGAUGAAUACAUCUUCAGAGUCAGGGCUGUCAACAAACACGGUAAAGGGGAACCUCUUGUGUCUGACCCCAUUGUUGCACGUGAUCCUUACAAGCCACCCAGUGCCCCCUCUGCACCUGAGGCAAGUGAAAUCACAAAGGACUCUAUGCUGCUCACAUGGACUGCACCAGAAUCUGAUGGAGGUGCACAAAUUGAAUGCUAUCACAUUGAAAAACGUGACAAAGAUGGUGUACGAUGGACAAAAUGUAACCGCAAGAAGGUGACAGAUGUUUUCUACAGAGUGAAAGGACUUCAAGAUGGUCACUUCUAUGAGUUCCGUGUUGCUGCAGAAAAUGAAGCCGGUGUGGGAGAAUUAAGUGACCUAUCACAUUUCUGCAGAGCCAUUAAUGAUAUAACCCCACCUAGCCCACCACUGCAUCCCAGAGUUACAGAUUACUCAAAAUCGACAGUGUCCCUCUCCUGGGCUAAACCUGCCACUGAUGGUGGCGCCUACAUCAAGGGAUAUAUUGUUGAAAUGAAAGAAGUUGUUGAAAUGAAAGAAGUUGUUGAACCAAAAGAAGUUGUUGAACCAAAAGAAGGUGAAGAAGAAGAAGUUGAAGAAGAAGAAGAAGUGUGGACCGCCUGCACACCUCCAGCUGGCAUUCAGACAACAAAGCUAACAGUGGGAAAUCUGAAGGAAAAUGGACAGUAUGACUUCCGUGUUUGUGCCUUUAACGGUGAAGGAGUUGGAGAGCCAGCUGAUUUCCAUGGCCCAGUUGUUACUACAGAAAAGGUUGAGGCCCCAGAGAUUGAAUUGGAUGCUGAACUUAGGAAAGUUGUGUCUGUCCAUGCUGGUGGAUCACUUCGCUUAUUUGUAACUAUUAGAGGAAGACCUACGCCUUCUGUUACAUGGGAAAAAGAAGGGGCUACCCUGACUGACCGUGCACAGAUUGAAUCCACAAGCUCAUACACAAUGCUGGUUAUUGACAGUGUAAACAGAUUUGAUAGUGGAAAAUAUAUCUUGAACCUUGAGAAUGCCUCUGGCACUAAAUCUGCCUUUGUCAAUGUGAGGAUUUUGGAUACUCCAAGUGCUCCUCAGAACUUUGAAGUGAAGGAUGUCAAGAAAGACUCUGUCACUCUUCACUGGGAGGCUCCUCUGACAGAUGGUGGAUCUAAAAUAACAUACUACAUUAUAGAAAAGCGAGAAUCUGUGCGCAAAGCCUACACAACAGUCUCAAGCAACUGCACCCAGAAUUCACUCAAGAUUGACGAACUGCCAGAAGGUGGUAUUUUCUACUUCCGUGUUUGUGCCUUGAAUGAGUUUGGUAUGGGUGUUAUGGCAGAAACAAAAAAUCCAGUGAAGGUUGCUCAACCCCCAAUGGCUCCAGGAAAAUUAACCCUGGUUGAUGUCACCAAAACAAGUGCAACUCUAGCAUGGGAUAAGCCUGCACAUGAUGGAGGCAGCAAAAUUCUAAUGUACAAUGUUGAGAUGUUGCCAAAGGGUACUGAUAAAUGGGGAGUUGCAACAACAGUCAAGGUAGGCUUGGAAGCAACUGUGAACAACUUGACACCAAAUGAAACAUAUUCAUUUAGAGUUAUUGCUCUGAAUGAAAAGGGUAAGAGUGAGCCAAAAGAGCUUGGAGUUCCCGUUUCAGCUAAAGACAUUGAGAUUGAGCCCUCAGUCAGCAUGCUCUUUAACACUCACUCUGUUCUGGCUGGAAAGGAUCUCACAGUUGAGAUUCCAAUCAGAGGUAGACCUAAGCCUGUCGUUUCAUGGAAGAAAGACAACCUUCCUCUGAAAGGAACAACCUCCACCACAAUUCUGAACACCAAGACAUCAACAAAGAUUGUCAUCAAAGAAGCCUCUAUUGAGCAUGUAGGAAAGUAUGAAAUCACUCUCGCAAAUACUGCAGGUACCAAAUCAUUUGGCAUGAAUAUCAUUGUUCUGGAUAAACCAUCGGCACCCACUGCUGUAAAAUCUGAUGCUGUCACCAAUGACAGUAUUAGUUUGUCAUGGGGCCCACCAGAAUAUGACGGUGGGUGCUCUAUCAGCAACUAUAUUGUUGAGAAGAGAGACACCAACUCACAAGAGUGGAAGAUAGUUUCUACUAAUGUGGCAAGACAAUGUGUCAAAGCCACUGGCUUGACUCGGGGUGCUGAGUACCAGUUUAGGAUCUAUGCUGUUAAUCGUUAUGGAAAGAGUCCCGGCAAAGAUUCUCCUGCAAUCACAGCACAGUACAUGUGUAAAGCACCUGGACCUCCCUCUACUCCAGUAGUUGCAUAUGCUUCGAAGGCUCACAUGAUCGUUACCUGGAAUGAGCCAGUCAAUGAUGGUGGAAGCACUGUAAUUGGGUACCAUUUGGAGAGAAAGGAACGAAGUAGCAUUUUGUGGACAAAAAUGAACAGGAGCCUCAUCAAGGACACAGAAUACAAAGUCACUGGUAUUGAGGGUGGCACACUUUAUGAAUUCCGUGUCUUUGCUGAAAAUAUUGCUGGAAUUGGAAAGGUCAGCAAAGUCUGUGAGCCUGUAGCUGCAAGGGAUCCAUGUGAUCCUCCCGGUCAGCCUACUGUUCUCAGCAUCACAAGAACAGCUGUUUCACUCUCCUGGACAAAGCCUGAGUAUGAUGGUGGAGCCAAAGUAACAGGAUACAUCAUUGAGCGCAAGGAUCUUCCUGAUGGCCGUUGGAUGAGAUGCAACUUCACCAAUGUGGUAGAGACCUACUAUGAUGCCACAGGUCUCACAACAGGUCAGCAGUAUGACUUCCGUGUUACUGCAAAGAAUGCUGUUGGUUCAUUUAGUCAGCCAUCCUACAACACAGGACCAAUUACAGUCCAGGAUGAUGUGGAGCCACCACGUAUAAUGGUUGAUGUUAAGUUCAGAGAUCUUGUCGCAAUCAAAGCUGGAGAGACCUUGAGAAUCAAUGCUGAAAUUGCUGGUCGACCUCUUCCAGUCGCAUCAUGGACCAAAGAUGGUCAUGAAAUUGAGCCAAGAGCCAGAAUUCAAAUCCUUGCUACAGACGACGCUACCUCUAUAACUGUGAAGGAUUGUGUAAGAGCUGAUUCUGGUCAGUAUCUUCUCACAUUGCAGAAUAUUGGCGGAACAGUCACAAUGCCCUUCAAUGUUUCAAUUCUUGACAAACCAGGCCCAUCUGCUGGUCCCCUGGCUAUCACUGGCAUCACUGCAGAGGAAUGCACAUUGGCAUGGGGACCUCCUCAAGAAGAAGGUGGUGCAGAAAUUACACACUAUGUAGUUGAAAGACGAGAAACGAGCCGCCUUGCAUGGACUCUUGUGCAUGGAGAAGUUAAAAAGACUUAUUGGAAGGUCACAAAGCUCCUUCAGGACAACGAGUACAUGUUCAGAGUUUUGGCUGUCAACAAAUUUGGACUUGGUGAACCACUUCAGUCUGAUCCUAUUAAAGCAUCUGAUCCAUUUACACCACCAACUGCACCAUCAAGUGUUGAGGUCACUGAAAUUCAAAGUGACCAGAUGACACUGACCUGGGUAAAACCUGUUAGUGAUGGAGGCACUGAAAUAACUGGAUAUGUAAUUGAAAGGCGUGAGAAAUCAGGCAAUCGUUGGGUUCGUUAUAAUAGAAAACUUAUCACAGAGGAGACAGCAGUAGUGUCUAAACUCCGCAGAGGUGGUGAAUAUGAAUUCCGUGUUUAUGCUGAAAAUGCAGCCGGAGCUAGUCCUACUAGUGAUGCAUCAGCACCUGCCAGAGCAGAAGAAGAACCAGACAUUCCAGAAGCACCAGGCAAACCCAAGGUUGUCGAAUACAGUAAGACUUCUAUCACGAUUACAUGGAGAAAGCCACAGGACGAUGGCGGAGCUCCAAUCCUUGGAUACAGCGUAGAGUACAAGAAGACAGCAGAUGAGGAAUGGACAGUGGCUAUUCCCUUGACCAUGAACACUGAAUUCACUGUCUCCAGUCUUGAGACUGAUGCAGAGUACGAGUUUGCAGUCAAAGCUAUUAACAAAGUUGGUGAAAGUGACCCAUCUGAAAGCUCUGAGCCAACAGUAGCUAAAGAAAGAGUCGAGGAGCCAGUGUUUGAUGUUGAAGCAGACACACGCAAGGUGCUCAUUGUUACACAUGGCCAUGCAUUCACUCUUACAGCACCAUUUAGGGGAAGACCAGCUCCAUCGGCAGUUUGGGCUAAGGAGGAGGUUGAUCUUAAGGUCAGAGCUAGUGUGGAGACAUCUGUCAUCAGCAGCUCUCUCACAAUUGAGAAUGCAACAAGAAAUGACUCCGGACAGUAUGUUGUUACAAUUGACAAUGGAAUUGGAACGGCUACACUGCCAAUGAAUGUCAAAGUUCUUGACUCUCCCGGACCGCCAGUGCAUGUCAAGGCAAUGAAUGUCACAAAAGAUUCUGCUACUAUUGCAUGGGAGGCUCCAGAAAAUGAUGGAGGAGACCCUGUUAAGGCAUACCAUGUUGAAAAACGUGAAGCUAGCAAAAAGGCAUGGGUCUGUGUUACAAGCAGUUGCCAUGAGAUGUCCUACACUGUUGAGGACUUACAGGAGGGUGCAGUUUAUUACUUCAGAGUUAUUGGAGAAAAUGAAUAUGGCCUGGGUGUUCCUGGAGAAUUGAGAGAUGGAACAAAGAUUACUGAAAAACCAAGUGCACCUGCGAAGUUGGGUGUAUCUGGUGUGACCAAGGACAGCGUCUCCCUGGCAUGGUCAAGACCUGAACACGAUGGAGGCAGCAGAGUGACCAAAUAUCUCAUUGAAGCAGUUGAGAAAGGACAAACUAAAUGGGUGAAAUGCACAUCAGUGCCCACACUUGCACAUACAAUUAAAGGCUUAAAAGAAGGUGCUGAAUACCUCUUCAGAGUUGCAGGAGAAAACCAUGCUGGAGUUGGUGACUUCAAAGAAAUGAUCAUUCCUGUCAUGGUGAAAGAUCAACUUGAGGCACCAGAGUUUGACAUGAAGAACUACCCGAAGAACACUGUUUAUGUAAGAGCAGGAUCCAACUUGAAGUUUGAAUUGCCUCUGACUGGAAAGCCAAUGCCAAAGGUUACGAUGGCAAGAAACAAUGUUGCCGCCAAGACUGGAAAAAGGUUCAGUUUUGAGGUCACACCUGAAAGCCUUCUGAUCAAUCUGAAGGAAAGCAUUGCAACCGAUGCUGGCAGAUAUGACAUCACAGCCUCAAAUUCCAGCGGAACAACCAAGAUGCAUGUGAACAUUUUGGUUCUGGAUAGACCUGGCCCACCGACCGGCCCAGUGGAAAUUGGUGAAGUUGGUGAAUCAACUGUGUGCCUGAAAUGGCUUCCACCUGUAUAUGAGGGUGGCAGCCCAGUGACCAACUAUGUUGUGCUAAGGAGGGAAACCAGUACACCUGCUUGGACAGAAGUGUCUUCUCAGGUGGCUCGACCCUCCAUAAAAGUAGCCAAACUGACAAAGGGGGAGGAAUACCAGUUCAGAAUCAAGGCAGAAAAUCGCUUUGGAAUCAGUGACCACAUCGACUCACAGUCAGUCACUGUGAAACUUCCAUACACCUUCCCUGGACCACCGUCAACACCAUGGGCUGGGUUCAUCUCAAGGGAGACUAUCACUGUGUGCUGGCACGAGCCAGUUUCAGAUGGUGGAAACCCAGUGAUUGGUUACCAUGUCCAGAUGAAAGAGAGAAGCAGCAUCCUGUGGCAGAAGGUCAACAAGACAGCUGUGGCUGCUAACCAGAUCCGCAUUACAAAUAUCUGCCCUGGCAUGAUCUAUGAAUUUAAGGUAGCAGCGGAAAAUGCUGCUGGUAUUGGAAAAAUAAGCAAAACAUCCGAGGAGAUGCUUGCAAUUGAUGCAUGUGAACCUCCUGCAAAUGUUAAAGUCACUGAGAUCACAAAGAACUCCGUCACCCUCGUCUGGCAGAAGCCCCCCUAUGAUGGGGGCAGCAAGAUCACUGGCUACAUGGUUGAGAGGAGAGACGCACCCAAUGGCAGAUGGACAAAGGCUAACUUCACCAAUAUUAUUGAUAAGAAGUUUACCGUGUCUGGCUUGUCUAUUGGUGAAGCCUAUGAAUUCAGAGUGUUUGCCAAGAAUGCAAUUGGCUCUGUCAGUAACCCAUCACUCGUUGCUGGACCAGCAACCUGUGUCGAUAUAAGUGGUGCCCCAGUCAUUGACCUUCCACCAGAGUAUCUGGAUGUCGUGCAGUACAAAGCUGGUGUCUCUGUCAAGAUUAAAGUUGGAAUAUUUGCUAAGCCUUUGCCAACAAUUGAGUGGCUCAAGGAUGGCAAGGAGUUAGUCCAAACUUCUAUGCUUUCAAUUGAAAACUCCACUGACUCAUCAGCUGUUCUUAUCAAGGAUGCAACACGUCUAAACACAGGAACAUAUGAAAUUAACAUCAAGAAUGUGCAGGGCACAGCAACUGCACAAGUUAGAAUUCAGAUUCUUGAUAAACCAGGUCCACCAACUGGAAACAUUGACUUCAAGUCUGUCACAGCUGACAAAAUCACAAUUGCAUGGGAGCCAGUCGCUGACAAUGGUGGAGCUGAAGUUACCCAUUAUAUUGCUGAGAGAAGAGAAACAAGCCGCGUUGUCUGGGCAACCAUUUCAGAAGAGCUGCGUGACUGCACUGUCUCUGUUGGAAAACUGAUCAGAGGUGCAGAGUAUGUCUUCCGUGUCCGUGGUGUUAACAAGUUUGGCCUUGGUGAGACUCUGGAAUCAGAAGCCGUUGUUGCCAAGAAUGCCUUCGUUACCCCUGGACAGCCUUCUACACCAGAGGUUACUGAAACAUCCAAGACAUCCAUGCAGGUUGUAUGGGAAAAGCCAGGUAUUGAUGGUGGCAGUAAAGUAUCAGGAUAUCUCAUUGAGAGAAGAAACAAAAAGAGCCUUCGUUGGAAGAGGAUCUUCAAAGACCCAAUUACUGAAACUUCACUCAAGGUUUACCAUCUCACAGAAAACAAUGAAUAUCAAUAUCGUGUUUGUGCGAUUAACAAAGCUGGUGAAGGUCCAUUCUCUGAGGUCUCUGACUUCUACAAGGCAGCUGAUCCAGUUGAAACACCAUUCGAACCUUCCAAGCUUAAGGUUGUUGACUCUACCAGUUCAUCCAUUACUCUUGGUUGGACCAAACCAGAGUUUGAUGGAGGAAGUGAAAUUCUCAGCUAUGUUGUUGAGAUGAGGAUUGGAGGAAUAGAGAAGGAGGGAGGAGAAAAGGAAGUGGAAGAAGAAGAAGAAGGAGAAGAAGAAGAAGAAGAAGAAGAAGAAGAAGACGAAUAUGAAUGGACUGUUAUUAGUCAAAAGGGUGAAGUGAGAACAACCGAGUAUGUGGCAUCUGGCCUUAAACCAGACACCGAUUACUACUUCCGUGUAUCUGGAGUCAACUGUGCUGGACGUGGAGAUCCAAUAACAAUGAAGGAGCCAGUUCAAGCCAAGGAUAUUCUUGAGGAAGCCAUGGUUGAUCCAGAUGUAGCCAUGAGAACUCACUACACUGUGAAAGCCGGAAAGGAUGUGGAAAUUGUUGUACCUCUUAAGGGUAGACCUUCUCCAAGUGCUUCCUGGAUGAAAGAAGACGUAAACAUUGACAAAGAUCCAAGCUAUCAAAUUCACACCACAGAGUCUGCGUCAUCUAUAGUGAUUCGUGAAGUCACAAGAAAAGACACUGGCAAAUACAUUGUGAAGAUUAGCAAUGGUGUUGGUGAGCCCAAAUCUCUCAUGUUGUCUGUUAAAGUUCAGGACACACCAUCAGCCUGUACAAACCUGACAAUCAAAGAGGUCACGCGCGGAAAAGUGACUCUCACUUGGGAACCACCUCUGUUGGAUGGCGGUGCUGAAAUCACCAACUACAUUGUUGAAAAGAGGGAUUCCUCCAAACGGGCAUACUCCGCUGUAACAAGCAAAUGCAAAGAGUUAACUUACACAAUUGAGGAAGUCUCAGAGAAGACCUCAUUCUACUUCCGUGUCCUGGCUGAGAAUGAGCAUGGCAUUGGUGAUCCUUGUGAGACCGCAGAGCCAGUGAAAGCCACUGAAACUCCUGGACCAGUGAAGGAGCUUUGCAUGAAAGACUCCUCCAAGACCUCUGUCACUCUACAAUGGAGUAAGCCUGAUUAUGAUGGUGGUAGCAUUAUUAGUGAUUACAUUCUUGAAAAGAGAGCUAAGGACCAAGAAGAAUGGGCAGGUGCUGGUACCAGCAAACACCUUGAACAUGAAAUUAAAGGACUGAAGGAACUCUCCGAAAUGUUCUUCAGGGUUUGCUCUAAAAAUGAGAAGGGCAACAGUGAAUACAUUGAGGUUGGGCCUAUUGUGGUGAAGGAUUACAUCAUUGCCCCAGAGGCAAAUCUAGAGGAAUAUCCAACUGGACAAAUUAGUGUGCGCCUCGGACAUAAUGUCCACAUUGAACUGCCAUACAAGGGUAAACCACGUCCCAGAGUUGAGUGGUUGAAGGACAAUCUGCCACUGAAGGAAAGUGAACAGAUUCGCUUCAAGAGAACAUUAACCAAAGUAACCCUAAUGAUCAAGAAUGUCACUAAAGAAAAUGGUGGCAAAUACACUCUCACUCUUGACAAUGGCUUUAAGAGGAGUUCAUUCCACAUUCAUGUCAUCACUCUAGGACCACCAUCAAGACCUGUUGGACCCAUUCUUUUGGAUGAAGUCCGUGCAGAACACAUCUGUAUAUCUUGGGAAGAGCCCAACGAUGAUGGUGGUGGAGAGGUUACAUGCUAUUGUGUAGAGAAGCGUGACACGGCCCAGAAUGACUGGAAGAUGGCUUGCUCAACUGUAUUGGGAACACGAUUCAAGGUUCCAAACCUCAUCAAGGGUGUACAGUACCAAUUCAGAGUAUGUGCUGAGAAUAGGUAUGGUGUCAGUGAACCUCUUUUGUCACAAACUGUCAUUGCCAAGCAUGAAUUCAGACCACCAGGUCCACCUGGCCAACCCAUUGUGUACAAUAUCACCAAUGAUGGCAUGACUCUCCAGUGGGAGAAACCAGUGUAUGAUGGAGGCUGCCCAGUCCUUGGCUACCAUGUUGAAAAGAAAGAGAAGAACAGUAUUAUGUGGCAGAAGGUCAACACAAUUCUUGUGAAGAAUACAGAAUUUAGAGUCAUUGAACUCAUUGAGGGUCUGCAGUACCAAUUCAGAGUCUAUGCUCAGAAUGAUGCUGGGCAUAGCCGCACGAGUGAUGUCAGCAAUCUCAACACUGCUGUUUCUCCAGUUGAUCCUCCAGGCCAACCAGACUACACUGAUAUUACCAGCAACUCAGUUGCUCUGAAGUGGGAUCCACCCAAACAUGAUGGAGGAAGCAAAGUGGUUGCCUACAAUGUUGAGAAGAGACAAGGACAAGGCCGUUGGUUCAAGUGCAAUUUCUCAGAUGUUCCAGAUUGCGAGUUCACUGUUGAAGGACUUGCCUGCAAUGAACGUUAUGAAUUCAGAGUUAUUGCCCGAAAUGCUAUUGGAACUGUAAGCCCACCUUCUAAUUCUUCUGGCUACAUUGUGGUCAGGGAUGAGGCCUUUGCUCCAAACAUUGAACUUAGCCAGGAGCUCUUUGAGGGUGUUGCCGUGAAAGCUGGUGAUCACAUCAGGAUCAAGGCUAACAUUACUGGACGCCCAACACCUAAAGUUACAUGGUACAAAGAUGGGGUGGAAAUCACCAAGAGACUGAUGGACAUCCUCUCAGCCCCUGGAUCAAGUACCAUCUUUGUCAGAGACGCUGAUCGUAGCCAUCGCGGCCUGUAUACAGUGGAAGCCAGAAACCACUCUGGAACAAAGAAGGAGAACAUUAAUGUCCAGGUCUUCGACACGCCUGGAGAGCCAGUUGGACCCAUCACCUUCUCCAACAUCUCAGAGGGCAAAGUCACUCUGUCUUGGGAACCUCCUGAGAAUGAUGGCUGCUCUGAUAUCACACACUAUAUUAUUGAAAGGCGUGAAACAUCUAAAAUUUCAUGGACUCUUGUCACAGAUGAGUGUACUGAGUGUACAUUCGACGCUACAAAACUGAUCAAAACCAAUGAGUACCAAUUCAGAGUUUCAGCAGCCAACAAGAUUGGUGUUGGUAGAUCUGUGGACUCUGUGCCUGUUAUUGCACAGAUGCAGUACACUUAUCCUGAUUCUCCUGGUACGCCAGAUGCCACAGCAGUGGAUGGAGAAAGUAUAACAAUUGGCUGGACUCCUCCCACUAAUGAUGGAGGAAGCCCAGUGAAACAUUACAUUGUUGAGAGGCGUGAAAAGAAGGGAGGACGCUGGACAAAGGUCUUCACAAAGAAACCUGUCACUGACUGUGCACUCCGUUGUCCUAAUCUGACGGAAGACGUUGAGUAUGAGUUCCAUGUGAUGGCUGUGAAUGAGGCUGGUGUUGGAGCGCCUAGCAACACAUCCAUGGCAAUUAAAUGUGCCGAACCUACAGAGACCCCAGAUGCUCCUUCCAUUAUCAAUGUCUUUGAUUCCACUAGCACAUCCGUCAGCUUGGAAUGGACCAAGCCCCCAUGGGAUGGUGGAAUGGAAAUCCAAGGUUAUAUUAUUGAGAUGAACACAGGCGCAGCCAAAGCAGCAGCAGAAGUAGCGGAGGGAGAGGAAGAGGGUGAAGAAGAAGAAGAAGAAGAAGAAGAAGAGGAGGGCUGGACAAGAGUCAACGAAGAUCUGUGCACGGCUACAAAGUACGUUGCAACUGGGUUGGAAAGUGGCAUUGACUACAGGUUCAGAGUCAGUGCUCAGAACAGCGUUGGAAAAGGAUUGACCUGUGAGAUUCCUGAGCCAACCCAAGCUAUUGAAAGACUCCUGGAACCAGAAAUAUUUAUCGAUGCAAGCUUUAAGCAGACUCAUAUUAUUAAGAGCGGUGCAUCUGUCGUCCUUGCCAUUGCUUUCAGGGGUAAACCAGCUCCUGCUGUGACAUGGGUUAAGGAGGAUGGUGAACUAGGAGUCUUGUCAGAAAUUAUUUCAACUGAAGGCACGUCAUCAUUGACACUGGAGAAGUGCACAAGAAAUGACUCAGGAAAAUACACUGCCACACUAGAGAACAGCAGUGGUUCUAAGUCCAUUACAUUCACCGUUAAGGUCAUGGAUACACCUGCACCACCAGUGAAUGUAAGAUAUACAGAGAUUUUGAAAGGAGGUCUUUCAUUGGCAUGGGAGGCCCCUCUUAAUGAUGGCGGUGCACGCAUUCAUCACUACAUUGUUGAGAAGCGGGAAGCUUCACGCCGCACUUGGACAGAGGCAGCAGGAAAAUGCUUCGAAACUAAGCUGAGUGUUUCUGAGCUCCUGGAAAAUGUCCCUUACUUCUUCAGAGUUAUGGCAGAGAAUCAGUUUGGCCUUGGAGAACCCUAUGAAAUCCCAGAUCCAGUUAGUGCCAACGCAGCGCCCUCAGCUCCAAAGAAGUUCAGUGUCGUUGACACCACAGACACAUCUAUUACUCUUAGCUGGACUAAGCCAGAACAUGAUGGCGGCAGCCGUGUGACCAGCUAUACUGUUGAGGGUAAAGCAAAGGAUACAGACAAAUGGAUGGUUUGUGGAUCAGCAAAGUCUCUAAGCCUGACUGUUGAUAAAUUGUCAAAGGGCUCAGAAUUUGAAUUCCGUGUCAUGGCAAAGAAUGACGCAGGUUUCAGUCCACCGAAAGAAUUGUUUGCCCCUGUUGUUAUCAAAGAGCCUCUCGUUGAACCUGCUGCAGAUCUCAGUGGUAUUGAGAAUCAGCUUAUUACAUGCAAAGGAGGUCAAACCUUUGUAAUUGAUGUCCCAAUCAGUGGAAGGCCAGCUCCAAAGGCCUCCUGGAAAUUGGAGGAAAUGAGGUUGAAAGCAACAGACAGGGUAGCGAUUGUAAAAACGGCUAACAGGGCCACCAUAACCGUAAAGGAGAGCAUGAGAGGUGACACAGGUAAAUACUUCCUUACCCUUGAGAAUGCUGCUGGAUCAAAGACCUUCACCAUUAAUGUCAACGUCAUUGGCAGACCUAGUGCACCCGAUGGACCAGUUGAGGUUUCCUCAAUCACUGCUGAAUCGUGUGUGCUUACAUGGCAAGAACCUGAGGAUGAUGGUGGCACUGAAAUUACCAACUACAUUGUUGAAAAGCGUGAAUCCGGAUCCACAGCUUGGGUCCUUAUUAAUUCCAGUGUGAAACGCACUACCCUACACGUUUACAACCUGACCAAGUACAUGCAGUACACCUUCCGUGUCUGUGCCGAGAACAGAUUUGGUGUGAGCAAAUCCUCUGAAUCUGAGACCAUUGUUGCAGAGCAUCCAUUUGUGCCACCUGGUCCACCCACAAGACCAGAGGUCUUUGGUGUUUCUGCUACAAUGAUGAGCAUUCGCUGGGAGGAGCCAUACCAUGAUGGUGGUAGCAAGGUGACAGGAUACUGGAUCGAGAGGAAAGAACGUAACACCAUCCUUUGGGUCAGAGAGAACAAGAUCCCAUGCUUUGAGUGUGAUUACAAAAUUGAAGACCUUUGUGAAGGCCUUGAGUACCAGUUCAGAGUAUAUGCUAUGAACAGUGCUGGACUCAGCAAGGCUAGUGACGCUUCAAAGAGGGCCACUGCCCAGAAUCCAGUUGAUCCUCCUGGCAAACCAGAGGUAACAGAUAUAACCAGAUCAUCGGUAGCUCUGAAAUGGUCUACACCAUUGUACGAUGGUGGAAGUCCAAUCACAGGCUACAUUGUUGAGCGUAAGCCAUACUCCCCCACUGGUGAAGGUCGUUGGCUCAAGUGCAAUUACACCAACAUCACAGAGAAUACCUUCAGGGUUACUGCUCUUGGUGAGGGUGAGGUGUAUGAAUUCCGAGUUAUUGCCAAGAAUGCCAAUUGUGUACACAGUGCAGGAUCUGAAACAACAGGAGCUGUGGCAUGCAAAGCAGGCUACAGUCCUCCAAGGGCAGAGCUUGACAGCAAACUUCAGGUGGACACUGUGACAGUCAGAGCUGGCUCAGACCUGGUUCUUGAUGCUGCUGUUGGAGGCAGGCCUGAACCAAAGGUUUGCUGGGACAAGGGAGGAAAAGAGCUGGAGCUCUGUGAGAAGUAUGCCUUGCAGUACUCUGCUACCCGUGCCUUGGCAAUCAUCAAGUUCUGUGACCGCAAUGACACCGGCAAAUACACUCUGACAGUGAAGAAUGCCAGUGGAAUUAAGCAUGCUGAGGUCAACGUCAAAGUACUUGACACUCCUGGGCCCCCAGUUGACAUUGCCAUCACCAAUAUUACAGAGGAUAAAUGCACCCUGUCUUGGCAACCCCCCAUUGAGGAUGGUGGUGAUGCUGUUUCUCACUAUGUCGUUGAGAGGAGGGACAUGAAUAGGCUCAACUGGGUGGUCAUGGAUGCAGAGUGCAAGGGUCUGACAUGCGAUAUUACCAGAAUGUUCAAGAACGGUGAAUACAAGUUCCGUGUCAGAGGCGUGAACAAGUUUGGAGAAGGCGUGAAAGUGGAGUCCAACGUCAUUGUUGCUAAGAACUACUUCACUGUGCCCUCAUCUCCUUCACCACCUGAGCUUCUGGUUGUUGGACCGGACUUCGCUACCAUUGAAUGGAUGAAGCCAGAAAGUGAUGGUGGAAGUCCAGUAACAACUUACCUCAUUGAGAGCCGGGAAAAGAAGAGCAUUAGAUGGAUCAAGGUCAACAGAGACUCUGUCCUCUUGGACACAACUUACAAGAUUUCUGGCCUAACAACAGGAAAUAUUUACCAAUUCCGUGUGACAGCUAUAAAUGCUGCUGGUGAGAGCGAGCCAAGUGAUAUCUCCAUGUAUGCUAAAUGCAGAGUAGCAACAUGUGAACCUGGAGAGCCCUCUAUUCCACGUAUUACUGACACCCAUGCUGAUAGCAUCAGUCUGGCUUGGACAAGUCCAGUGGAUGAUGGUGGUGCUGAAAUUAUGGGAUAUGUUGUGGAAAUGCAAGAGGAUGGAGCUGAGGAUGAAGAGGUCUGGGAAAAAACACAUGAAAAGACCAUAAGAAACACAGAGUACACAGUGACUGGUCUUGUUACUGGCAAGAAGUACUACUUCAGAGUUGCUGCUGUCAAUAUCAAUGGAGAGGGAGAAUUUAGUGAUUGCUGUGCUGCAACAGAGCCUGUUGAAAGAAUUGAAACUCCUGACCUGGAGAUUCCAGAGGAACUCACCAAGACAGUCUGCUUGAGGGCAGGAGGUUGUUUGCGCCUUGUGGUUCAUGUUACUGGCAGACCUACGCCAACCGUUGAAUGGAGCAAACCUGGCACAGAUCUUCAUACCCGUGGUUUCAUUGAAAUUACGAGAAACACUGCCUCUCUGAUCAUUGAUAAGGUGCACCGCUAUGAUGCUGGAAAGUACACAAUUACUGCUGAGAACUCUGCUGGCAAAAAGGAAGCUGCUAUCCUUGUCAAGAUUUAUGACACUCCUGGACCACCAGGUCCUGUUACAAUCAAGGAACUGUCAUCUGAGUAUGCUGUCAUCUCAUGGGAUGCUCCAACUGUUGAUGGUGGUGCCCCUGUCAAUAAUUACGUUAUUGAGAGAAGAGAGGCGUCAAUGAGAGCUUACAAGACCGUUACGUCUAAAUGCAGCAAGACCUCCUACAAGAUUGAUGGAUUGAUUGAAGGAAUGCUUUAUUACUUCAGAGUCUUGCCAGAAAACAUUUAUGGUGUUGGCGAGGCUAGCGAGACAGGUGAUCUUGUUACGGCAUGUGAAGUGCCAAUGCCUCCACAUAAACUUGAUGUUCUUGAUGUUACCAAGACCACUGUAACAAUUGGAUGGGAGAAACCAGAACACGAUGGAGGAAGCAGACUUGUGUCAUACAUCGUUGAGGCUUGCAAAUUCGGAACAGACAAGUGGAUGAAGGUUGCCACCAUGAAGACCAGUGACUUUGAGUUCACUAUGACUUCUCUGAAUACAAAUGAUCAGUUCUUCUUCAGAGUCAAGGCUGUGAACAGCAGAGGAGCCAGUGAGCCAAAAGAACUGGUGACAGCUGUAACUGUUCAAGAACAAAUUGUUGAGCCCGAGGUCGACUUCUCAGAACUUCCUCAGAAGUCUGUCAGCGUUCUUGCUGGUAAACCUCUUGAGAUUAACUUGCCACUCAUUGGCAGACCUCCUCCAAAGUGUGCAUGGUACUUUAAUCACACCAAGUUGAAGGUAACUGACCGUGUGAAGAUUAAGAGCACAGGAAAGUCCUCCAGCCUCACUGUACUUGACACCACCAUUGAUGAUUCUGGAGACUACAUGAUUGAAGUUACCAACUCUCAUGGAUCCAUUCAAGAAACAAUCAAAGCAACUGUUCUAUCCAAACCUGAUGAGCCUCAAGGACCCAUCAAGUUUGAGGAGAUCGAUGCUACCUCUGUCUUGAUCAGUUGGAAUCCUCCUAUUAGAGAUGGGGGAGCCCCAGUCAGUGGCUAUGUUGUUGAACAGCGUGAGGCUCAUCGCCCUGGAUGGGUGCCUGUCAGCGAUUCUGUCAGCAGACCACUCUUCAAGUUUGAGAAUCUGACAGAAGGAGAUGAAUAUGUGUUCCGCGCUGCAGCAGUGAACCGCUACGGCACUGGAGACUUUUUGCAGUCUGAGAUUGCGUUGUGCAAGAGCUCAACAACUAUUCCUGGACCACCUGGUAGACCAACUGUGUUCGAUGCUUCUCGUGACGGUAUGACCAUUGCCUGGCACGAACCAGAUGAGGACGGCGGAGCUCCUGUGUCUGGCUACAUCAUUGAGCGCAAAGAGGUCAGAUCUGACAGAUGGGUGCGUGCUAAUAAGAACCCUGUGACCAUGACCAGAUACAGAUCCACCGGCCUGAUUGAGGGUCUCGAGUAUGAGCAUAGAGUGAUUGCCAUCAAUGCCAGAGGGGUUGGCAAGCCAAGUCUGCUCUCCCCACGUGCUGUGGCAACUGAUCCUGUUGAUCCACCUGGUGCACCUCAGAACCCAAGAAUCACAGACACAACCAAGACCUCAGUGUCUCUGGCCUGGAGUCCUCCAGAUGAGGAGGGUGGCUCCAAGGUCACUGGCUAUUUGAUUGAAAUGCAGAAGGCUGGUUCAGUAACCUGGACCAAGUGCAACACAACCCCAUCAAUGAUCUGCGAGUACACACUGACCCAGAUGCCUGCUGGAGAGGAAUUCAAGUUCCGUGUCCUAGCUUGCAAUGCUGGUGGACCAGGAGAGGGAGCUGAAGUUCCAGGAACAGUCACCAUAACAGAAAUGCAAGAGGCUCCAAGCUAUGACCUUGAGUCUAAAUACAAGGAGCUGUAUGUUGUCAGACAAGGUGGAGUGCUUAAACUCACCGUGCCUAUCAAGGGUAAACCUAGUCCUACGUGCAAGUGGACAAAGGAUGGUGGUGAUAUCUCCGAAAGGGCCAUGUUUGUGUCUGAUGCAGAUGUAUCUGAGCUUGUCAUUAAAGAAGCAGACAGAGGUGACUCUGGUUUGUAUGAGCUUGUCAUCCAGAACAAGUGUGGUAAGAAGGUCCUGCGCAUCAAGGUUAAAGUGAUUGGUCGUCCUAGUGCACCAGAAGGUCCUCUUACAUUUGAUGAAAUUCAGGCACAGUCUGUCAAAGUAGGCUGGAAGAAACCUAAAGACGAUGGUGGCUCUGACAUCCGUGGCUAUAUUGUGGAGAGACGAGAGCUUCCCAAGACAGCCUGGUACACAGUGGACUCCAGGGUGGUUGACACACAUCUGGUGGUCAAAGGACUGAGGGAAGGAGCUGAGUACCACUUCAAGGUGACAGCUGAAAAUCAAUUUGGUAUCAGUGGAUCUCUCAAGUCCGAAGAUCCUGUUGUUCCAAAGACACCUAUCUUGGUACCUGAAACCUGGACUCAUCCACCAGAAAUUAUGGACAUCACAAAGAGCUCAGUUGGGUUGGCUUGGACUAAACCUAGAGAUGGUGGCUCAGCAAUCACAGGAUACUAUGUUGAGUACAAGCUUUCCUCAUCUGAAAAAUGGGAGCGUCAUGAGAAGUUGAUCACUUCUACUAUGUACACCCUGACUGGUCUUACUGCUGAUGCUGAAUACCAGUUCAGAGUAGUUGCUGAAAACAGCAUUGGUCAGAGUGAACCUGGACCUGCUUCAGAUGUUGUGAUGUGCAAAGAUCCAUUCGAUAAGCCAAGCCAACCAGGUGAGAUUGAUGUCAAGACUGUUACCAAUAAUUACAUCACCAUUCAAUGGGGUGCUCCAGAAUGUGAUGGUGGCAAGGAGAUUCUUGGUUAUUGGGUUGAGUAUAGAAAGUCUAUUGAAAGCACCUGGAAGAAAUCCAACAAGCAGCGCAUUAAGGACAAAGAAUUCACCAUACCUGCCCUGCAAGAGGGUAACGAGUACGAGUUCCGUGUGUUUGCUGAGAAUGCAACUGGAAUGAGCAGGCCUCGCAGAACAGCCACAGGAAUCAGAACCAAACUUGCAUCUGGAACUGCACCAGGCCUUAGGAAGGAAAUGGAUGAGGAAACAUGCAAACUUGGACAAACAGUAACCAUGAAGUGCCAGAUUAUUGGGCGCCCUCUCCCACAAAUCAAAUGGUUCAGAUUUGGAAAGGAACUCAAGGAGAAUGGAAAGUUCCAGAUGAGUUCUGACGGACGCAACCACCAACUGGUAAUUACCACAGACCAACAGGAGGAUGAGGGCGAGUACACAUGCAAAGCCAUUAAUGAGGCCGGUGAAUGUGAAACCACUGGCGCCCUUGUUUUGGAGGCCGCUCCUCGAUUCCAUCCUGAUUAUCUUCUGAAGGAUAAGUACUUUGCCGAACGUGGCACCACCUUGAGGAUCCACGCUGUCUACAUUGGACGUCCUGAGCCAAAGAUCAUGUGGCUCUUUGGUGCUAAACAAAUCGAGCCAUCUGAGAAUGUUGUCAUUGAGAACACAGAGCAUUACACUCACUUAGUUCUCAAGAAUGUUCAGCGCAGAGUGAAUGGAGGAAGAUACAGAAUUCGUAUCAGCAAUCACUUUGGCAGUGCCGACACUACAUUCCAAGUUGAAAUUUAUGACAAACCUGCCAUGCCAGAAGGUCCUAUCAAGCUUGAGGCUCUGUUGAAGAACUCUGUGAUCAUCAGCUGGAAACCACCAAAAGAUGAUGGCGGCUCAAUGAUCACAAACUACAUUGUUGAGAGGCGUGAGGACAAGGAAGGUGAUGAGUGGCAGCUGGUGUCAUCAUCUAUCACUGGAACAUCCUGUCGCAUUCCCAAUCUGGUUGAAAAUGCUGGCUAUCACUUCCGUGUGUCUGCCCAGAACAGAUACGGCAACAGCGAUGCCCUGGAAACGCCAAAUCCAAUUCUUAUCCAGAGUCAGCUUGAAAAGCCUGGUGCUCCACAGAAUGUGGCUGUCACUAGUGAAACCAAGAACUCUUGUGUUGUAUCUUGGAGACCACCUCUUAGUGAUGGAGGUUCCAAGAUCAAGACCUACUACCUGGAGAAACGAGAUAAGAAGACGGGUGAAUGGGUCUCUGUGACAUCCGAUGAAAUUCACCAGACCGUAUUCUCUGUCAAGGGUCUCACAGAAGGCGUUGAGUAUGACUUCCGUGUCAAAUGCGAAAAUCUUGGAGGAGUAAGUGAAUGGAGUGCAGAGUCUCCAACAAUAAUCCCCACGACUGCUGUUGAUGUUCGUGCGCCUGCCUUCAAAGAGGAGCUCAGGAACAUGAGUGUCAGAUACAAGAGCAACGCAACACUUGUCUGCAAGAUUACAGGACAACCGAAGCCUGUGGUGAAAUGGUUCAGACGUGGCAAGGAGAUCCAGUCUGAUGGCAAGAAGCUCAAAGUGCAGGAGUUCAAGGGUGGCUAUUACCAGCUUGUCAUCACAGCAGCAGAUGACGAAGACUCCACUGUAUAUCAGAUCAGGGCAACAAACCAGGGUGGAUCUAUCUGUGCAACUGUCUCCCUGGAUGUUGAAAUCCCUGCAAAGAUCAAUCUGCCAAAGAAUCUGAAGGAUAAAGAAGCAAUCCCUGCCCUUCGUGGCGAAGUAGUUAACAUCAAGAUUCCAUUCACUGGCAAACCUGAUCCAGUCAUCACAUGGCAGAAGGGACAAGAUCUCAUUGACAAUGAUGGAUACUACCAAGUUAUUGUAACAAGGUCAUUUACAUCCCUUGUCUUCCCCAACGGUGUGGAAAGGAAAGAUGCCGGCUUCUAUGUGGUCUGUGCAAAGAACAGAUUUGGCAUUGACCAACAAACUGUUGAGCUUGAUGUUGCUGAUGUGCCUGAUCCUCCACGUGGCAUCAAAGCAAGUGAUGUCUCAAGAGAUUCAGUCACCCUGGGCUGGGUUGCACCUGCCAGUGAUGGUGGAAGCAGAGUGACCAACUACAUUGUAGAGAAAUGUGCCACCACUGCUGAGAGAUGGAUUCGUGUGGCACAAUCACGCGACACCCAUUACACCGUUACUAAUCUCUUCGGAAGAACAAGCUACCAGUUCCGUGUCAUUGCAGAGAACAAAUUUGGCACAAGUUCACCAUCUGAACCAUCUGGACCUGUAGUGACCAAGGAGGACAAAUCAAGAAUGCUUAACUAUGAUGAAGAGGUUGAUGACUCUCAGACUGUUUCUAGGGCCAAAGCUGCUCAUUCUGAUGCCAAGAAUGUGCACACCAAGUACAUGAUUGCAGAAGAGCUUGGACGUGGGCAGUUUGGUAUUGUCCACCGUUGCGUCGAGAUCAGCUCUGAAAAGACCUUCAUGGCUAAGUUUAUUAAAGUAAGGGGUGCAGAACAGGCCUAUGUCAAGAAAGAAAUGGCAGCACUCAACAUUUUCAAACACAAGAACUUCUUGAAUCUCCAUGAGUCAUUUGACAGUGCUGAGGAAUUGGUCAUGAUCUAUGACUUCAUCUCUGGUGUGGACAUAUUUGAGCGUCUUGGUACAGCAGACUUUGAGCUCAAUGAGAGAGUGAUUGUUAAUUAUCUCAGGCAGGUAUGUGAAGCCCUUGAGUUCGUGCACAGCAAGGAUUAUGGCCACUUUGACAUCAGACCAGAAACCAUUGUGUAUACCACAAGGAAAAGCACAAACAUCAAAAUCAUUGAGAUAGGACAGGCUAGAAAACUUACACCUGGAGACCAAACUAAAGUUCAGUUCACUACAGCAGAAUAUGCUGCACCUGAAAUCCACCAGAAUGAAAUGGUGAGCACUGUUACAGACAUGUGGGCAAUUGGUGUAUUGGCCUAUGUGCUUAUCAGUGGACUCAAUCCCUUCUCAGCUGAAACCAACCAGCAAAUGAUUGACAGCAUUUCAAAUGCUGAAUACAUGUUUGAUGAUGAGAGCUUCAAGGAAGUCAGUGUCGAGGCAUUAGAUUUCAUUGACAGGCUGCUUACCAAGGACCGCAAACACCGUAUGAGUGCUGCGCAAGCUCUGGAACACCCAUGGAUGACAAUGGAGACUGAACAAUUAAGCUCUAAGAUGAUCAAGAUCUCAAGACAUAAGAGAUACUACCAGACCAUGGUCAGAAAGGAGUGGAGCACAGUUGUUUCUGCAGCUCGUGUUGCCUCUGGUGGAGCCAUUAGAGGUCAGAGAGGUGCGACCAUGGCUAAAGUCAAGAUCGCACCAUUUGAUCAUGGCCCUUGUGCAGGACCCAUUAGACACGUUGUCUCUAAUGAAGGUGAGGAUAUUAAGUUCACUUGCCUGAUCAGCAACUUUGACAGUUCCACAGAGGUAACUUGGUACUGCGGUGUGAGACAGCUUGAAGAGGGUGCCAAGUAUGAAAUCACCUAUGAUGAUGAAGAGGGAGUGGCAACUAUUACCAUCAAGGGAGUAAAGAGAGCAGACGAUGGAUGCUACAGGUGCAAGGUUGUCAAUGAGUAUGGUGAGGAUUCCUCCUAUGGUGAGCUCUUUGUCAACGGAGUUAGAAAACACCGUGAAUUCUACACUUCACGAGUUGUGAAAAAGGUGAAACGUAGAGUGGACACCGCAAGAAUGCUCCAGAGACCACCUGAGUUCACAUUGCCUUUGAUGAACCGCACAGCUUAUGUUGGCGAGGAUGUUCGUCUGGCUGUCACUGUCACUGUACAUCCAGAACCACGUAUUAUUUGGUUGAAGACUGGACAGAAACUCUUGCCUGGCUGUGAUGACAAGAAGUACAAAUUCAUUACUGAUAAGGGUCUUUAUCAGCUUAUCAUUUUGAGCGUUGAUGCUGAUGACGAUGCUGAGUACAGUGUGGUGGCUCGUAACAGACAUGGUGAGGACUCUUGCAAAGCCCGCCUGACUAUAAAUCCUCGUCCUCCUCCUUCUGACAACACUUUGAGGCCUAUGUUCAAACGCCUGCUUGCUAAUGUUGAGUGCAGGGAAGGCCAGAGCGCACGCUUUGAAGUGAGAGUUUCAGGAAAACCAGAGCUGAAAUGGGAGAAGGACGGCCAACUCUUGGCAUUCGGUCCACAGAUCGAGGUCGUGCAUGAGGGCUUGGACUACUUCAUCCUCCAUGUUAGAGGCACUCUCCCUGAAGAUUCCGGAACUUACAGAGUCACUGCCACAAACUCUGCUGGUUCUGCAAGUUGCCAGGCUACGCUGAAGGUUGCACGCGUCACACAUGUCAAGAAAGACUUCCAGGGUGAGGAGGACAAGAAAAAGAAGAAAGCAGCUACUGAUUUUGAUGACAUCAACAAGAAAGCAAGAUUGCAAAUGAUUCUUGCUGGAGGUGAUGUCACUCCUCUUACUCCACUGGCACAGCAGGCUGUUAGGGAGGCUGCUGCCAUGUUCAAACCAGCAGUGGUGCCCAAGAAGGGUAAGUCUGAGGAAGAAGCAGCCAGGGAGAAAGAAGAGCGCAAAAAGAGAGCAGAAGAGAAGAGGCUGAGAAUGCCUUAUGAUGUUCCACAACCUCGUGAGCACGACCCAUUGGUCCUGGAGGAGGAUAUGGAAAUCAAGCACUUUGUGCCAUUCUCUGACAUGAAAUGGUAUAAGAAACUUCGUGACCAGUAUGAGUUCCCUGAACCAAUGGACAAGAUUCCACAGAAGAGACUCAAACGCAUCCGCCUUUCAAGGUGGGAGCAAUUCUAUGAAGUGCCACUUCCUAGAAUCAAGACCCAGUAUAAGCCAAAGUGGCGCCUUCCAGUUUCACAAGAUGAUCUUGAAAUUGUAAGACCAGCGCGCCACCGUACACCUUCCCCAGAAGUGGAGAAUUACUACAGAAUCAGGAGGAGGUCUCUUGGUGAUUUCUCUGAUGAGGAACUCCUGCUGCCAGUCAAAGACUAUCUGUCCAUGAAGGUAACAGAGGAAGAGAGGCUUCGCCUUGAAGAUGAACUGGAGCUGGGAUACUCCGCUUCCCCACCAAGUUUGAGCCCUGUGCGAUUCGAACUUGCUGCCCUUCGUCAUCCAUCGCCAAAGAGAGGGGCAUAUGAGGAAGGUGAAGAGGGAGAGGAGGUCCCAACAUAUGACUCCUAUCGUAUUCCAUCCAAACAUGAAGCUGGCCCGAGCUACAUUGACCUCCGCCAGCGCCAUGACAAGGCCACCUACAGACCUCCCAAACAGAUGAAGGCAUAUGAAGAAAAGGAGGAAGAAGAGCUGCUCAGCUCUUCCAAAACCACAACAAGACUUUCCUCAUACAAGAGUCAGUUGAAACGUAUGGAGUUUGAGGAGAAAACCAAAAUAACAAAGAAGGAGAGAACCACUACCUCUGCCCCAAUGCCAAUGCCUGAGGGUGGUAUGACUUAUGUUCCAAGACCGGUAUCUCCAGUUAAACCUCGUAAGGCACAUGCAGCUGUGUCUGAGCCCAGAAAGUCAUCACCUGCCCCAGAGAAGCCAGCACCUGCCCCUGAGAAGGCAUACAGUGUUACCUCCAAAGACAAAGUUGAUUCCAUUGACUUGUCACAAAAGGUUGACUACAUGUCUAGGUAUGAGGCAAAGAAGAGGGCACUUAGAUCUGACAGGAAAGUCGAAGUUCUCACACAGGCACCAUUCAGCCUUGACCAUGUCCCACGCAUUACAAUAAGAAUGCGCUCUCAUCGUGUGCCAUUCGGAGAGAACACUAAAUUCACUCUGAGCAUUCAGUCCAAGCCUGAGGCUGAGAUCAAAUGGCUCCACAAUGGACAGGAGAUCAAAGAGAGCAGGAAGUACCGUAUGACCAAUAUGAGCGGAGUUCUUACCCUCCAAAUUAUGGACUGUCAGACAGAGGAUUGCGGUACCUACCGUGUUGUCUGCAAGAAUACCAGGGGAGAGACCUCAGAUUAUGCCACUCUUGAGGUGGUUGAGGGCGGAUUCAGCACAUUUGCCUCUCGCCGCCAAGAGGAGGAGGCUCCUUCUCACAUUCUCCCAGAAAUGACUGCAACCGAUGUUUAUCAUAUGUCUUCCAAAACUGAAGUGACAGCUUCAGUGACUGAAAGGGUAGACACGGUUACUGUUGUUGAAGAGAGAUCAGUAAAGGAGAUGGUUGUUGAGGAGACAGCAGUUCAGGAGACAGUUGUUGAGAAAGUGAAAUCAACUCUUCCUGCAACAAUUCUCAUCAAGCCCCUCUCACUAACAGUGUCUGAGGGAGAAACUGCCAGAUUCUCAUGUGAUGUUGAUGGUGAACCAGCACCCAGUGUGACUUGGCUCCGUGAAGGACAAACUAUUGUGACUUCACACCGUCACUUUGUCACCACCAUGCAGUACAAGUCAACAUUUGAGAUCUCCUCAGUUGAGCUCUCUGAUGAGGGCAUCUACAAACUUGUAGUUGAAAACUCUGAAGGCAGACAGGAAUCUGAGUUCAGCCUCACCAUUCGCAAACCAGGAGCUGAGGAGGCGGCUAUUGCCUCACCUCCCAGAAUGAAGUCACCAGUCUCACCCCCACGUGUGAAAUCACCAGAUGGAGCCAAGUCUCCAAGGAGAAUGAAGUCACCUGAACCUGGAAUCAAGUCACCCCCGAGAGUGAAAUCACCAACAUCUCCAAGAUCUCCCAGGUCACCAACUCCCAAGGACAAGCCUUCCUUCACUAUGGGUCUGGCAGACAUCACAACAUCUUCAGACUCCAUUGUGAAACUGACUGCAAAGGUGUCUGGAGAGCCGAAGCCCACCAUCUCUUGGACAAAAGACGGAAAGGCUCUUUCCCAUGGUGGAAGAUAUGAAGUCUUUGAGGAGCAUGGAUCAGUUCAUCUAGAGAUCUAUGAGUCUGAAGCUUCUGAUAGUGGAAUGUACAAAUGUACAGCCACCAAUGCUUCUGGCUCAUCCUCCUCAAGCUGCACUGUCACAAUUCAAGCAUCAGACAAGGUGAAGGCUGAACGAGAAAUUGUCUCCACCUUUGAGACCAAGGGAGAAGUUGUUGAGCAGAUCACAAAAAGGGAAAUUGUCCAUGAAGAAGUCCAGUCUUUCACAGAAGUAAAAGCAUCUCACACUCAAAUGUCCAUGACCUUGGGUCAGUCAGUCACACUGAAGGCAAAUAUCGCAGGAGCCUCGGAUGUCAAAUGGAUCCUGAAUGGAGUGGAAAUCACCAAUUCAGAGAGCUAUAGGUAUGGAGUAUCAGGAAAUGACCACACUUUGACAAUCAAGAGCAUUUCUCAGCAGGACCAGGGAAUCAUCACAUGCGAGGCCAAGACGGAACAGGGGGCUGUGAAGUGUCAAUUUGACACAUCAAUCAGCGAGAAGAAAUCCAAUGCACCAUCAUUCCUCAGCCAGCCAAAAUCCCAGAAUGUCAACGCAGGACAAAAUGUAACAUUCAAAUGCGAAAUUUCAGGAGAUCCCACUCCUGACAUUGAGUGGCUCAAAGACAAUGUUCUGAUUGCUGUAUCAUCAAACAUGAAACUGAGCCGUUCAAAGAAUGUGUACACUCUGGAGAUUAUGGAGGCCACUGUAUCAGACAGCGGUAAAUACACUGUCAAGGCUAAGAACGAGCAUGGACAGUGCUCCAUCACAGCAUCUUUAAAUGUUCUCGCUCUGGUUGAGGAACCCGCCAAAAUGGUUGUAAUGGAGCAAGCCAUUGCUUCCGAGAGCUUGCAGGGCAGCAUGUCUGCCAUGGCCGUCCAAAUGGCUUCUUCGUCCAUGCAGGAGUCGUCCAGCGUCAGCAGUUCCAGCAUGUCCAAAGUUAAAUUUGAAAGCAUGUCCGCUAGCAUGUCAUCCAUGACUUCUGAAACAAUGGUUGCCAUGAGCGCUAGCUCUAUGAUGAGCUCCAGCAGUGUUAUGAGCAGCAGCUCUGUCGUGAGCUCCAGCAGUGUAGCGGAAAUGUCCGCAACUCACUCACACACGGAGGGGUCCAUCACCCACCAGUAAAGGUGUGCAACAAACACUUGAGGCUCUCCUGGAUGAUUUCCGCAUCGGAAAAGGAAAGAUGUCGACACUCCCUUGUGAUUUCUCUGGAGAGC